CCUAGAAAGACUCCGCCCCGAUUCUAGUGACGCCCAGUGGGCGGGGCGCUGUCAGUCAGGGCUCGGGCUGCCGGCUCCAUGCGCCCCGGGACCCGGCGGUGGCACCAUGAGGAGCGGCUGCAGCAGCGGGGCCAUCCCCGGCCUCCUCCUCCUGCUGGUACUGGGGACCCGAGCGGACAGAGGUGAGACCGGGGCGGGUUAUGGCAUCACCUUCUGGGUCCAUCACCUUCAGGGCCGGAGGACCAAUCCCCGGGCACCAGCAUCCCUCCAUACCUUCUAUCCAUCCACCUUCACAUCCACCUUCACAUCCACCUUCACUAUGAUCUAACAUCCAUCCCCAUCAUCCACCAUCCAUCCCCAUCAUCCAUCCAUACCUUCUAUCCAUCCACCUUCACCAUGAUCUAACAUCCAUCCCCAUCAUCCAUACCUUCUAUCCAUCCACCUUCACCAUGAUCUACCAUCCAUCCCCAGCAUCCACCAUCCAUCCCCAGCAUCCACCAUCCAUCCCCAGCAUCCACCAUCCAUCCCCAUCAUCCAUCCAUACCUUCUAUCCAUCCACCUUCACCAUGAUCUAACAUCCAUCCCCAUCAUCCAUACCUUCUAUCCAUCCACCUUCACCAUGAUCUACCAUCCAUCCCCAGCAUCCACCAUCCAUCCCCAGCAUCCACCAUCCAUCCCCAGCAUCCACCAUCCAUCCCCAUCAUCCAUCCAUACCUUCUAUCCAUCCACCUUCACCAUGAUCUAACAUCCAUCCCCAUCAUCCAUACCUUCUAUCCAUCCACCUUCACCAUGAUCUAACAUCCAUCCCCAGCAUCCACCAUCCAUCCCCAGCAUCCACCAUCCAUCCCCAGCAUCCACCAUCCAUCCCCAGCAUCCACCAUCCAUCCCCAUCAUCCAUACCUUCUAUCCAUCCACCUUCACCAUGAUCUAACAUCCAUCCCCAUCAUCCAUACCUUCUAUCCAUCCACCUUCACCAUGAUCCACCAUCCAUCCCCAUCAUCCACCAUCCAUCCUCAUCAUCCACCAUCCAUCCCCAUCAUCCAUACCUUCUAUCCAUCCACCUUCACCAUGAUCUAACGUCCAUCCCCAUCAUCCACCAUCCAUCCCCAUCAUCCAUACCUUCUAUCCAUCCACCUUCACCAUGAUCUAACAUCCAUCCCCAUCAUCCAUCCCCUGUAUCAGCUUUCACCGUGAAUCCUGGCCACCAUGACCCAUUAUUCCUUCAUCCACCUGGAUCAUGACCGCAGUACAUAAUGAUCCUAAACUCCCAGCUCAGCAUCCACUACUACCUGCACCAUGACCCUGGAUAUCACGACCCAAAACUUCCAGCCCUGUAUUCACCACUACUACCUGCACCACAAUCCAGGAUAUCAUGACCCAAAACUCCUAGACCUGCAUCCACUACUACCUGCACCAUGUCACCCCCCUUCCCACCACCCAUCCCGGGUACCAUGAUCCACACUAUCCACCUGCACUAUGACCCAAAUCUACCAGUCCUGCAUCUCUCUUUACCCACACCAUGAGCCUGGAUAUCAUGACCCAAAACUCCCAACUCCGCAUCCACUACUACCUGCACCAUGACCCUGGAUAUUAUGACCCAAAACUCCCAACCCUGCAUCCACUAUUACCGGCACCAUGACCCAGGAUAUCAUAACCCAAAACUCUUAGCCCUGCAUCCACUACUACCAGCAUUCUGAUGCAAGCCUCCCAGCCCAGCUGUGUUACCCCCAGCAAAUCCCCCAGACAUCAUGAUCCAAGCUCUGUAUCCAUCUGCUACUUGAACCAGGACCCCCAGACACCAUUGCCCUAGCUUCUCUAUAAACUGCACCAUGAUUCCAACUUCUCAGCUCUGCAUCCACUGCUGAUCUAACCCCCUGGCAACAUUAUCCAAGCUUAUACCAUGUGCCGACUGCUUUAUGACUCUCUCACCCUGGCAUAGUUACCCACCUUUGUACCUUUCUCUGUCUGUCUAAUCACUUUCUCACCCUAGCAUCAUUACCCAGCCAUGUGCUGACUGCCUUGUCACUAUCUCACCCUGGCAUCAUUACACAGCUUUGCACCUUUCUCUGUCUGCCUUAUCACUAUCUUACCCUGGUAUUGUUACCCAGCCUUGUACCAUGUGCCGACUGCCUUAUCACUGUCUCACCCUGGCCUCGUUACCCAGCUUUGUAACCUUCUCUGCCUUAUCACUAUCUCACCCUAGAAUCAUUACCCAGCCUUGUAUCAUAUGCUGACUGCCUUGUCACUAUCUCGCCCUGGCAUCAUUACACAGCUUUGUACCAUUCUCUAUCUGCCUUAUCACUGUCUCACCCUGGUAUUGUUAACCAGCCUUGUAUGAUGUGCUUACUGCCUUGUCACUAUCACACCCUGGUAUUGUUACACAGCUUUGUACCAUUCUCUGUCUGCCUUAUCACUUUCACCCUGGUAUUGUUACCCAGCCUUGUACCAUGUGCCGACUGCCUUAUCACUCUCACCCUGGCAUCGUUACUCAAUCUUGUACCAUGUGCCGACUGUUUUAUCACUCUCACCCUAGCAUUGUUACGCAGCCUUGUACCAUAUGCUGCCUGCCUUAUCACUAUCUCACCCUGGUAUCAUUACCCAGCCUUGUACCAUUCUCUGUCUGCUUUAUCACUAUCUCACCCUUGCAUCAUUACCCAGGCUUUUACCAUGUGUUAACUGCCUUAUCACUAACCAUAUUCUACCCAAAACAAACAUCACUACCAACUCUCGCUGCCAUGCACUACCUGCUCCUUCACUGUAUCACCCUAAGACAUCAUUAUACAGUAUUGAGCCUAUCUACACAUUGCUGUCUAACCCGUAGCCAUCUCUGACCUGCCUUCUGCACCAUCAUUCUCUCAUACCUGGGGUUCAUUAUUCACCAUCAGUAUUUUACCAACGGUUAUCAUUGCCCCAACCUUGUUGCCACCCUUUGCCUGCACCUUCACUAACUCACCCCCCCCGAUUAGACUCCAUUACACGAGUAUUGCACCUAGCCACAGCCCUUAUCAUCAUCUUGCACCAUUCCAGCGUUUACUUUAUCGCUAUUUCACCACCUUUUAAAACUUCCUCACUCCAUCCGCCAAACCCUACAUUGCCUGUUCUAUUCCACUCACCUCCUCUCAAAGCUCCACCACCUUCAACCACCAUAAAACUGUUAACCCAGCAUUGCCACCUGUCUUCUGCCUAUAUUCCUGUCCCUGUGUCCUCAUCUGAUCCACGAAGCCAUCCACUCCCUCUGCUGCAUCCCACUACCUUAUUACUUCAUCCCAUCCCGACAGCCAUUCACUUUGACUGCUGAAUUCAACUACCUUAUAUUACUUUAUCCCAGUACCUUAUAUUACUUUAUCCAAUCCCAACAGCCAUUCACUUCCUCUGCUGCAUCCCACUACGUUCUAUUACUUCAUCCCAACAACCAUUCACUCCCUCUGCUGCAUCCCACUACCUUAUAUUAUUUCAUCCCAACAGCCAUUCACUCCCUCCGCUGCAUUCCACUACCUUAUAUUACUUCAUCCCGACAGCUAUUCACUCUCUGCUGCAUCCCACUACCUUAUAUUACUUCAUCCUAACAGCCAUUCACUCUCUCCGCUGCAUUCCACUACCUUAUAUUACUUCAUCCAAUCCCAACAGCCAUUCACUCUCUCCGCUGCAUUCCACUACCUUAUAUUACUUCAUCCAAUCCCAACAGCCAUUCACUCCCUCUGCUGCAUCCCACUACCUUAUAUUACUUCAUCCUAACAGCCAUUCACUCUCUCCGCUGCAUUCCACUACCUUAUAUUACUUCAUCCUAACAGCCAUUCACUCCCUCUGCUGCAUCCCACUACCUUAUAUUACUUCAUCCAAUCCCAACAGCCAUUCACUCCCUCUGCUGCAUCCCACUACCUUAUAUUACUUCAUCCUAACAGCCAUUCACUCUCUCCGCUGCAUUCCACUACCUUAUAUUACUUCAUCCCACCCCGACAGCCAUUAACUCCCUCUGCUGCAUCCCACUACUUAUAUUACUUCGUCCCAACAGCCAUUCACUCCCUCUGCUGCAUUCCGCUACCUUAUAUUCCUUUUUGCGGUCCCAGCAGCCUUGUCAUCCCUCUGCUGCAUUUCACUAUCUUAUAUUUCUUUAUCCGAUGUCUGCAGCCUUGCUCUCUUCUGCCUGCAUCCCACUAUCUAUAUGUUUUAUUUACCCCGCAGCUUUAUACCCCUCUCUGCAUGCAUCCUGCUCUUUUCCUUUAUCCGGCCUUGCAGCCUUGCACUCCUCCAUUCCUCUAGUAAUAUUCCUUUAUCCCAGCCAUGCAGUUCCUUCACAAUUACUGUGUUGCAUUCAGACCCCAGAAAGCCAGUUCCCCAUCUUUUCACUGCUGUGCUGCUUGCACUUAUUAUCUCAAACCUGCUUCCAAUACGACAGCCUUGCAGGAAUCCUGCUGUCUCAGCUUUGUAAGACCAGCCACUCAGCCAGGUACUCAUCCUUCCUGGACUGUUACUGUCAAACCACUGUCUAGUCUACACUGUCCGUUACCCAGGCUUGUACUCCUCCACUGCCUGAAGUGCAGCCUCACUGUCAGCCCUUUUCUGUGCUCAGUCCUGUCAGCCUCCCUGUCAACGCUUGCAAUCCACCUGUGUAAGAUGCAUUAUCACAAUAUUGUGUUUAGUAUUAUUUAAAUCCCAGGAUAUCAAUAUCCAAUUUGAUAGAAAAUAAAAUGACCCUAGUUGAGCAGAGUAUCAAAACCUUUAUUCCGCUAAGCAAAACACUCCAACUCCCAUCAUGCUCAGACACCAGAAAGGGUUGUGAUUGUCUUCAGGGUAUCUCAGUAGGGUACCCACAAUUAUUUCUUUAUCCUCUCCUAUUCACUGGUCCUGUCUUCUUCCAGGGAUGAGUCCGCCCAUAUUCGAGUGUGAAGAGAACCAAUUUUUGUGCAGUAACAUGCGUUGUAUACCCAUGCUGUGGAGAUGUGAUGAAGAUGAUGAUUGCUACGAUAACAGCGAUGAGGAAGGCUGUAGUGAGUAGCAUUUAUACCUUGGCCAUGUUUCAAUAUAUAUGCAGUGUGUUAUAAUAAUUUGGUCACUUAAAAAGUUAAAUCAUGCUUAUUGGUUUGGAGGUGUACAUUUGUUUAGGUUAGUGAAAUCUUAGUUGUCCAGGGAAACGCCAGUUAGUAGCUCACACCCAUACACUGUGUCUAUAAACGUACCAUUCUAUUCAUGUCAAAGCAGGUUAUUGAACAGAGAGGUCCUUGGCUGCUGCAGAACCUCUUGUAAAAUAUCGUUCCUAACAGAGCGCUGAUUCCUAUUGUGGCCUGAUUCUACACUCUUUUUUUUACGCAAACUAUUCUCUAUCGUGUGUAUAAUGUUACCCCUGCUUUACUUUCCUCGGGGUUUGCACUAUAUGCUUGUAGCAUGUGAUAUUUGGAAUGCACUGGUUUGGUAUAUUGUCUGUCUAUCAAUACCUGCAUCUGAUUCGCUCAGCUUGGUGUUAUACAUACCAUCCAAAAUGGUUGACUUGUUACGUCCGUUAAAAACAAAAGCAUUUAUUGAUGAACAUUUCAAAAUAAAAACCUCUACGUCCACGGACACUUCUUUCCAAAAUCGUAGCGUAGAUGUUGUGGAUUUUGUGUUUUUAAUAUUGUAUUGUAUUGUAUUGUAUUGUAUUGUAUUGUAUUGUAUUGUAGUGUAUCAUUUUUUUAUUUAUUUUUUUUAGAAAACAUAUUUAACAAGUUAAUGAGUGAGUGAACUUAUAGUGCUGUAUUAAUAACUGUGCAGUGUAUUUAGAGCGCUGUAUAAAUAACGGUGCUGUGUAGUUAGAGCGCUUUAUAAAUAGUGGUGCAGUGUGUUUUAGAGCGCCAUGUGAAGUGGUGCAGUGCGUUUCGAGCACUGUGUGAACAACAGUGCAGUGCAUUUAGAGCUCUGUAUAAAUAACUGUGGUGCAGUGUAUUUGGAGCGCUGUAUAGAUAACUGCAGUGUAUUUGGAGCACUGUAUAAAUAACUGCAGUGUAUUUAGAGCACUGUAUAAAUAACUGCAGUGUAUUUAGAGCGCUGUAUAAAUAGUGGUCCUGUGUCAUUAGAGUGCUGUAUAAAUAACUGUGGUGCUGUGUAGUUAGAGCGCUGUGUAAAUAAUGGUGCAGUGUAGUUAGAGCGCUGUGUGAAGUGCAGUGCAUUUAGAGCUCUGUAUUAGGAGCAAUGUUUAUUAUGGCACAGAUUAUUACAGUUUUGGUUACAGCAGGAUUACCACAAUGUCUGACUGUGCAUUAUGUCAGAAGUUGUUGUUAAAGCAUGUCGUGGGGCAUUCAUUGUUUAUUGGAUUUAAUACAAUUUACAGGUGAUUUCUGAUCUCUAUGGGGAUUAACGCUGUGUACGCUGAGAGCAAUAACUUUAUAUAUCAGUCAUUAUACCUGGUACAUUGAUGUGCAUGUUGGCAUCAUUUAUAAAAAAAUAAAAAAAUAAAAAAAUUUUUAAUGAAAUUACCACAAAAUUACCAUUCGUUGAACAAAGUCUGAUACUAUUUUAUCUUUUACGUAACGUAUAUUAGAUUUAUUUACGAAACAAGGUAGCCAAAAGACAGACCCCAGCAGUUUAACUGCAGCUCCCAUGAUUCAUUUCUAGCCCAAAGUGAAUCUGUCACAUGUGACAUUUUUGCACAGACCAUUAAAUAAAUUGGCUGUUAGUUCAGCAUUUAUUUUAUAAUUAAUGCAAAAUGUGUAUGUGCGAAAUACCAUUACAGUACUUACAAGCGGAUAUCAAGCAUCAUGGGAUGAUGACAUUGCCCUGGACAAGUAAGCAGGCGCACCCCACUUAAUGCAUCAAUUGUAUUUACUUGGAUGAGGCAUUGAGAAACUGUCACCAACAGAAAAGUGACAAUACCCCUUUAAAUGUUUCAGUGCAUCAUGGGAGUUGUAGUUCUACUUUGGCAAUUCUUGUAGAAUCUCUGUGAUGAUAUAGGAAUAAGGAUGUUUGACACAUGCUGGUCCCCUCUCCCUACUGCUCCACCUUGCCUUAUCUAGCCUUGUCUAAUCAUAUACUAUGUGUCCAGACUGACUUUAUGAAUGAAAGCUAGGAAAGCUACAUGUGUGGCUGUUGUUGGCUGCGGCUGAGCAUCAGAUCUAGUCACAUGCAGCCGAGGUGGCCAAUUGGAAGGCUACGAUCGAGCACACACCCCUCAAUCUGUGAGCAGGAGGGAGUGGAGACCAUUAACCGUUGCAUUGCUGUAAUCACGUGGGAACACAAACCUGUCCGUCUACCUGUCAUAUAUUCUUGUUAUAUUGUAUUUGUGAAAGCCACAUGGAUUGUAUAGCUGUGUGUUUUUAACACACUGGGACUUCCUGAUGGGUUUUUAAUUGUGAUAUUUUUAGAUAUUGAUUUUACAUUAUUCUCAGCAUUGAUCGGUGUGGUUUUAUCCGUUGCUGUAUAUAGUUACGUGUGUGAAUAUUUGUAUCGUCCUCUAUAUAUUGGUUAUUUGUCUGCUGUGGGUACAAGACCUUGUUACAGCCCAGAUCGUGCUUUGUCAUGCUGUCAGUGCAUUGUAUGUUUGCCACUCCCACUCUUUCGAUGACACACGAUACAAUAAAUGAUGAUAUACUCUUGUAUACACAACACCUGUCUUGGAAUUCAGAGGAAAUGAAUACAAUUUACUGUAUCUUUCUUAUUCUAUGAAUUAAAGGACAUGCAGGGAUUUGUUCUAACCCUGUAAUGUCCAUCAUCAUUUGGUAUUGUCCGAAUGUGAUGUUUGAAGACCCAGUCUGCAUGGAGUCCCUUGGCUUUUUAGCAUCAGUACCUCUGUACAUGUCCUGAGUGCUACAUAACAAGGUUAUGUUUGAAUAGGUCUUAAAGGACCAGAGAAUGAAGAUGGCUCUAUGUAUUUUAUUAAACGUAGAGUAUAUUUUGAAUGCAAGACUGUCUAGGCACAACCUGGCACACUAUGCAAAUACUAAAUGUUACAUUAUUAUCUGUAAUAUAAUCAUGGGAAUAAACUGCCCAGGCACAGGUACACAAGCAGAGUGUAUUUGAAAUAAGUGUGCGAGUUUUGUCGUACUUACACCUUGCACACUUGACCCCAGUGAGUGAUCUCCAAUAAAAAAUUAAUCUGGAUUGAUCCUCAAAUAGUUUGAAUGACAAUAUCACUCGCAAAUGUAUCAUUUAGAGUAGCUAAGUAUUUUGUUUUACUUGCUACAUAUUUUCAGUAUUAUUAUUAAUUUUAUUUCUUUUCUUUUAUGUGAAGUCAGUCAGGCAAAGAUGGGGAGUCAGUCAGAAAAUGUUAUAGGGUGCUUGGCUGUCUAUGCAGAUACAAUUAAAUCCAUACAUGCAUUCACCCCUCCCCCCCACCCUUCCAAGUGAUGCAACUAUUAAGGCAAAAUUGUCACUGUGGGUUUUUGCACAACUUGUUGACUAACUAAACGUUGGCUCUGGGUUGUGCUUUUUAAAUGUAUUUUUUUAAAUUCACAUGAGCAAUGGGCGAGUUCAAAUGUGCUCAUAUGCCAUUUCUCGAUACGUGCAUGUCAUGAGGCGAUGAUGUUGCCUUGAACACAGAAUUGCAAAGGGCGUAAGUGUUGUGGGGGUUUUUUUUUUGUUUUGUUUUUUAAAUCAUCUCACAUUUUCUCACCUUCUUAGAGGAAGAGAAAUCUUCAAUAACUCUGUUACAACCCCUUUGAUGAAAAUCAAACCCAAUCUCUUAAAUACAAAUAUGUAGUUUAAAUAUUGCUCAUAAGAACUUUCCUGGGCAAAGUAGAUAUUUUGAGGAUACCAAAGGGCUUUCAAAACUAUCACCUAUCACCUGAACACGCACUCACCGCCUUGUUCAAAAAUAAAAACCAGGGGGGCUGCAGGUGUUUUAAACUCCUAAUUUAAUGCGGUUUUAAACUCCGAGUGCACACUGUGUCAGUAGAACUGUAACUUGGUUUCUGAGCUAAUAAGUGGUCUGUUUUUGUGGAUUGCAGUGCCUGAUUGUAUGCAGAUUGACAGAGCUCCAGAUAGGUGUCUUAUUAGAAAGUGAUUAGUGACUUCCUAGGAGCCUCUCCACAUUGUGAAUGAUUCUGGGAAAAGUGAUGGAGCUACAGGGAUACUUGCUGGUAGCUAUGGCAUUAACUAGUAUAGUGGAUUAGCCCGGCUGGAAUCCAGCUCGAAGCACAGUUCAGUUUUUGUAAUGUGAAGUGCCUUAGGAAGUUAUUCAUGAGCAGAUUAAAAAAAAAAAUUAACAAAGUGCACUUGUCAUUUACUGAAUAAAUACUUGUGCUGUCGGGAUAUAUUCACUAAAUGGAGAAAUCUAAACUAACCUCAAAAGACCCGAGCUGGGAAAGUAACAGUUGGUGAGGUGUUUUUAAUUUUUUUUAUUUCUUUGUUUGGCUUAUUUGACAUUAAAAUUCUGUUUAUGCAGCCCUCGUAACACCUACCCUGGCUGUGGCUCACACAUCCGGCAUGAUCAGAUGUUGACUUACUUUGGAAGUUUUAUCUCCUGCUCUAUAAAUUGAACUUAAAUCACACACACGAGGCUCUUACGGGAUAUAGAAGGAUAUAAAUAGAGCAGGAGAUAAUACAUUAUAAACUUAAACCAUGUGCAAUAAAGUUAGUUUAAAUAUUAGUGUUUAGGAAGGAUGUGCAAAUCUCAUUCAGGGAGGUGUGACUAGGGCGGUAUAAACAAAAUGAUUUAACACCUAAAGGGCAGAGAAUUGAGCUGUGAGACUGGAGGGGCAUGAUCUAUUUGCCAAAACUGCUUCAUUAAGCUAAAGUUUUUUGGGGAGCCAAUAGUGUCCCUUUAACUAGUUUGUCAAUAAGCCCCAGAGUGACCUAUUUAGCUAUUUAUCUCUACACAUAAUUUAUAUUUGUGAGUUGUGAAAUUGAUGUCUUUUUAUAAAUAAAGAGCUUUGAUAUGAGAGCCACAUUGUAAAAAAAGAAAAGUCAGGAUGACUCUGCAUACUUUAUUUCAAUAUUUCUGUAAUGUAUAAUUAUAAAGGCAUUGCAGUCGAGAGCAACAGACUGUCACUUCCCUGGAAUUUACAGGGAAGUGACAUUGUAAGUCAGCCUUCACUUGCAAUACAUUUGUAUCAAAGAUUUAGGAAAUUAUAUCACAAUCCAGUUCAGACAAGGCAAAACCAGGGCAAACAUUGUGCAAUGGAGAGGAGAAGUAGAUGUCUAUCUAUUGUUCCUACAUAUACAUAAUUUUUUAUUUUUUAUUUUUUUUAUACUGGUAAAUGACCAUUCAUAAAGAUUUAGUAAUUUUAAAAAAAUUUUUUUUAAACCUUUAUUAAAUAAGCAUGCAAAAUUUUGUUUAUGUGCAAAACAGGACUCUGAUGUCACCUCUGGUGGUGGCAGCAUGAUUCUGAUUGGUUAUCACAAAAAUUAAUCAGAUAGUUUUACUUUAUUUUUUGCCUUCACAAUUGCUAAAUCAAUUGCUCCUCUGUGCACUCCACCAAAGGUGUUUGGCAAACGUAGUCAACUAUAGAAGAUUAAUUAUAAAUAACUACAUUUUAGCAUUUGCUAUGGAAACAAACUGACUAUACCUUCUGAUUGCUCGAGUUCUGAACUUUACAUUAGAAUCGUUCUGUUGUAAAUAACCUACGGUGUUAAUCAGAGAAAACAUUGGCUCUGAGGUUUACAUAGUCUUCUGAUUGCUUGAGGAUCAUCUGCCAUUCCAGCACACAGAAUUAUGCUGCUAUCUACUAGAGACCUUAUGAUACAAGGUGACUUCUAAGAGCAUACAUCAUCACGUGAAAAAGUGGGUCCAUCCCAAAAGUGCGACUUCAUCUGCUCUUUGAUAUCUUUAAAAGGGACCCGUCAUGUCCCAAACUACUUAUGCUGUUUGGAAAGAGCGUGCAAAUUAAUCUAUACAUUGUGCUGGCAGAUUUGGUAAUGAAUGUAUAGAUUGGGAGAAAAACCCACUUCCCAAACCUUCGGUGUGGAAACUGUGCCGACAGUUUGACUGUCAAGAGAGAGUAGAAGAGACCUCCCACAGGCUGUCUUUCUACUCACCCAAGUAAUUGCUAUGGAAACACUGCUAGCCCUGGCUAGGGUGUAUAACCGCGUAGUGAGUGACGUCAAUCCAGAUACCGGGAUGCAGCAAAGCUAGUUUGUCGGCAUAAAACGGGAGGUUUGUACUGCUCUGGGAAGCGUUCCCAAGCAGGCAAAGCGCAGAAGACCAUAGGAGGAACACAGGACUAAAUACAUAUUCAGCGGUGCUGAAAGUGAGCCGAGUAUAUCGCUCUAUUUUACAUUGAAUACUUAAUGUAUCUUUGUGAUAUGAUAUAUCCAGUGUAUAUGUGAUGAUUUCAAGGAAACCUAAUUUUGUCAUUACAUGUUCAUGUUAAUCUAGCAUUUACCGCCCUAUUUAUUUUUCAAAAUCCUAUAAUCCCUAACUAGCAAUUUUUUAAAAGAAUUUCAAAUGUGUCACUCUGCUACUCAUGAUAUAGUCAUGUGAUCAUAAACGGAACUGAUAGGUUCAAAAGCUCACGUCUGCAACAAAAAAAAGUGUUGUAUCUUACAUUUUUAUUGUGGCACUUAUCGUAAUACAAAAUAUACAGUGCAACGUAAGAGUCACCCGUGAUUGCAGUUGCAGGCGAUAACUAUACCUUAUUUUAACAUGGAAAAAUAUUGCGUAAAAGUGAGCACUGUCUACGAGUAAUGUCACAGUAACAUAUAGAAAUCGCCAUGAAUGCAAGCAGUAGCACAUGUAUACAGAGAGCCAAUAGUCCAGCGUAGACCAGUAUGAGAACGGCGUCAGUAGCAGAAUAUAAGAUAUUAGAAAGUUAUUCGAUUAGAUAAAUAUAGGCUAUACUUGCCAUGAAUGUUGCGCUGCAGUUAACUAAAAGGUUAGACUAAUAAGCAAAAAAAAAGAGAAGUAAGAGACAUUGGAUGGACUGAUUGUUAAAUGCUAGAAACUGCAUACAAAUGAUUAACUUCAACACUAAUCAGAACAACUCAGGGUUAUAAAACUAUGGUGGGAUAACCCAACUUAAAUAGGUUAGAGAGGUAGGACACCUGGAAUUCCCUGGUCACAAGGCUAUGAUCCGCCGAUUCCCUUUGGGUACCAAGUACACUCCCCCAAAGCGGUAGGCAUCUGGGUGGCCCAAGUGGUAAGUAGUAACCCGAUGGUAAGUAGAUGUCGACAUAGACCCGCAUGCUAUGGGGACCACAACAGCACCAGGGAGUUGUUGCCUGCAGGAUUGAUAUGAAGCAGUGGCCUGCCAAUCGGAAGGUGAAGACGGUUUGGGAGCCAUAACCACACGUUUAACGUGAGACACUCAGAGGUGAAGGUAGAGUAUUGGUCUGCUUUGCAGGUAUGGAGAUCUGCAUUCACGUGAAGUUUGGCUCAAAAUACAGCAAAUAACCACUCUAAAUUGGUCACAGUAAGAGAUGUCAGACAACGUCAGUCUAAAGUACUCAUGGCAUCCGCCAUAUUAGGGAGGAUGGUGCACCUUAUAGUUACACACCGAAACAUUCAGCUAUAUCUUUAGUGAGUAUACUGCUUGUGCAGGAAUGUCCCUCACCAGCAGAGAGGGGAUAGUAGGAGUUAGGCAGUAGUUACAGGCUCUUACUCGAGUGAACUACUGGCCGAUAGAUUGGCCACCUCUCCCGUGCCCACGCCGCUAUAGCAGAACUUCCUGACUGCCAAAGCUGCUUGGAGACACUCCAGGAUGCACUAUCUGUGCACCCACAAAAGCACUGAAAAGCACAGGGCGGCAAACCUAAAACAAGCUUAAAAGUCGGCUGUUCGUUUGGGACUCUUCUGCAUGGCAGUCAGGUUCUGCCACCCCCCGCCCCCCUUUUAUUUUUUUACCUUUUGAGGAAACCAUAAAUUGACAGAUAUUCCUAAUUUUCUUUGCUUGACUUCAGAGUAUUCUGGUUUUUGGUUUUCUUUCAUCUUUCAAGCUGUAACAGCCCUUGAUUAUAAAGUGGAAGCAGAAUAUAGCUACCUUGAGUUUUCCAAUGCUUCUUGUUCAUUAAAAAUUUUUUUAUUUUUUUUUCUACCAUACCAGUAGAUUUCUACAUUAAGCAUGAACUCUUCUUCUGAAGUAGCCUUCAUAUAUAAUUCACAUAGGUAGGAAAUGGGCAGAGUAAGAGAUGCUAUAUUUUUUUUCUUCUUUAAUUUUUGUUUCAUCUAAAGUGCACUUUAACCAAUUAAUGGAACAUUCUAAGCUUUGUAACAACCUGUGUUAUGAGGUCGCCUGUCGCUGGAGAUGGAAACAAACCCACUCAAUGAGUGAUCAGAGGAGGAAGCUCUUCUUAUUUUAUUUAUAUUUGUCCCAUUAAACAUGUCAAUAUAUAGUUUAAUUAGUGGACGACAAGAAGUAAAUGAGACGCGCUGGUCUCCCGACAUUUAGGAUAUUUCCUUAAAGAGUGCUUUUUAUCAGGUGUACACCGGUAAUAUGUAGUAGUGAACAUGCAUAGGUCUCUUCAGAAAUUGAAUGUGAGAGAUCUACAUACUGGGAGGCAAAGAUGGAACCAGACAUUUAAAAGAUGAUGGAAGCAAGCUAUAGGUUGUCCUCUGAGGUUUGAAUUCCAGUCUCUGUGUCUCCAUCUCCUGUCUCUCUCACAUUUCUCUUCUUAGGGCCUCCCACUACCCCCGUCGCCCGUCCUGUGUCCCCACCACUGCCCUGUCCUGAGCUGUCAAGUCGGUGAGGAUGCUCUUUUAAGCGCAAUGUGUGGUUUCAAGAUGCCAUUUUCGUAUAUCAAAAAUUGUCCUUGUGUUCCAUGCCAAACAUUUAUCUUCCCUUCCUCUCCAGCCAGAUGAGAUCAGACAAGAGGUUUGGGUUAGAAGCUGUUUUUUCCAUUGCACUAGAUGUGCCUUAUAUUGGGGUACCCUGGGGACUGAAGGCACUGAAGGUGGCAGCAAACAAAUAAUUUUCUUUAGGACAUAACCAUUGGGCUCAUGAGCACUGUGACAUUACCACUGUGAAAAACCAUAAAAGAUGGGAAAAUGUAAUACAAAGAAUGAAUCGUACUUGGCGUAGUGAAUACAUAAAAUAAAUAGCAAUAUGCAUACACUACACUCUUUAACAGGCUCCUGCACAGCUUAAUGUAAGUGAAAGAACCACAGUGAUGGAGAAGAUGCAAACCCUGAGAGAUGAAUGGUGUACAACACCGUUUUAGUCUUAAACUUUUGAAGCAUUUUCCUCUUGAUGACAUUUCGAGCCAUGGCCCUUUUGCCCUGGCGGCCGACGUAGAUUUCUUGUACGGAGUUGCUGGGGGAAGUCUUGAGAUAACCUCCACUUUUUUUUUAAAUCAGGCCUGAUUUAGUGUCCUCACGCUGAGAAAUCGAUGUAGUAGCGCUCACAUUAAAUAAACAUAUUUGCUCUCAACCCUCAUAAACUUACUGUGCAAAUAUCAAUAUCAAAUAUAGUUUGGAUAAAGCAAGUGACUUCUAAUAUUUGCAUGGUAAGUAAAUAAACAUAUAUUUCAGAAACAUAUAUUUUCCUUUUCUUUUUUUCUUUUUUUUUUUUUUUUUAAAAAAAAAUAAGUCUUUUUUUUUCCUUAAAUGACCACUCCACAACCAUUAAAGCGGCACUGCCACCAAUCCCUGCAAAAUGAGUAUUUCCUAAAGAUAAAAUCUUUUAAAAAUGGAUACUACCUUGUCUCAAUAUUUUUCCUACACCUGACACUUGUAGACACUGGACGGAGUUACCGCUGUUUUAAAGUGUCAAUCUCUCUCCCGUCACCAGUGAUGCCUGCAGAGAUAUUAGCUGUAUCUAUGGAAGAUCUUGUGGAGUCCUCUAGACCUCAGUGCUGAACUCUCGCACAUCCUGAAGUUCCAGGAUCAGAAGAGGACUGUCUGGAAGGAAAUUAAAGCCCUACGAGGCUGACCACUGGACUACCAGCAGCGAUGUCCAUGUCGGGAGCCUGUGAAAAUUAGGCAAAGUCCCCAGAUGGUGACCGUGACAAUUUGAAGCGCUUCUACAUGGCAUUAUCUUAUAUAAACUGCACUUUAUAGUUUAAAUAAUGACCCCCCCCUUCCCUCCCACCACUGCUGUCCAACAGCCAAGGAGGUUGACUUCUGGUUUCCGCCUCUACUUGAGCUCGAAUGCCUCUUCUCAGACCUCGGAUCAGACAAGUGUUCAAUCUGAAAUCUGUGCAUGCGCAAGGAGGGAAGCUUCUCAAUAAAAACUGCAGCUUUUACAAACUCUCUUUUACGAUAUAUACCCGAUACAUACAAGAAAAAUGCAUACAUGUAAUAAUUGGGGGGAUACUUUACUAAAUUGGUUUUGUUUUUAAAUAAUUUUGCACGGUGUAGUGUUCCUUUCAGAUGCUCUGUUAAGACAACACUUUUUCUAAGAAAAUUGACUGUAUGACACACAUUUUAAAACGCGUGUAGUUGAAAAAUAACCUAUGCAAAUCUAUGCAUAUAUCCCAUUCCAUGCUGGAAAACCCAGAGCUUGCUUCAGGCCAAAUAUACAGUGCAUGGUGGAGCCUCGCAGUGCGGCUGGAAGGCCUAUAUUUAUUUAUACCAUUAGCUAGAUUAAAAUAGUACUGCUGACUCUUAUAAUAUUGUUUCGCUGGAUAAAAAUAGCAGUGCCUCAUAACCAGUCAUUUUAGAAAAUGUGUACGUGCGCAAUUAAAUGAAGCUUGGAAGCAGUUGUAUAAAUAUUGGGCUAUAAUACUGCGGUUUUAUUGCUAGUCAGGAGACCUUUUUAACCAUUGGCGCCUUCUCUUAUCAAACCUAUUUUUGUUUUUAAAGUGUGUGUGUGUGUGUGUGUGUGUGUGUGUGUGUGUAUGUAUAUAUAUAUAUAUUUUAAUCUGUAAACUGUUAGGAAUAUGCAAAUAUCACUUUGUAUUAACCCAUUUGUAUCACUGUACAUUUCUGCAGAGUAUGUAAAUGGAUUGACUAUACUAGGCGUACGGUGAAUGGGUAAGGGAGGCGUUGAAGCGUUUUGGUUUGCCUUUUAAUGCUUUUUUUUGUAGUAGUAGCUCUAAUAGGUCUCUCAAUUGGAAAACCCCAAACUCAUGGUAGCAUUUUCUAUUAUAGCUAUUAAAGGGGGAAAAAAGUUGGAUAACAAGUAACUAGGCAAACCUAUCCAUUUCUUAUAUGGUAUUUUGGGUGACCACAGGUUAAGAGAACACGAUGGUCUUCUUUUUUUUUUUUUUUUUUUUAAACACAAUAUUUUGAGCAAGUGUUUAAAUUUAUACAUUUUUAUUCACUAUUUAUCACACUAGCGAAAUUAUAUUCACGAUCUUGAUUUAUGACCGUUUUAACCAUCUUUAGGGAACUUUAGACAGAACGCACAUUACUUUUCUAUUUUUAACUAUUUUACGGUUUUAUAUUGCGUUUGGUUAGUACAUGCACCCUGACAUGUUUAAUGGACUUUGCUCUAGUGUAAUAUGUCUUGACAAUAGCAUUGGCCAAGCUGAGAGCAGAUCUCACAUUAGCACAUUUUUAGCAUCUAAGUGACAAACUGCUAAAAUACACUUUGCUGUGACCAUUUGUAGAUGGAAGGCAUGUCUCUGCCAUUUAGCACUCUUCAGUUUCGAGCAUGGCCAUUCAAACACAUCUUUGCCUUUUUGUAUACUGGUCAAGGGUAUUUAAGCUGUUGAACUCCUUUAUGCCCCAGUGAUACAAUUUGCUGUCACACCAAUCUGAUCAUGGCAAACCUCGUGGCAAGCCUUAUUUGGCUUUAGCAUCUCCAUAUGGUCCUGACAUCGAUAAUUGACUGGGACUUUCCAUUUUAGACUUGGAUCUUUACUGAUUACUGUAUACUUCCAUUCAGCAGCUCUCUCAUCCACCUCACCCCAAACCAAAACAUUUCGUUGGAAUUUCACCGAUAUUCCAACUUCAUCAAAAGUUAUAUCUCAAGACACUCUUGCGCAUGCACAAGAAUACAGCACUGACGUCGGCUCCUUGCAGAUGAAACAUGGAAUAAGAUGCCCAGGGCCACGAGCGAUAAGUUCAGAUAAGUAAAACGUACCUUUCCCUGCACUCCGCUGCCAGCGACAAAGGUGACAGAAGUUUGAAGGUUUUACAUAUGACCUGUUACCUGUCAGUUAUUUUGCCAAAAACGGAAUUGGAUUUAUAUUCAAUUUGUUGUACUGUUUCGUUUAAGGAUACAUAUUAAUCUUUUUUUUUUUUUCAACCUGACCGUAAUAUCUUGUUGCCCUUUGUACGACAUGGUAUGAAUAUGUCUACAAAGAUGUUUCGAUAACUGUUUGUGCAAAUAACAUUUUUGUCUGCUUGCUCUAAACGGCUAUAUUGGCUUUGAGAUGAGGCUUGAGGAAAUCACCUAAAAUUUCUUCCAACAGUCGUCCCAUGUCCCACGUCCAGGCUCCAUUUAAUAUUUAAUUAUUGACCAUGGAGACUCACAAUCAUUCCUUCCAUAGAAUAAAGAGUGUUAUCGUUGUACAAGAGCCGGAGAUUUCUCAUGUGUCUAGGGCCACCACUUAGUUUUUUAAUAAACAAACACGCUGGUUCCAUUUGAUUAACAUCAGGUAAUCCGGUCCUAACUUGUCUUUUUAAAUGUGCCCGUCACAUGAGCAUAAACCGUGUUAUCCACGGAUCACAGGGUGAAAAACUGGGCCACAAUGCACUCCACUGUUUAUAUUUACACACAUUUCUGGGGUUUAUGAAGUAAUUCAGAGGCUAUGAAUGAUUCCUCCAGUUAAUACUGACACAUGAAUGGUUAAUGUUGACAAAUUAGAACUUUUUUAGACGGGUUGGCCUGCUUAACAUAAUACAUAUGCUUUUGUGUUUCUGGGAAAUUUCAAUGCUUUAUCCAGUGAUUCCGUUUUCCCUUUGCACACAGUGACAUAGCUGGUAAAAUCCACAGAAAGCACUUUUUCAGCCUCUUUUGUUAAAAUGUCUACUUUGUAUUCUGCUUGGAGACUUAAGCCUUUUUGGGUCUGACAAAAACCUUAGUUACUGGGAGGUGUGAUGAUGGAUUCUAAGUGGGGAAAAUAUGGCACGCUAUUUUAUGGGCUUUUAUGUUUUAAAGAGGUUACAACAAUGAUGUAUAUUUUAUAAUUCUUGUUUAUGGUUGUCAGAAAGUGGUGGAAACAGUCUAUUCUCCGACAAACAAAGUAUCCAGCAAAUUUUAAUAUAUAUAUUUUUUUUCUAUUCCACAAAAACAUUUUGAUGGUAGAUAAAAGCUGCGUUGCCCAUAUUAUAGUUUGUCUUCUACUUUUUAUGUAAACCUGUCGCCUACACAUUUUAUGAUCAUUUCAUCUAUAGGGCGUUUAUAUAUUAAAUAACAUUGUGUUGACAAAAUAGGCAAUAUUUUAUAUUUUGAUUAAAAAAAUAUAUUUGUUUAGAACGCUCGAGCAACAUGUCUGCUUCAGAUAGAAUAGAUGGAUUACAAACGAUUCAUAUAUUAUUUAGCCCUUCUAAGCAUGUGCAAAGAGAUGAGGCAUAUUAAAGGGUUACUUCAAGAACCUUGACCACUUCAGUAAUUGACGGAGUUCAAACCCUCUUCUGCCCGUGCUUGUAACUACACCUUUUGGCAGUAUUAUUGGGGGGUUUUCAGCCAGCCCAGAACUAGUCAUAGAUUGACUGACUAAUAUCAAUUCUGUGCAACAUUUGUCAUGUCAGUCAUUGGCUAACAGAGAUCAGCUGAUGCUCUUAGCCAAUGUAUAGUGACGGCCACAACUUUUGGCGUCUGCGGCUCUGCAGAAGCCGUAAGCACGUCACUGGACCACCAACUAGAAUUUGCGCCUGGUAGAGACUCAUGUAAGAGUACAAACCAUUGCUAAACAGUUUGCCCUUUUACCAGGGCACUGGCCCAGGGUACUCCUGGUAAAACUACUACAGCGGGCUAUAAUGGUUAUAAUGCAUGGAAUAACUCUUUAUGGAGGUAAAAUAAUUAAACUUUCUGUCUACAUUUUACUAAAAAGCUAAGUAGCUUUCUUCUUUAAAAAGAGAUGUGAAAGGUGAACAUAUCCUAAAACAGGGGUAGGCAACCUUUUAGCAGCACUGUGCCGGAAUAAGAUUGUGAUGUCCCAUAGCGUGCUGGUCCUAUUUUUUUAAAUUGAGGUGUGAAUGUUGCCGUAUUCUGCUUGUGUUAUUUAUACUGCAGUUGCUUUGUAUCAUUGUAUUUGUGCGUUAAUGAGCUAUUAUAUUGCAUAUGUUUGUGGUAUCGGGUCUGAUACAUAUUAAUGUGGGUUGUGUGUGGAUGGAUAUGUCACUGUGUGUGUGUGUGUGUGUGUGUGUGUAUGUGUGGGGCUGUUUGGGGUAUUACAUGUGAGAGGCUGCUUGCGGGGUUGUGUGCAUGUAUGUGGAUUGUUAGUGAUGUUGAUGUUGUUUGUGUGUGGGCUGUUUGUAUGAGGGGAGGGUUUAAAGACUUAAAAGUAGAGGUACACUGCACCCAGACCACUUCAUUGAGAUAAAGUGGUCUGAGUGCCUUUUGUAUCCCUUUAAGUGUUUGGAGGAAAAAGCUAGUGAAAUUUGUAUCUGCAAUAAGUGCAUUUGUCUGCAGGAGCCUGGUUGCCAGUUGAUACGAUUUUCAGCGAUCAUAUUUAGCAGUUGCGAACGAACCACAUCUUCGUUAAUUUUGCUUAGCUACGAGCAAUCGAGCUGCAUACAUACAAUGUAGCAACCUCAUAAACAGGGACCCUCCCUAAAGUGUGAAUUUUUAGACAUUCAAAUGGAAUUUUAGGCCAAAACCUCUAAACUGAUAGCUGGCUUGGAGAUUUUCUUUUCCAAUGUGGAUAUUUUGGCCUAAAAGUUUUUUAAGGGACAUUCCAGGUACCCAGACCACAUAGCCCAUUGAAGUGAUCUGGGUGCCAACUCCCAUCACACUUAAUCCAGCAAGUGUAAUUAUUGCUGUUUUUUAUAAACUGUAAUAAUUACCUUGCAGGAUGAAGUCCUCCUCUAGUGGCUGUCUACCAGUCAGUCACUAUAAGGACUUCCGGCUUCUUAGACUACUUUUGGUCUAAACGAUGCCGGACGUCCUCACGCUAUACAUGAGCACCUCCAGCGUCGCUGGAAUCCCCAUAGGAAAGCAUUAUUCAAUCAUAAUGUGAGCGUGGCCAUUGCCGUGCAUGCACAUUAGCUCUCUCCCGCCGGCGGACGCCAGCAGGAGAGGAGCGUGGGCGGAGCUGAGCCUCGGUGCUGUACCCAGGUAAGUGACAGAAGGGGUUAACUGUUAUUAACCCCUUCUGCACCACGGGGGUGGGCCUUGACAGAAGGGGGAACUAUAGUGCCAGGAAAACCAGUUUGUUUCCUUUCCACUAUAAUUUCCCUUUAAAUUUACUUUGAAUUCAUUACAUAGCUAUUCUCAAUUAAUUGAAUAACCUUGAUAUGUUUUGUCAAAUUGAGAUCAGUGUUACUGAUGUUGCUAUUUUAAAGUGCAAUCUUGGGGCCCAGAGUUAUCGUACUCGCGGCUAUAUUUUCUUAAAAAACUUGAGUAUAUAACGUCAUGUUACAAUGAUUUGUUUUAUUCUAGAAUCAGUAUUAAUCUAACAUUAUGAAUCAGGACUGGGCUUUGAGGAAGCCUCUUGUUUCUUGCUUGGAUAUUCAGAUACAAAAAUAGUUUUUCCAAAGGUUCUGAAAACCAUAUUGUAUCUUCUGUGAUCAAUGGACAACAGGGGUAUGCAUUAUUAGGUGGUAUAAUUGUUUGUCUGGGAAUUAUUCCAUUUUGUUUGCUGAGAUAGUUGUUUGGGAGGGGAAGCAGCAAGUUGUGAGAGUUCUGCCCUUAAUCUGCUUGACUUUUGUGAUCAUACGAGUUCCCACACGUAUCCUACAGGGUACCGAGGAUAGCCUGCUGGGAUAAAUAAGGAGAACCGGAGACUUCCCCAGCAGGUGCACCAACAAAUCUUCACUCCUGAAUUAUAUGCAGGACAACCGAAACUAUAAUCAUGUCACAAAGGACAUUUGAAAUGGCCAGUUUCUAGAAAUGGCAAAUACUGUUAACUCUUUGAGCGUCAGAUAUACCCAACGCAUUGCUGUGCAAUCAGUUGGACACCCCGUGGCUCUUGGUUAGUUAAUCAUCAGUCAGGCCUUAAAAGGACACUCGAAUACUAAUUUUUUUUUUUCUUUACGUAAUUUGACAGAAAAAAUGAGGACUCUCCUAAAUGCAAAAUCCAGGAUCUUUGCAGAUACUAGACACAAAAAAGGUUUCACUUGUCUGAUCCAAGGGAUAUGUAUAUGGCUGAAUGAUCCUGUCAUAUACUAGAGAUUGGGACGAGUUUAUCUCCCCUUUUUAAAUUUCUUUUUACAUAUACUUCAUUUAACAAAGAAUCUAUUUCCUUUCAAAACUUGAUGAAAUUAUCAAGAUAGUGUAGAGGUGAUAGUUCUUUAAUGCGAUUUUUGGAAUGUGAUCUGUAGGCAUUGUGAUAGAAUUUACUUUGAUUCCAAGGUUCAAGCUUAUAAGUGUCAUAUUAGAUAUCCUAUAUUAAAAUUGGCUAACUUGGACUCAGGAAAUGCUUGAUGCUUAAAACGACACUUAAGACCGUAUAUAUUUAGUUCCCAGUGCAGAUAGCCCCCACCUGAGCUGUCUCUCCUAAAUCAGUCUGUUCUUUCUCUUUCUCGGAACUUAUUUGUUAUAUGUACAUGACGUUCAUCCCUAUGUCUUAUCAGUACUCCUUUCACUCCCUUCCUACUACUGUCCUAUGAGUAUUUGCACGUAAGCACUUAUUUUUUUUUUAAUGUAUAAAAACACAGCUGACAAAAUAAAGGUCAGAGGCUUAUUUUGAUAUCCAACACGCGUCUGGUGUCUAAUUCACGCUUCUCCAAGUGCACUUAAAUAAUAAUUUGGGCUUCCUCUGAAUAUAACAAAUAUCAAUAUUUGGAUCUAGAUCAGCAUAAGAUGCAUUUUUAUCACUAUUAAUAUAUACAAUAGUGAAUACAUAUACAACAACUACAUUAAGAGAUAAAACAUCAAGAAAAAUAAUUAAAUUAAUGAAUCCAAGACUAGACCAGAGUUGAAGAAUUUCUCCAAAUCCACAGUUUUAGCACAAUUACGAUUGUGAGAAAUUAUUGAUAAAUUGGCAAUCUUGCUUCUUUAUUGCAAUCUCUUCCUCUCAAAAAAACUUCUGUUGUGUUUAUAAAUCAGUUUUUCACCCCAGGGCUUUAGAUCUGGCUGAGGUUCAUGGGAAUUCUUUGGAUGCCAGGAAUAGCUGAUGUUUCUCUUGGAUAGAGAUGUGUACAUUGCUUCUAUUUACUAAAUGUGUUGUUUGCUACCUCCCUGGCAGUAGGAUGCAUGUGCCCCAUGUGAGUCAUGCCAGGGUGCCAGGCUGAGAAUAAAGUGGACAAAGGAUCUGAGAUUUUGAGAAGCUCAAGAACGCGAUCAGACUGCAGAGUGUGAAGUGGAACAGGGGUCUUUGUGCACAGGGGGCAGAUAGGCCAUCAGCGCUGGGGGGGAUAAAAAGCUGGGGUGGGGGGGGAAGGAUAGAAUUUGGGAGAGGAAUUGAAGAUUGUGUGUGUUUUGAAAAGUGGGAUGGAAAGAAUCAAAUAAGGGGGUAAAGAAGUGUAAAUGGGCAAAAGAGGGUGUGUAAAGGAAACCUGGGGCGCCGGGAGGGAAUUGGCCUGGGGAGGAGGCAACAAAAACCUGAAGGAACAGGAGAGGGGAGUGAAAGAGGUGGCACAGAUCAUGGGUAACCGAGGGAAUAAGAGAUUAAACAUUAAAGAGGAAAUAGACAGAGGCAGCAAGGUGUUAAAACUAAUUAGUUGCUUAUUUUUUCUUGCAGCUGGACAUGAGCCCCUCUAAUAAAGCCAGCGUAUAAAAUGUUAUUUAUAGACCACCAACAUACGCCGUAACACAGGACUUAAAGGUCACAAACACACACUGGCUAAUGGUGCAGGAAUACAUUUGACAACGGUAGUGUCUGUGAGAAUUUACUGCCAGUGCAGACCAGGGCCGGACUGGGAGAAAAAUUCGGCCCGGGCAUUUUUUUUAACACAGCGGCCCACUAAAAAGGGGGCGGGGCAGAGGAGGUGUGUUUUGUCAUCACCAAUGACAAACACGCCUCCUCUCAAAGUGAGCAUGUUGGUUCAAUGCUCUUCCAGGGCAGACCAUGCGCAGAGCUCUGCUGAAGAGCUCUAGCAUGAGAAAAAAAGUCCUGUAUUUGUUCUGCACAGUGCAAGCAAAUUUAAUAACAUGCUUGCACUGUGUUUCCUUGCAACUUGUCUCUGGUGUCUCUAUAAAUGGAUACCAGGAGACAAAAGGCCAGGAAAGAGUAUUGUGCAUGUGUUUGGAGCCUGCUUGUGGUAUUGCGUGUGUGUAGAGUGAGCUGGUCGUGGUGUGGUAUUGUGUAAUAAGGUCGGUUUUAGUCGUGUUGUGUUUGUGGUGUAAUGUGAUGCAUAUGUGGCUCAGGGACCCCCUCCCGCCCGGCUCUGGAAAGGGGUUAAAACUUACCUUUUUCCAGCGCCGGGCGGGGAGCUCUCCUCCUCCGAUCCGCCCCGUCGGCUGAAUGCGCACGCGUGGCAAGAGCUGCGCGCGCAUUCAGCCGGUCGCAUAGGAAAGCAUUUAUAAUGCUUUCCUAUGGACGCUUGCGUGCUCUCACUGUGAUUUUCACAGUGAAAAGCACGGAAGCGCCUCUAGCGGCUGUCAAUGAGACAGCUGCUAGAGGCUUUGGGGGAAGGCUUAACCCAUUGAUAAACUGCUAUGUUUAUAAAACAAUGGGUUAACCCUAGAAGGACCUGGCACCAAGAGCACUUCAUUAAGCAGAAGUGGUCUGGGUGGCUAGAGUGGUCCUUUAAGAGUGUAGUGUGUGUGUGUGUGUGUGUGUAUAUAUAUAUAUAUAUAUAUAUAUAUAUAUAUAUAUAUAUUUGGAAGUAUUGUGUAUGUGUGUGGUGCAGUGUGUUGGGGGGGUUCUGUGUGUAUGUGAGGGGUGCAGUAUGUGUGUGUGUGAGGGUGCGGUGUGAGUGAUGGGUGUGAGAGUGCCGUGUGUGAGAUGGGUGUGAGAGUGCUCUGUGAGAGUGCUGUGAGUGUGAUGGGUGUGAGAGUGCUGUGUGAGAGAGUGCUGUGUGUGAGAGUGCUGUAUAAAUGUUAUUGUGUGUGUGUGUAGGGGGGGUAAAUAAAAAAAAAAAAAAAAAACAGGCAUUAUGUCCCCCCUCCCUUCUUACCUUUAGCCUGGGAGGGGGAGGGGGGGGUCCGGCACGCUGGGACUGGGAGGGGGGGUCCGGCACGCGGUGUUCCCUGGUGGUCCUCGUGGGUGAGUGAACUCUAGCCAGCAUAGCCUGUGAGGCUAGAGUUCACUCUCGCGAGAUCCGGUCGUUGCCAUGGCAACGCGCCGGAUCUCGCGAGAGGAACCCGGCGGAGCUGCAAAUUAGAGCUCCGCCGGGUCCUCUCUCCAGCCUGGCUGUCUCCCUCCCUCUCUGCCCGCCGGCGGCCGCAUGUGGGCCGGUCAGGGAGAUCCUUGAUCUCCCCACCGGCCCGUCGUGGAAAACAGCGGGGCCGGCGCUAGGAGAGUGCCGGCCCUGCAUAGACCGGCAGGGGAGAUCCUGGGACCUCCCCUGCCGGCCUCGGCCCCACGGACACCGCGGCCCACCGGGCAUUUGCCCGCUGUGCCCGAUGGCCAGUCCGGGCCUGGUGCAGACAAAUAUGAUACAAUGUGGUUUAUGUGAGGGUGAUGAGAGGAAGGGGAGGUAAUAAUGUGUGGGAGGUGGGUGAUGGUGUGAGGGAGAGGGGACUAAAUACCUUCUGUCAUUUCCUGGUGGUCCAGUAUGGGCUGACUGAUAAUCCAGUGGGCUACCUGGUGGUCCGGUGGUGAUAUCAGGUCUGCAGCUCGCGAGACCCGGUCAGAGCGUUGCCAUGGUAACCCGCGGCAAUGCUCUGAUUGGCCAGAUCUCGCAAGACACAUGGUUUGCAGCUCUGCACAACACUGCGGAGCUGCAGACCAGCGGCCACAGGCGCUCUCCGACCAGGCAGCCUGGAGGGGCCUUGCACCUGGCAGCAUAUUGAGCAAGCCGCCAGGCCCCCUCUGGUCACUUACAGAGGACCCGACACAGUCUGCCCUAAGGUGGUUUAGGCAGCCGCAAGGCCUUAGGUGCACGCCUAAACUGCUUAGAGAGCCGCCUCUGAAGGCGGACGUUUUUAAAAUUAUUUAGGGCUGCCUGGGGGGGUGCAUUGUCUUCCUGUCCCCUGUCCCAGUCCGCCCCUGCUUCUAUAACAGGAAUAGCCCCGUCUGACUUCAACUCCAAUGAUGCGUUGACAAACUAAACUUUGGCAAAGCAUCAUGGGAAUUGUAAUUCCACCACAGUUGGGGGAUGUUCUCUGUGGCUUAGUCUAUUUAAAUAGUUGUACUCACUGCUUACCUUUUCUAACGUAAAAGUUGUUACAGAGUUUUUUUUUUGUUUUUUUGUUUUUUUUAGAUUUAUUUUAGUUUUUUCUUCUAAAUUCAGUGGUGAUGGUGAAACUUCACACAACGGUGCAGUUAAAUGCUUAUAUUUUUGUUAAAACUGAAUAACCUGCGUUGGGUAUAAAAAAAGUUAUGAUUUGCUCUUUUCAUUCAUUCACUGUAUAUUGCACACGAUUAAACUAUCUGUAGAGAAUCUGGGAGAUGUAGAGCUAGCUGUGUUAUUUUAGGGUAAGUGUUUAACACAGACUAUUAAGCAGAUGUUCACGUUAUGAAUUCUCAGCUCUGCAGUAAUGGUACUGAAAGCUUUCUGCAAAUAGGAGAAUGCUUAAUAAUGCAAGAAGUGUUACACAGCUAGCUGUAUGGAUUCAGAUAUUAUCAGGACUUGGCAACCUCGAACGGUUGAUGAAUUUAAAUUCCUUAUACUUGACUGAUUAUCAGCAUCCAUUGCCGAACACAAUGAUGACAAAAGCACACGCUUACGAUUAUUCCGGCGCACUGGGCUGAUUUUUUUUAUUUAUUUUUUUUCUCUCUCUACCUACACCCAGAACAUGAGCUAUUCACUGUACAGUGUGAAGAUAUUUUGUGUGAUUUUAUAUAUAUUUUUUUUUUAUUGCUAAAAGGACAUUUCCUUUUGUAAGUGAUCCCUAUCUAGUUAUUUUUUUUUAGCUCUCUGUAGUUGUCAUGGUGCCAAUAUGCCCUGGUACCAACCUGUGGUUAUUUGUUGAAUAUGCUGGUGGUAGGGUAGAAGAACUCUGGUGGGCUGAGCUGCUCUGUAACCAUUGACCAUCGGCAAGUGUGGUUCAGAUCAGCUUGUGGGCCUCAAUGUCAGGGCAAUUCAAGUAGGUAUACGGUUAUGUCUGGCAUGCUAAGGAGUGCCCAGUUUCUUUUUAUUUCAUGUCAUCUUGAUCUUUUCUAUAAAUUAAAUGGAAUUGGUGCAUGCUGGUCCACCACCUUUUCCAAAAACGCUUAGUUUCUGCAGUUUAAAAAAAGAACAAAGUGAAUAGUUGAUGAGACUGAGACAAGAUAAAGGUAAGACAAGACGCUCUGCUCCCAAGAGCUAGAAUUCAAAGGUGGCCAUGUGUCGUGUGAACACCUCUUUAAAAAUUCUAACACUUAAUGAGCACGUUGUUGUAUUUAUGUAUUUUUUUUGUUAUAUUAAAUUAUUCUUAUUAAGCAAAAAAAUUAAAUCUGAAUUUACUUCUCAGAGUUCGCAAAAGCAGAACAAGCCCAGAUUGUGAGUGGUGCGGAGAAACUUGCUUUAAUUUAUUAAAUACAAAAAAAGAAUGUUUUCGUACAAAGCUAAACCAGAAUGACAAACAUUUAAAUGAGAUUAUCCCGUGGAUUAAAACAAAGAACAACUUUUUUUAAUGCGUAGGUGCUCCCUUUUUUCAUUUUGCACUUGAAUUAACCUCACAGUGUAGACACUAUAGACACCCAGUCCACUUCAUCUCAUUUAAGUGGUCUGGGUACAGUGUCCCUUUUGCACUUAGUGAUGUAAUGAUACAUAUUACACCACUAAAUCAGCCUCCAGUGGCUGUCUACCAGACCACUGGAGGAGCUUCCUGCAUCCAAAUGGACCUUUGUAUUCCUGGCACUUAUUAUAUCCUUUUAAGUGUUUUGUAAUACAGGUUUGUAUUCCAUGGCUGAUCCAAGUAUCUAUUACUCUCUGUAAUGUAACUUCUCUUGUGGUAUAUUUGCUUAAUUGUGCUGAAAGGCAAUAAAAACAUUUAAUGCCAUAGAUGUAAUUGGAUCAAAAUAAUAGCCGUAGAAUGUUUGUAACCCAACUGUUCCUGAGCCUGAACUUUGUUUUUAGAAUCAAUUCAGUACAAUUCGAUGUUUAGUGAAAAAGCUCUGUGUGAAUAAGUCUCUUGCUGUGUUACUUCAAGUGAAGUUAUUAAACUCAAGCAGAAAAUUACAUUUUCCAAUCAUUCCUGUCUGUUAUUCCGAAGUGUUGUGAUCUCUGGGGAAAUCAAAAGGUGGAUAUUCGGUGCAAUCCCUGGUGUAGGCAUGAUGUAAACCUUUCUUCAUCUUUUGUUUCUGCUGGCAAUCUGCUCAGAUAGGAAUGAUUUCAGAUUUGUGCCUGCUCGCUCACAUCUGUCUGUCUGUCUCUCCAUACACUGUAUAAAAUGUCAUUGUCUGCUAGAAUUCUAAGCUUCAGACCUCCCCCGUUCCUUUUUCAACUUCAUAACUACUCGAGUGUUGUUGAGAACAGGUGCACAGUGUAGUGCAGGGGUAGACAACCUUCCGCACUGCAGAUGUGGUCUACUACAACAUCUACUACUAUUGAUUUUGCCAACGUUACGGCUGUAAGAGCAUUUUGUGAGAUGGAGUCCAAGGAGCACGAUUCAAAUUCUUGGAGGCACAAGUCUCUCUUCUUUCAUUCUUCCUAUCCAAUGUACACAGUCGUUUUUUUUGUUUUUUUUUGUAUGGUAAAUUAGUUGUGGUUAAGUGUUUUUGUACAAUAGACACACAGACCUAUAAAAAAAUAUAUAUAAUGACUUGGAUUGUAAGCCCAUUUGAGAGCCCUUUUCACCUCUUAUAUUCUGCAUGUAAAUUACUUCUUGUCAAAUAUCCUCGUUCUAUAAUUGUAAAAGCUGCGGCAUAGGUUGGCGCUAUAUAAAUGUUGAUGAUGGUAAUGAUCGUAAUAACUCGUUGUUAAAACAUAGACUGAAGAAUAUCCCUGAAGCCAUGUCCAUGCAAAAAUUGCAGUGAUUGAGAUAUAGUCAUGGAGGGGAAAAAAAGUACACUCUCUUUGAAUUCUAUGUUUUUACAUAUCAGGGCAUAAUCCCUAUCAUGUGGUUUUUUUUGUUUCUUUUAGCAGCUCUUAAAAUUGGUUAAAUACAAAAUCAGACUGUAUGACUUUAUCAGUCUCUCACAUCGUUGUGGAGGAGUUUUGGCCCACUCUUCUUCACAAUGUUUCUUGAGUUGAUUGAGGUGUUUUUAGUAUAUAGGAGUUCAUGGUCGACUCAAUGACUGCAAGGUGCCCAGGUCAUGUGGCUGCAAAACAAUCAACCUUUCCACCACAGUGCUUGACCAUUUGCAUUAGGUGUUUGGCGAAAAAGAUACACAGCAUAUCAGCACAAACCUCUCCACCUUGGCCUCGUCUGUCCAAAGAACAUUGCUCCAGAAGUCUUGAGGUUUGUUCAGAUGCAACUUUGCUAACCAAAGCCUUGCUCCCAUGUUCUUUUUAGAGAGAAGAGGCUUUCUACUGGCAACCCUUCCAAACAAACCAUACUUGCUGUCCUUUUCUAAUUGUAGUGUCAUGAACUGUAGAAUCUGAUCUAUAAUGGAUAUAAGCUAUGGUUUUGGCAAUUUCUCUGAGAGUUGCACAAUCUGACCUUUGGUGAAUUUGCUGUGACCUCCACUCCUGGGUAGAUUUUCCAUUGUCUCGAAUGUUUUUCACUUUUGAAUAAUCUUUCUCACUGUAGAAUAUUUGGAAAUGGUCUUAUAACCCAUCCAAGUUUGAUGGGCAGCAACAAGUGCCUUCUCUAAGACCAUUACUGAUGUAUUUCCUCCUUGGCAUUGUGUUAACACACACCUGAAUGCUCCAAACUAGCAAACUGCUUAAACUUCAACUUUGUCUGCUGCCUGACCUCUCAAUUCCUUUGGAAAUAGUAAGGGUGUGUUUUUCCACAUAUGGGUUCUCCAUUUUGUUAAUUAAAUAAUGACACGGUGUAAUAUGUCGUGUUAUUCAUCUGUGGUCAUAUUUAUUCCUGCUAAGGAACAUAUAAUUAUGUCCUGAUACGUAAAACCAUAGAAUUCAAAGAGGGUGUACUUUAUUUUUUGUGUAUGGAUAUAUGGCGACUCAACAGUGAGAACUUAUACCACUAUAACUCCACUUUAGUAAAGUUAAAAUGACACUUCUCCAUUCAAUUGUACUUUUUUGUAGUGUUUAAAAUGUGUGUGUGUAUACUAUGUUUAUUUUAAAAAUGUGGUUUCCUGUGCUUUUUGAAAGUUUAUAUCUUGGCACAAACUACAAUUUUUUUUUUUUUUUUAAUUUUUAAAAAAAAAAUGUAAUUUUUUUUUUUUAUGGGUUAAUGGGGAAUGUCCCCAAGCUGCUGUUCUCGAAUCAGGGCAGCAUCAGACAAUUGAAAUUAGGACACAUCUCGAGGAUCAAUCUGCUAAGCAUUUUGUUGUACUGGUUAAACUGGCAUCCCCGGGACAGAUGGCACGUAGGCUUGCCUCGCUCUGUACAGCUUUAUUGGACCUUCAUCAUUUGAUCGGAGGGUAAAAGUUGCCAUAUAAAAGGUGAUACUGUUUACAGCAACCAUUACUUGUUCUUUAAUAGUUUAAUAAAUCAUUGGGUGCAGGUUUCUGUUGCACUAUCACAAGGUGGUUACAGUUUUCAAAGGAAAAUAUAGUGUCAGGAUGACUGUGCACUUAGAUUAGACGCCUAAUCAAUAAUAGUGAUUGAUCAAACCUUUUAUUACCAUCCUACCGCUAUAUCUGUAUAUGGUGAAUUAUGGGAGCAUACAGAAUAAGGUAGUUGGUGAGGAAGGGACAUGCAUCCAAUGGGACAGUGACGCCUCUAAUAGUAUGCAUAUGUCUGGCUCUAUUGAUCUGGAAAUUGUACUGGGAUUCUAAAAUGGCAGCUUAUUUGCUGAAACACUGGCUUAGUCUUAAAGGGUUAAUUACCGCUGAACGUUUUUGCACUUCGAUGAAAAUUCUCUGGCGUUUAUUGCUUUAAAAUGAUUUAUGGAAAGACCUUUUCAGCUGACUAUGCACCGUCACAAGGGGAGGAGAUUUAUCAAAGUGUUUCUAACAUGUUAAUGGGUUUUUAUUUGUCCAAAUUUCUUGUUGCAGUUUAUUAAAGGACCACUAUAGUGCCAGGAAAACAUACUCGUUUUCCUGGCACUAUAGUGUCCUGAGGGUGCCCCCACCCUCAGGGUCCCCCUCCCGCCUGGCUCUGGAAGGGGGAAAAACUUACCUUUUUCCAGCACUGGGCAGGGAGCUUUCCUCCUCCGAUCCUCCACUUCUCCUCCCAUGCGGCUGAAUGCGCACGCGCGGCAAGAGCUGCGCGCGCAUUCAGCCGGUCACAUAGGAAAGCAUUAUCAAUGCUUUCCUAUGGAUGCUUGUGUGCUCUCACUGUGAUUUUCACAGUGAGAAGCACGCAAGCGCCUCUAGCGGCUGUCAAUGAGACAGCCGCUAGAGGAAAUAGGGGAAGGCUUAACCCAUUCAUAAACAUAGCAGUUUCUCUGAAACUCCUAUGUUUAUAAAAGAAUGGGUUAAGCCUAGCUGGACCUGGCACCCAGACCACUUCAUUAAGCUGAAGUGGUCCUUUUAAAUUUGUUGAGUUUUUUUUUUUCAUUUGUUUGUUUUGAACUUUAAAGGGACACUAUAGUCACCAGAACAACUACAGCUUAAUGAAUUUGUUCUGGUGAGUAGAAUCAUUACCUUCAGGCUUUUUGCUGUAAACGCGGUCUUUUCAGAGAAAAUGCAGUGUUUACAUUACAGCCCAGUGAUAACUUCACUGGCCACUCCUCGGAUAGCUGUUAGAGGUCCUUCCUGGGUCAUGGCUGCCUUAAAUGCAUCCAAACAUUUAGUGUCUCCACCCUCUGCAUGCAGACACUGAACUUUCCUCAUAGAGAUGCAUUGAUUCAAUUAAUCUCUAUGAGGAGAUGCUGAUUGGCCAGGGCUGUGUUUGAAUUAUGCUGGAUCUGCCUCUGUCAGUCUCAGCCAAUCCUAUGGGGAAGCACUGUGAUUGGAUCAGGCUACCGCUUCUGAUGAUGUCAGCAGACUGCUUGUUUUUCUGAGUCUUAACACCAUGCAGAUCUACAGCUUCUGGCUUGAAUACAGUAACAUUUUUAAUAUAUUUAUGGAGGCAUGAGGGGCCCAGGGGGGCUAGAUGGGGUUUUUUUACACUAUAGGGUCAGGAAUACAUGUUUAUGUUCCUGACCCUAUAGUGAUCCUUUAACCAUUGUUUUUGCAUGUACGCCAUAUGUCUCUAACGCACCAUGUUUUUUUACAUUUUCUUUCCUGAGAAAAGAGUUCUGUUUCUCUUUUCCUUUUUUCCGCCACCUUAGAUUUGACGGAUUUCUGGAAUGGAAGUUUUUGUGAAAACAGGCUGAAUUUGCUGGGAAAUAUAUUUACUUAUUUAUUUAAAAAAAACAAAUGCAAUAAAAAUGACAGAAUUUAACCGUAAUUUUCCAGAACAUUUUAAUAAAUAUUCCUAAAUGUGCUUUAAAGUGACACAAACCUUUCUCAUGAUAGGCUAACAAUAAAGUAAUUUCAAGGGAUACUGUAGUGCCAGGAAUACAAUGCUGUAUUCCUUGCACAACCGAUCCCUCUGCCUCCCUUGCGCCCCCCCCCCCCCGAUAAAUAAAUGGUUAAAAACACUUUAUUUACUUACCUAAUCCCAGUGUCCCUCGGCGCUGGGUCGAAGCUCCGCCCCCUCCUCCAUCCCGCGAUGAGUUGGGGUCUAAAUGCACAUGAGUGGCAUGCUUACCCAUGGGGAAUCUGACGCUGGAGCGUGAGGAUGUCCAGCGUCGGAUAACAGACCAAAAGUCUGUGAACUCUGUAGUGAUUAUGGUGCUUGUAGUGUUCCCAUUCACAUUUUUAAAAAUCUACAUUGUGGGAAGUGAUAAGUUAACGAAACCGUGUUUUUACUGUACAGAAAUAAUUCAUUAGUGGUGGAGAAUCUGACCACAGCUGACACAUUGGGAAUGUAGUUUUGCUGAAUUUACUUUCUUCAUUCUCCAUUCCAACAUGAUACAUUUAAUUAUUUUCUUUCAUUCUGCUUGUAUCAAUAGCUCUCUAACAAAGGUGCGUAAAAAGCUUUAUUUUAUACCAUUCUUUUUGGAACACUGGGGUGGGCUACUCUAGAUAGGGACUGGGACACUAAAGCGUUUGGACAGGUUGUAGUCCUAUACUGUUCCUUUAAGUUCCAAAUAGCCUAACUGGGAAAAAAAUCUUCAAUCCAGCUAUGCUUAAAGUUCAGCUCUUAUGAUCUUAAAUGUAAAAUUCACUUUGAAUUUCCGACAGGUUUUUUUUUUUUUUUUUUGUGAGUAGCACUGUUAGUCCUCCAAGAUCCUAUUCAGAGACUGAAUAUAUGUAUCUUCCUUUGGCAACGUUCAGGCUGUGCAGAGCAGCAGACAAAAAGUGCACAGAAUAUAAUUUGGUUUUUUUUCUUUUAUCUUUUUUAUUGUAUUUGAAAACCUGUUUAAAUAAAAAUAAGAAAAACUUCUACUACCCCUACUCCACCCUACCCCACAUCUGGAAUAAAUAAUUUAUAAAACUAUUUGUUUGAGUCUCACCUUUUUCAGAUUAUAAGAUUUACCUGUUGCCAGUACCUGUUCUCUGUAAAUAUCCUUUACAGUUAGCUCAACAAAUAUGACCCCAGGCUUUCAUUGGUGACCUGACAAGCGAUUGCUGGCAGUUCAGCAUUACAGAACCAGCAUGUAUUGCCGUAGGCCGGAACUGUGACUAUGACAUGUCUAGUCAAUGAAGCUAGGGAUUUAAUAAAGGACCUUGCCAAAGUCCUCCAGGGAUACUGUACACACUGCAGAAGGUGAAAUCUUUACAAAUUUUUUUUACUUCAUUGCUGUUAUAUCUGGUCAUAAUCUUUGUUAAUGAGUCACAUUCAGCCUGUUGUAACAUCUCAGACUGAUAUAAUUUUUUUCAAGAGUUUUAUUUACAUUCUAAGUGUUCAUAAAUCUAUAAGCCCAUAUCUUAAGGCAGUGAUGCUUUAACUUGUACUGCACAUUCCUAUCGUGCGUUGCGACCCUCAUAGGAAAUGUUACCCAGAAAUUGAAACCUCUCAUUAUUUUAUUUUAUUUUUUUUACAUUUUUUUAAAUCUGUAAACCUCUUAACAGACCACACCACACCACACACUAUUUAAAGAAGAGACAAAGGAGGGACGGCAGUCUACCCAUAAAUUGAAGAAAUGUAGUUUUGUAGCAAAAAGAAAAACGAAAUUAUUAAAAUUCCCCUAACACGUUUCACCCUCUUGGAAGUGCUAAGCGGCAAGUUCUUUAAAAAAAAAAAAUGAGGCUGAGUCGUAAUUGUCUUUUGGAUCAAGCAUUAUUUUAUCACGCCAUGAUCUGAACAUGUGAGGAUUUAGAGAAAUAAAACUAUGACAAUAAUAGUAUGUGAAAUCUCUACAUUAAUCACUUUCUUUCAGAAACCAGGAUAAACAAAUCUCAUUUUAUAUUGAUGGUUGUGAAGGUUAAUUGUUAUGGCUAUUUCCUUAUUAUGCAAAUAUAAAUACUGUGCAUUUUAAUUGUUUGAAACGGAAUGUUACAUUGAAACCAAACAAUGUCUUGCGAUCUGAGCACCUGCUAAUGUAGGUGUACGCUAAUGGCCCUUGCGUCCUGCUGAGAUAAUGGUGUAAAUUGUUUCCAUGGUGUUAAUCCAUACACUAUUCUACUCCUUUUUAAGGCAUGUUAUAGAGUCAGGCUUUGCUGGCAUGUAAUAUUUAGGUAAAAUGAAAAAUCUGAGCCAAAUUUUUUUUAGUUCUUUAAUUUAUUAUGACACAUCCAGGGUCACUGACACCUGGAUUGCUGGACUAUUCAUUGUCGUAUAUGGAUAUAGAUUAAUUGCUCUUCCCUUUCCAUCUUCUGUUCAACUCACUUUUUAUAUCUGCUCCUUUUUUGUGUGUUUUUUUGACAUUCUUUAUUUUUGCGUGCGUAGCAAUAUAUAAAGUUAGUACAGACAUGCAAUUAUUUAGAUUUGCAAGACAAAAAUUGGCAUAGAUAGGAUGUACAUUGUCAUGGGAUUGGUCAGCACAUUUUAAAAUGAUGGUAUAACCAGGUAAAACAUUGAGUUGUACAACUUGCUUUGCUCCCAGUAAUGUAAAGCAAGUAACGAAAAUAAAAUACAUGUGAUAUCAUUAAAGUGAAGUACACGUUAGCCAUAUUCAGAUUUCAAAAGAUAACACAUUCCGUGCAGGUAUGGCAAGGUGGGAGUUGUGGCUACUAUUCUGACCUUUGGGGUCCCUGUGCAAGCAGUGUGUGGUACCUGUAUCUGCUGGCUAAUGAUGGUUUUGUCGCUUACAGGAAGGUCCGAGGUCCUAGGUUAGUAGGGGUGAAUGGCUGGGUAAGUCGUAGCAUGGUUAGUCAUUGCCUGCACAUGGGGUGGCCAUACUAAGGGUGGCAAAACGUGUACUCUGCGUCAAGGAGCAUUGCUGUAAGGUCGGAGGGCACAAUGGAAUGGGUCUCGAGAGUAGCAAGUUCCUUAACCCCGGAACUCUAGUGGAUAGUUGGGGAAAGGCUGUUGUUAACGGCGUUCAUAUGGGGAUUCCUGGAUAUCAACUGGUGCUUAGUGAAAAGCCCCAUGUAAUUACUUAGCAUUGUGCACUUAUUUAAACUAAAGCAAAGAAAAGAAAGUAACGAACAGAGUCAGACAUGGUAAUCUCAACAAGAAAGGGAGUGAUAGGAAAAGAAAAAAACAACAUAUAAGUGUGGCAGUAUCAUGAUGUGCCGCCGAGUGGUUUAGGACAGUCUGUGUCGCCUUAACCGCCGGGAGCCGUAUAUCUUGAUGCGGUAAAGACUGCCACAUUGGCAACAUGCCAGUUGUGAGCAGGCUGUGUAGCGUUAAGUAGCGAACUGUAGAAACGCUGCAGUGUCUGAGGGUGAUGUCGGCUGGCUUCGGUGUCCAUCUCUUUUGGCGAUGAGUGCCGUGGAUAUCCCAAUUUGUACGGGAUGUAUGCGGCUCGGAAUUGGGAGGUUAUUUCCUUGAAGGAGGCUCUCCAUUGCAGGGUUGUACUGUGGCAAUUCAGCUGCAUGAGUGGUGGCAGGGACCCCUCGCACUUUCUAAUUGCGAAACCGGGCAAUGUCUUCCAGUUGUCUGACCCUGGCAUUCAGUUGUGCGUAGUUAGUGGAUAGUUCCAGCAUUUGUGUCGCAGAUGAGUCUUGUUUGACCCUUGGAUCACGUAAAUCUUCUUCUGUAGCUGGUAUUCUGCUUGUCAGGAAGUUUAGCUCUUCUUUCAAGACAGCUAUCUCUGAGGCGAAGAAGGCCUUGAGGUCUGAGACCAUGUUGAAAAGGUCUGAUCCGUAGCCAGGGGGCUCCAGUGCGAUUAUGGGGCACUUCUCUUCCCCUGCUGAAGGGAUUCUGUGUCACGGGAAAUCCCAGGUCUUUGUCCUCCGAGGCUGGCAGGGAGUCUGGCUCCAAGUCAGGCAGUAGGGCCUCGAUUUUGGGCCUGCUGGCUUGGGAGAGAAGGUGGCCAAUAUCGUGGGUAUGCCCCUCGCUCAGUCCUCAGAUCUUGCGGGAGUGCUUCCCCAUAGUUCAGUAUAGAAGUAUUCGCUUUCAGUGCUUAUAAAAUUGGUUUUGGAGUGCUUUAGUUGUUGUUUUCGUGUGGCGUUUUGCCAGAGCUCCAGCACCAUGCAUCUAUUCAGGUCGGUAGUUAGCUCCGCCCCCAUAUCUGCUCCUUUUAUACGUCCCUUUCCUUUCUAAAUAAAGGACAUCAUAGGAAACGGUUUUAGGAAAUCUAUAGAAAAUCGGUCACUAGUAAUGAUGAUGGUAAUCAUAAUAUUACAGAUGUUAGUGGACAUUCUUCCCAUUCCCAACAUCCUAAACCAGCCUACAAGUACAGAUUUUGUACAACAUUCUGUUUUUGGUGGUAGUCCCUAUUUUAGGAUACCCUAGUUUCAAUUGCACUAUUCAGCUCUAGGAACCUGCACACCAGUCAUUCCUUGGUGGGCUGGUCUCCAAUGAUAUGUAACUUAAUGACUGGGACGAAUGGGUAUAGAUAGGGAUAGGUGGCUGUGUGUGACUGUAUAUUGUAUAUUAGAGUUGUAAUAAAAAAUUAUUCAAUCCGGGGGCGGAGACUGACCGCCAAGCCAGCAUGACGCACUGAGGCUGAGCUCCCAGACCAAAAGCCAAAUUAAACGAAGUUUACCUGCAGAAUCAGGACUUUAUUGGAUUGAGCGUGUAUUCUACGUACCUGCAAACCUCGGUAGUCUUUCUUUUGCAAACAUGAUGCCGGCGAUUAGCGGUCCUGAGACAACGGGAAGUCGCGGCCGCGGGCUGCUGAGGACAGGAGAGUCGACCGCUCUCCUUCCCCUCAGACCAAAGGAGAUGACUCAGCGGGCUCUCAUCCCCCCCUCUGGACCAGUGGGGGUUAUCCCGGUCCCCACUGGGCAGCUAGCUAACUCACGUAGCACUGGACGGAGGGGUCCCACAGAACUUUACACCGACCAGCAUUUGACUAAGAUGGCCGCUGACGAGAGGCCUGCCUUGCUUCUAACGCCACCAUCUUGGGCCACAUGGUAAGACCGCAUAGAAAAAGCAUUUGCCAGGUUCUGGGAGCAAUUCUGGACCGUCACCCAGCAAAGAAAGUGGAGGCUUGCAGACACAACCACAACCCAGAGAACCUCAAAGAAAUGCUGAAUGAUGGGUCUCCACAAGGACCGGCUCCAGGUACCGGCAGACCACCCAGACUGAGGACCCCACAAGGGUUUCCCCCGCUACACAAUAAACGCAGACAAACGACUAUCACCACCAACCGAUAUCAACCACGUGGACUCACCCGCACUCCCCGGACGGAGAAAGGCUCAACCACAGGGAGGCUCCGGGCCGAGGGGCACAGACAACUACUCCACAACAAGGAUAGAGGCUGGAGAGGCACAACACAAAGGAGCAGAAAUGCCGCAAGCCCCAGCAGACAGCCUGAAUACCCGGUGUACUUACCGACCACAGGGGUUGGGUAAAUCCCGCCCUCCCACAGUGAUCUCCACCUGGGAACUUUCCAGCCUUACCACACCAUUUUAGUGUUCCCCCGCGUUUCGUAUAUUGUUAUCUAUACUUACCCACAUCCUAACACAGCAUACUCUUUUGGGGAUUAUAAGCCAUAAACUAUCACCCAUCACUCUGUGGCCAUAAUCCUAGAAACUUCUACCACUAAUAUAGGUAGAGGGUUAUUAGCCAGUGGUAUUACCAGUUGAAAGUAACCAAGUACAGUACUAUAUUAUACAUGUUUGUUUCUCUCUCACUCAGUCCAUUAUAUAGAAGCUCUUAUUCUGUUCUUCCAUUUAUUCUAAGGAAAGGAAAAUGUGCAGCAAUGUAAGCGACCAACAUUAAAUAGAAUAUCACUCACAUGUCUACCUCUUUUACCUAAUUGUUCCCACGCCGAAGUAGACAUGCCAGUCUAGCUUAUUUAAACAUAAUAUAAAAAUGUGCAGCCUAUAUGUGCCCAGUCGAAAUCUUUGUUUAAUCUCCUGUGUGCUGUUGUGGCACUUUACUUAUUCCUUUAAUCUAAUUGCACAGAAAAAUAAAGAAUAAAAAAAAUAAAUAAAAUUAUUUAACCCCCAUUGAAAAUCAGGUUUAUUGUCCAAAUGUACUGACUUUCAGCUGUUUGCAAUGAACAGAAGAAAUUGAAAUAUCUAAACACUGAAUGCUUAAAGUGGUUUCCUCAAACUGAAUUUAAAAUGCAACUUAUAAUGGCUUCUCCAGGCUCAAAAUAAUUUCAACUCCUUGAAUAGAAUCUCUCACAAAAACACAAAUAUGUCUCAAGCACACCAAGGCCUUCCUUAGUGCAACUUGCACUACGUGUGCUUGAGAGCACUUAAAUUACCUGAACUGGUUAGGGGUUUGAGUGUCACGUUUCAUUGUAUGUUAGAAAUAUGGCUAAAGAAUGGUCCACAAAGUUAAGAGAAGAGAUGAUCGCCCUUAGUAAACAAGGAACAGGAUACAUAAAAAUAGCAAAGGCACUGAAUGUUCUUAGAGACACCGUUGGAAGCAUAGUUCUCAAGAUCAAAGUGGAAUCCUCUAUUGACUGCAAAAGACAAAAGACAAUCAGCAAGACUUGGUGGCAACAGGCACUGAGGUUUCAGUGAGGGCAGUAGGCAUGUACUAAAUGCAGAAGGUUUCCAGGCAUACACCAUUACUGACCCAAAAGCACAAAUUAAGGUUUCCAUUCCAAGGUUUCCAGGCAUACACCAUUACUGACUGAAAAGCACAAGAAACGUCGGCUCCAAUAUUCUCAAACUCAUAUAAACAACAGAAGUUUGGGGAUUCUGAUGUUUAGAGAGAUGAAACAAAAUUGAAACCCUUCAACCAAAUGGAUCUGCGGUAUGUCUGAUGGGAGAAGAAUGAAGCAUAUGCUGAAAACAACACUCUGCCUACAGUUAAGCAUGGUGGUGGCUCGGUGAUGCUCUGGAGUUGCUUUGCAUUCUCUAGCACUGGAAACCUGCAGCGGGUGGAUGGCAAGAUGGUUUCAUUAAAGUAUCAUUCAAGAAAACGUCAUGCCAUCUGUGAGGAAGCUCAAGCUUUAAUUGGACCAAAAUACCUCAAAUUCCACCAAGGCUUGGUUGUAGAAGAAGACCUUAAAAAUUCUACAGUGACCAUCAGUCACCUGACUUGAACCACAUAGAAAAUCUCUGGUGAAGACGACGGUUGCAGCACUCAUACCCAAGAAUAUUACUGAACUGGAGGCCAGUUCGAUUCCUCAGGAACUCUGCCAGAAGCUGGGGUCUGGCUAUGCAUCUCAUUUGCAGCAGGUCAUAACCGCAAAAGGGUGCUCUACGAAGUACUAAAAAUGCUUGCCAUGAAUGGGGUUGAAUAAUUUUGAGACUGGUGAAGUCAGAAGUUGCAUUUUCAGUUGAAUUUGGGGAAACCACUUGAAGCAUUUAUUGUGUUGAGCUAUUAUAUUUGCUUUGAUUGUUUGAUUUGUUCAUUGCAAACAGCUGAAAGUCUGUAAAUAUUGACAGUAAACCUGAAUUUCAAUGGGGUUUGAAUCAUUUUGAUUACAACUGUUUAUUACAGGUUUUAUAGCGUAGAACACGGUUUGACUUUUUUUCCAUAUAUACAAGUUAGCUCUUAUUAGACUAAUAACUUCAGUGAAUAACGGUCAACCCUCCUCAAUUCAUUGUUCAGUGAACAAACCCAUACAAAUUGAAAAAAUAAUUUAAAAAGCAACCUCUUCCCUAGACAAGGGGAACGGGGGGAAAAAAGAAAAACAAACCUGAAAAUAUAAAUCUUCAGUGAAGUGGUUAUGGUGCUUGGAGUGACCCUUUAAUAAUACUUUGUUUUUUCAUGCAUUGCUCUCUAUGUAGAUGCAGUUUUUUUUUUUGUUUUUUUUGUUUUAAUUGAUAUUAUCUAUUUCUUUGUUUAUAUUUGCAUUCAGUUUUUUCAGUAAAUGCGUCAUAGUAGUUUACUAGGAUAGCAUGACACGUAAAGUGCAUGAAAUUCAUUGUUGCCUGAAUAACCUUUGACCUCCCUCAGGUCCGUUCUGCUUUACCGUCCUGGCUUCUUCUAGUCACAGAUCUGUCCCCCAAUCCUCUUUUUCUGCCUGAAUGGGUGCGGACUUUCAACAUCAUCUUGUUUUUAGAUUAUCCCCCCUCUCCCCCCUUUUAACUUUAGAGAUUUAACUUUUUGACAAAAAAAGGUGCCCCCUCCCCAAUCCAUUUUUUUUUUUCAUUGUGCAGUCAAAUUCCUGUCUUUUUGCCCUGAAUCAUCAAGGGUUUCUAUUGAGGAUAAAACAAACAGCGCUUAAUGUUAUGUCUAGACUCUUACAAGCCCCUCUCAUGACACCCUUGUGCAGUUUGUCAGAACCAGAGACUAAAUGCGGAAAUAGGCCAUUUGUCUUAAGAGAACAAAAAGUUCAGCUUUAUUUGCACUAGAGCCCUUGGCAGAAUGGGUGUCUAAAAGGGGUGAGGUGUGACAAUAAGGUAGGGGAAAUACAAGCAUAAUGUUUCAGAUCUAAAACAUAUUUAAAGGGACUCUCCACUGCCCAAGUAGAACAUAAAUAAAUCGCUAUUAGAUCUACACCAACUAAAAACAUGUAUUUUUCACUAGGGGAAAUCUAAAAUCAACUUGCACAAGCUGCUGAUCUCUUGUCUGCAGCCUUCGCAAGCUCUCCCCUUCUAGUGGUCCAAUCAGACUUCUUCAUGCAGCUCAAUGAGAAGUCAUUGCAAGGCAGGUGCUUUGGGCAAUUGUUGCCUCUUGAGUUUAUCUCCACUGAGCCAAACUACCAGGAAGUAACAGGAUCUGUUGAUUGACAGCCAGCAGGAUAUAACAAGGUUAAUUUAAAAUAAAAAAAAGCCAAUUCCUGCUGAAAUCUGCACUUAUUGGAAAAGAGGGCACAGUUUUCAUACAUAAAACAGUGUAAGCCAAGGUGCGUUAGAUGUGUGGAGUGGAACUUUAAAAAUGAAACUCACAUCCCAGCUCAGUUCUGGUUUUGCUUAGCCAUCUACUCACUAAACAAGGAAUUAUAAAUAAUUGACCACCCAUCAAGUAGUAAACCUAAAUAUCUGCGCUGGAAAAACUCUGUCCUUAGCCAUUCCCAGUUUUGUCAAUAACUGUAUAUGUGAUACAAUUGUAUCUUACCCUGUUUGAUCUACACACAGUAUGAAUGCUAAUAGCUGAAGGUUGACAUCAAAUGGCCCCAAAUAGAGCAUGUUGUAUGAUAAGACACAAAUCCUCUUGGGGUUCCCUUCCAUGCCAAAGCAGACCAUCUCUAAGCGUUUAACUUUGAGUCAUCAAUUAGAAGAUAAGUGUCUUUACAUAUGUAUUUAUUUUUACAUUAUAGUAAUCACUACAUAGCUAUAUUCAAUAAAUAAGCUGGAGUGUCCCUUUACGGUGCCACAGACUGGCCAGUCCAGGAGCCAUUUGGAGGGUCACAGGUUGCCAACCCUAUUUUCUUUGUUCACGUUAAAUACAUUGAAGGGACUCUCCAGUGCCAGGAAAAAAUUCCAUUAAAACCCCUUAAGUCACUUACCUGAAUCCAGCGCCUAUGUCUCUCGGCGCUGAGUAAGGCUCCGCCCACGUUCCUCCCCCGCCGUCAGCCUUCGGGGAGACCUAAUGCGCAUGCGUGGCAAUGGCCGCAUGCAUUAAACCUCCCCAUAGGAAAGCAUUAUUCAGUGCAUUGCGUGAGGACGUCCAUCGUCGUUUAAAACACUUUUCGUGUUCUAAGAACACGGAAGUCGGUCUAGUGGCUGUCUUUCAGACAGCCACUAGAGGAGGACUCAACCCUGCAAGGUAAUUAUUGCAGUUUAUAAAAACUGCAGUAAUUCUACUUGCAGGAUUAAGGGUGAUGGGAGUUGGCACCCAGACCACUCCAAUGGGUAGAAGUGGUCUGGGUGCCUGGAGUGUCCCUUUAAGUUGACCUCCCAACUCUCACUACAUUUAUAUCACAAAUCUUGUGAUCAAAAUUAGCUCAGAUUAGUAAAUUCUAAUCUGGAAUCCUGAUUUAUCUGUCGUAAUCAUUAUCGGUAUUACACAAUGACCAUGCUUCCCAGUGAAAAUGUUCUCUAAUCAGAUUUUUCUGAUAAAACCAUACCAUAAUAUGAUACACUACGGAUUACAUGUUAAAUGCUGAUCUGUAAAGUAGAUAGGCCAACAAAUAACUAGUAUUCUCUUAUUAGACUUCUGUGUACUGGAUGAAUCCGCUACCGGAACUGUGCCCUACAUAGACCGCAUUCUUUGCUAUUGUUCAUAGACCAUGCUUUAGCCCGGAAAUGCGCUUGGUAGAUUGGCUAUUUUGUUUUUUUUUAAAUUGCACUUGUCUCUGUCGUUUUACAUACCUGCAUCUGUUUCCAAACCUGAUGAUUGUCGGUCAAUAGAAAUUUGUUUUUUACUUUAGAUGUAUAUUUAUUUACUAAACAAUCAAUUGUGCCAUAUAUGUUAAGCUUACUCGUUUUUGAUUUACAAGUUCGUCAGAGUAUUUUGACCUGAAAAUAAUCAACUUCAAUUUCAGUUCAACAGAAUUUCACUUCUUCGUUUACAAGGCCUUUAGGCAAAAAUACUUGAAUUUCAAAAAUUUGGCCUGUUUUCUAACUCAAAAAUGUAAUUCUCUUAAUUUCCCUUGUGUUUAUUUACAGUGAAUUGAUGUGAACUCCAAAUACAACAUUUAGGCAACGGUAUUUAAAUCAGAAACAUUCUCCAUCAGGGCAGUUACCGCUUGUUGUUUCCCCUCCCUCCCCUCCCCCCCCCUUCAUUGUGUAGUUUGACUUUCGGUUGUUAUUAUUAUUAUUAUUUUAUUUAUAUAGCGCCCUCAGAUUCCAUAGCGCUGUACAAUGGGUCAAUGCAAUUUUUUAAUUUAGUAGAUACACCUGCAGUUUAUAUAAUAACCCCAUGUGCUGAUUGCAGAUGGGUUGUGACUCGCUGCGUGAGACCUAGUUAGCGAGGCUCAUCAGGCUUGCAGGAGGGAUCUGACAGAAGUAGUUAAGUAAAAUACACUGGGAGACCAAAUGCAUUACAUCUAUAUUUAAUAUAAUUGCUUUUAUACAUUCUCUGCAAAAUCCAACACCUCUGCCAUGGGCGCAUUAAUAAUGUUUCACAUUUAUUAGGAAGAUAAAGGGAUGGCAGAGAGAGAGAAAUGAGACAAAAAAUAAAUUUUGUCUAAAAUUACCAUAAUUUGUUUUAUACUCCCAUGCCCCCAGUUUUAUGUUUAUAUUACAGAAUCUCAAGUCAAGAAUACAUUUAUCAAUAUUAACUUGAAUAAUCUAUUGUCUUAGCCAUUCUAAGGUAACUUGGCCUCUGAUCAAACUCGGCAGUACACACCCUCUCCCUAAUGCUGUAAAGCCUCAUUGCAGCUCUCCGUAAAUAUUUGAUUUUCAAUAAAUUAUGCAAAUACAUGCACCUGUUGCUCUGCUCGGGUGUUCUGAAGCAUUUGACAGAAGCAGGGUGUCCCUGCUGUAUAUGUGAUCAGUCAGACUCGGGGCUGCUCCGUUUGACAAGUGUUUUGGAAUUUUCAAAACAGUCACACAUGAAACAGAAUUGGUUAUACAGAGGGAAUAGCACGGCCUGUCAAACAAGCGCUUUUUAUUGAUUCACCGUGUUUGCCGCGGACCACCUCUUUACACUGCUAGGCAUCUCACGAAACAACCGCCAUGUUGUAUAUGAGAUUCAUAUGCUACAUGAUUAAAGCAUCGAUUUCCUGUGGACGGUCUUAAAAUGCAAUUUUUAAGAGAUGUGUAUCUAAUAAAAUAUGGUGGAUGAGGCAACCGUACUUUGCUCACUUGAUUUUGCUGAACUACAAUUCCCAUGAUGCUGUGUCAGCAUUUCCCGACUUGCUUUCCCACACACUCUUGACGUGCUAUAUAUAUUCCCCCAUUUCAGCUGAUCCAAAGCUGUUAAAUCCCCAGAUAAUCAUUAUGCAGAGAGGGUCUCGGCCUCUGCUUGUUGGCUCUUGAAUGAAACAAGUGUUUGAUUGCAGUUUGCUAAUCCUGAUCAUCUCCUGUUUAUCUCCAAUCCAGCAGGUCUGGGCAUCUCCUCUCAUACAGACAACUCCCACAGACAGAUGGGAGAGAGUUAUAUAACACGUCUGCCUCUGCCCCACUCAGAAUUUUGUGUGUUCCCGUGCCGUGUACACACGGUCAAUGGCUUGGUCACACUGAUCAUAAUAAUGUAUGAUGGCUAUACUUACACAAGCAAAAAAAGUUCUAUACUCUGGCAAAGUGCUACAUAAAUUGGCAGUCCCAAUGGAAACCAAUGAGAAGUAUCUGACAAUGUUGCAUCUAUCAUUUUUGAAAAGAGGCCAAAAUAAGAGUGGUCCGGAAAAGAACCAGUCAAGACUGGUAUUAAAUAGCAAAGAUUUGUUCACGUUCAUCAGGCAAGUCUGAAAAUAGAAAUCCAAUACAAUGGAGGAGAUUUAUCAAAGUGUUCUAACAAAUGGUCAAAAUUACUAAAUGAGGGGCAGUCGCCAUGGGAACCAAUAGAAUCAGGAAGCAUUCAGUCAAUUCCAUUGAUGUCUCUUCUUCUCCCCCCAUGUGUGUGUGUGUGUCUCUAUUGUGAAAGUACUUUCUGACAAUCCCUGUUUUUUUGGUGUUUCCUAACCUAAUUUUGUGCCUGAGAUAAUUCAUCCUGUUUAAUUCACCAUGCAAAUUCUCCCACAGAUUACAUUUAACCAACAAAUUUGCUUCAUUUCUCAUUUCCCACAGCACUCCAAUUAACAGAAUUAAAACAUGCAUGUGUAAAACAGGGCAUUGAUUUUGAAUGUGUUCAUAAACAAGUUAACAAGCUGCUGUAGUUAUGAUACCAGGAGCACCCUGGUCCUUUUCCCCAGUGAUGGGGCAAACCGUUUAGCAACAGUUUGCCCCCCCCCCCCCUUACCUGGUUCUUGCCGGGUUCCAGGGCUGCAAAAACCGGAUGCCGAUCCUGGUGGGUAUUCAUUGGCUGAGAGUCAGCUGACCAUUGAUUGCCAUUCUGUGCAUGGAACGUUGUUCAUAAUUGACCCUAGCAAGCCAUUUACAGUUGCAUUAGCCAGCCAGUUACAUCCCAGUUACACAUGUAGCAGCAUAGGGGUCAAUCUCCGAAAUGUGCAGCAUUUCACUGAAGUGGUCAUGGUGCCUGGAGUAACCCGUUAACAAAAUGGUGCAUCCUGAAAUACAUUGUGGGAAAGGCUUGUAUUCUGAAGACACCAUGUGAUAUGAGCUAUUGAUUAACCACAACUUCUACUAUUACUUUCUGGACAGUCAUGGCUGCCCUAGGUUAUUUACAGAUGCAGUAUCACGGCUCGUGUAUUGUUGCACAGCCUUUACACCGACUGUACACUAGAGUGGUUUUUCUUAGAAAGCUUUGUGAAUCCAUACAUCCCAAAAUUUCAAAUCGGCAAAGAGGGACACUUUAAUUUUUGGGUUGUGGCUGGAAACAGGGCUGUUCUGAUACAUUUUACGUGACUUACAAUAACCGUUUAUACAACAAUGUAUCUUAUUUACACAUUACUGGGAGUAUUAUUACUGUGGAGCUUUGCUAUACACUCAGACACACCAAGAAUAUUGAGCUCCUAGAAAAGAGGGACAUUGGGGUAAAAAAGAGGGACAGAGGGAUUUGGACCCAGAAUAGGGACUCUCCCUCCUAAACAAGGAUACUUGGGAGAUAUGUGAAUCCUUGGAGGGGUUUGAGUGCAUAAUUUCAGUAUAAUUAUAGAGCACAAGUCCCAGCGAGUAUCUUUGAGCUGGUAAGAUACAGAUGUUGGUUGUAUAAUUUGACAGAGUAUAGUCCUGGUCUAUUCAUAGAUUGUACCUGGUUGGUUUUGUCAUUCGUUUUACUGGGAAUAAUGGAGGGGGAAAAACUUGUAGAAUUGGCUGUGCACUUGUCAGAUUAUUUAUGUUCCGUCCCCAUAUUGCCCGUUUUAAUCUGAAAGUGACUAUUUUAUAGCUUUUGCCUCACCAGGACUUCGCCACCCGCUCUGACAGUUCCUUCAUAGAUGUAUUUUUUUUUUAUUUUUUAUUAUUAUUAUUUUUAUAUAUAUAUAUAUAUAUAUAUAUAAAGGAACCUGUGCUGCAGUAACAUUUGUAGAUCCAUCCGUGAAAAAAAUGUUGGUCUUGUGCAGCAGUUUUCUUCAUGUCUGUCUGUUGAAGAAAAUGCCGCAAGUGCUAAACUGCAGCAUAUCGAACACAUAAAACCUCUGCUAAGCAAAAUAAUGGGUUAAAUAUAGAAAUUUAUUCCAGUUUGCAAUAUCCCUUUACUCCUGGAUUAAGACCCAGUACAGGAUUCCUAUGCAACUUUCAAAGUUUGUCUGCAGGGAAUUCAUGUUAAGACGUGUCAGUUCCAUGAUACUUGCCAAUAGUCCUGAUUUUAAGAACACAGCCCUGAUAUUGGGAACAUGUUCUAAUUUCGUGUUUUUUUUUGUUUUGUUUUUUUGUAUUCUCAAAAUGUUUAUGGAGAAUCCUGCCUGGCUGCCAUGCCAGGAAGCCUGUUAUUCCGAUAUAUGGGCGGUAGAACACUCCCCAUUAUAUCUUGGCAUGUAACCAGUGACACAAAUUACUUUACUGGCACUGCCCUCUUCCCCUCCUUUCUCAGCCUUCAUACUUGCUUGCUGUCUUCCAGUCUUACGAAAUUGAUUAUUGAUUAAUCCAGGAAUUUCGGGAGAGAUAAGGGAAUUUCUAUUUUUUCGCCAAAACAGUUGAACCGGGAAAAUUCCCCAUCUCUAUAUGUCCAGCUUGAUGAGUUUGGUCUAAAAUUAGCAACUUCCUUGUCAACUCUCCACAGUUGACUGGUUUAUGUACUACCCUAAACGAGGGAUACUUAUUAAAAUCUGUCCCCGCAAGUAAUGCCAUUUGCAGAGCACAAUACCCAGGGUUUGCCUGUGGAACUAAAUGGGAAAAAUUACUGUAGAAUUAGAUGGCUAAACUGUUGGCAUGUCUGUGUUUCACGGAGUAAGAUUUGUCGCAUUAGAUCAGAUUUUCUCGGUUCCUUUGUGAUCUUUCUCAAGGUUACGUUGAGUGAGACUGUGAAAAAGCAGUUUUGUUUUUUGUUUUGUUUUUUUUCUUGGGUCUCCUGUACUAAGAAUGACAUUCCGUCUGGGUGUUUAGUCUGUGACCUUUAUUCUUCGGAGCCUUGUUGUGGCUCAAACCUGGCCUUGGCUUUUUAGAUACAGUGUUUUUGUGGCAAUCUCAAGGGUCAGCUUGACACCGCAAAAUUGUGGGUGAUAUGUUUGGAAGUACUUAAUAAGAAAAUGUGAGAUAAUUGCUGAUGCUCCUAGUGAGAUAAUUUAGUGGCUCAGUAGAAAAAAUGUUCUGGUUGAGAUUUCUGAAAGAGAGCACUGAACAACCCCGUUCUGGGUGAGAUUGCUGAGGAGAAUGGUACAGACUACUCUGCUGCUAUAAUAUUUAUAAGGAGCCCAUUCAUUAACCUCUUUAUCACAAGGAUUUGGAUAGCUCCCUCUAUGUAUCACAUUGCUCCCAACAUUCAAAAGGAUGAAGACGGACACUUUAAUUUUAGGGAUGUGAGUGCGUGUGUGGCCAGGGGCGCGACUGCUCUGAGAAACAUUGUGAUUCCAUAUUUGUAAUUUAUGCAAUUCAAAUGUUAUUUAGAACAAGUACAAGGUAUCUUAUUUACACACACUGAUUUCUAUUCACAUUUAUUGCAAUUCAGACACAUUACUGGGAGAAUUAUUGCUGUGGAGUUCUGUUAUACACUCAGACACACCAACAACAUGGAUCUCCUAGAAAAGAGGGACAUUAGGAUAGAACAGACAGAAGAAUUUGGGUCCAAAACAGGGACAGUCCCUCUUAAAUAAGGACACUGUGUUGUAACGAUAUGAUGACCAUCCUGGGAAAUUUAUUUGUCACCAAGGCGGUUAAAGUAUAUGGAAUUUUACACACUUUGGAAUCAGGAGGGAAUCACUUUCAAAUGUAUUUUAGUUUUGUAUAAAGUAUAAUGUUAUUGGACCAAUCGUGUAAUAAAGAAGAUGUUUGCACCCCGUGUUGUGUGAUUAUCUAGCAUGGUUUGUGAAUAAAGCACAAGUAAAGCUGUUAGGAAAUAUUUCCUUAGAUGUUUAUUCAUGUUGUCCAUGAGUGAAACUACUUUUGAAUCCUGAACUACUCAUUCAGUAAAUCCCAAUUCGGCAAAACUUUGUGAUCUAUGAGAGCAAUCACCAGGAUUGUGACUGAAAGACUUUAGUAACUUAUUCUGGGCAGAGAUCAUUGAAUGCAGGAACCACAGAGACCUCCGCCUGGUCCAAGACAGAAAGAUGUCUUCUCAGUCCAUCAGUAGGAAGUCUUGUGCUGCCACUCCAAAAACCAAGAGUUAACGUUUUUACUUUACCAACACCUGUAUUCUGGAGAGGUGAUGUGUUUUUUUUUUUUUUUACAGUUUUUGUUACUUUUACAUCCAUAUGAAUACUGUGCGAUAGCCGUGUCCCACGUUACGCAUUCUGCUUUGCUUAAUAUUGCCGUCACUAGUCUGUGAGCAGGUGCAGUCAGACAGCCCUUCUAUGAUAGACACAUCACUCACAGUGUUUUUAUAGAAUUCUGAUGGAGCCCCACUGGGGCAGACAGACCCAUGCUGGGAUCUUGCAUUGAGAUGAUUACAGUAAAAUAUGAACUUGGUCAUAGUAGUACUUAGAGAGGAAAUGUCUGUGAUCAGGUUUCCUAAGCAGAUGUAUAAAUAGCAACGAUUUUAGUUAACAUGGAAAGUUAUGAGUUAUGCGGUGUGGGGUAAAAGGAUGGGUUUUAAAGCGGCACUGUCAUGCCGAACUUACCUUUCUCCUAUUGAUUCCUCUUCUCUUCCUCUCUCAGGAUCUAUUCUUCUUUUCUUUCUUUCUGAUUUAGUUUUAUUUAAAAUGAGGGUUAUUAGGGGCUGUUACAUGAAGUAAGAGCAGGGGUUAUUAGGGGUUGUUAUAUGGAGUAAUAGUGAGGGUUAUUAGGGGCUGUUAUAUCGAGUAAUAGGGAUAUUAGGGGCUGUUAUAUUGAGUAAUAGUGAGGGUUAUUAGGGGCUGUUACAUGGAGUAAGAGCAGGGGUUAUUAGGGGUUGUUAUAUGGAGUAAUAGUGAGGGUUAUUAGGGGCUGUUAUAUCGAGUAAUAGGGAUAUUAGGGGCUGUUAUAUUGAGUAAUAGUGAGGGUUAUUAGGGGCUGUUACAUGGAGUAAGAGCAGGGGUUAUUAGGGGUUGUUAUAUGGAGUAAUAGUGAGGGUUAUUAGGGGCUGUUAUAUCGAGUAAUAGGGAUAUUAGGGGCUGUUAUAUGGGGUUAUUAGGGGCUGUUAUAUGGAGUAAUAGUAGGGGUUAUUAGGGGCUGUUAUAUGGAGUAAGUGCAUGGGUUAUUAGGGGCUGUUAUAUCGAGUAAGAGUAUGGGUUAUUAGAGGCUGUUAUAUCGAGCCAUAGUAGGGGUUAAAAGGGGCUGUUAUAUCGAGUAAUAGUGAGGGUUAUUAGGGGUUGUUACAUGGAGUAAGAGUAGGGGCUCUUAUAUGGAGUAAUAGCAGGGGUUGUUAUAUUGAGUAAUAGAGGUUGGUUAUUAGGGGCUGUUAUAUGGAGUAAUAGUAAGGGUUAUUAGGGGUUGUUAUAUGGAGUAAUAGUAGGGGUUAUUAGGGGCUGUUAUAUCGAGCCAUAGUAGGGGUUAUUAGGGGCUGUUAUAUGGGGUUAUUAGGGGCUGUUUUAUGGAGUAAGAGUGAGGGUUAUUAGGGGCUGUUAUAUGGAGUAAGAGUGAGGGUGAUUAGGGGCUGUUAUAUGGAGUAAGAGUGAGGGUUAUUAGGGGCUGUUAUAUGGAGUAAGAGUGAGGGUUAUUAGGGGCUGUUAUAUGGAGUAAGAGUGAGGGUUAUUAGGGGUUGUUAUAUGGAGUAAUAGUGAGGGUUAUUAGGGGUUGUUAUAUGGAGUAAUAGGGGUUAUUAGAGGCUGUUAUAUGGAGUAAGAGUAUGGGUUAUUAGGGGCUGUUAUAUGGAGUAAUAGUGAGGGUUAUUAGGGGUUGUUAUAUGGAGUAAUAGUAGGGGUUAUUAGGGGUUGUUAUAUGGAGUAAUAGGUGUUUUUAGGGGCUGUUAUAUGGAGUAAUAGUGAGGGUUAUUAGAGGCUGUUAUAUGGGGUAAGAGUAUGGGUUAUUAGGGGCUGUUAUAUGGAGUAAUAGUGAGGGUUAUUAGGGGUUGCUAUAUGGAGUAAUAGUAGGGGUUAUUAGGGGCUGUUAUAUGGAGUAAGAGUGAGGUUUAUUAGGGGCUGUUAUAUGGAGUAAGAGUGAGGGUUAUUAGGGGCUGUUAUAUGGAGUAAUAGUGAGGGUUAUUAGGGGUUGUUAUAUGGAGUAAUAGGGGUUAUUAGAGGCUGUUAUAUGGAGUAAGAGUAUGGGUUAUUAGGGGCUGUUAUAUGGAGUAAUAGUGAGGGUUAUUAGGGGUUGUUAUAUGGAGUAAUAGGUGUUUUUAGGGGCUGUUAUAUGGAGUAAUAGUGAGGGUUAUUAGGGGUUGUUAUAUGGAGUAAUAGUAGGGGCUGUUAUAUGGAAUAAUAGUGAGGGUUAUUAGGGCUGUUAGAUGGAGUAAUAGCAGGGGUUGUUAUAUGGAGUAAUAGCAGGGGUUAUUAGGGGCUGUUAGGAGUAAUAGCAGGGGUUAUUAGGGGCUGUUAGGAGUAAUAGCAGGGGUUAUUAGGGGCUGUUAUAUCGAGCCAUAGUAGGGGUUAUUAGGGGUUGUUCUAUGGAGUAAUAGUAAGGGUUAUUAGGGGCUGUUAUAUUGAGUAUUAGCAGGGGCUAUUAGGGGCUUUUAUAUGGAGUAAUAGGGCUUAUUAGGGGCUUUUAUAUGGAGUAAGAGUAUGGGUUAUUAGGGGCUGUUAUAUCGAGCCAUAGUAGGGGUUAUUAGGGGCUGUUAUAUGGAGUAAUAGCAGGGGUUAUUACGGGCUGUUACAUGGAGUAAUAUCAGGGUUUAUUAGGGGCAGUUACAUGGAGUAAUAGCAGGGGUUGUGCGAUGUAGCAUACUAGGUGGUGGUGGGUUUUUUCAUGAAGUUUAGUUGUUUUCCUAUGAAGAUUUUAUAUGCAGUUUAGUUGAGUUACACAUCUGGCAGCAUUGUGUAUGCAGUGUUUCAUAGUAAAAUACCUCACAGACACGAUACUGUAUCCUUCUGCACACAGAUAGUACUGGGUCAUUUCUGGAUCUUUACAUGUAGGAGGAGAGAGGAACUUACUUGUGAUCUCUCAUCCCUCUACAUCAGUCACUGUAUAGCAGGUAUGUGGGCUUACCAUUGCAACAUGUGAAGUACACACGCAAUACAUGCAUUUGGACUGGUGGCUGAAGAUUUCUACAAACUAUACAGAACUUUAGACUGCCAGUGCCCAUCUCUCUAUGUAAUGCCAUCUUGUCCCACAGCAGACAGAUUCUUCUGGACAGUUAUAACAUUUUCAAGCCAAGAGAUUCCAAUAAAAAUGUUAUUUAUUGAUCUUAUACACAAAGCAAACCCUUGAUUAAACCGAACAUUUCUAAACCGUAAUUCUGACAGGUGGCAUUCCCUUACAGACAGAUAUACAGGCAAAACUAGAAACCUCACCAAAAGGUUGGACCACUUAUGUCACAUAUCAUAAUUCUUAGCUUAGAUUAAAGGGACAAAAAACAAGAUAAACAAGUAUAUAAGGUGCUAUAUAAUUACUCUAAAUGUUGAAGUGCCUUGAUAAAAUAAAGUGUCAACUUAGCAGCACUUUACGCGUGUAUUAGUUAAAAAAUACACUAAAUAUCAAACAACAAAAUGAAGUGCGCUGUGCCUUAUACUGUGUCAACAGACUAUUGUGCAUUUCAGUUUAAAUCAAGAUGCUUAAUAUCAAAAUAGGGCUUAUUUGAUAUCGUGCAAAAAUAGCAACAACUUGUGCAAAUGUACUGCAAAUCCAAAGUGCUAUUUUCAUUCAUAGGUGUGUACAAAAUUAUUUAAAGUGCUUACUAUACCAAUUUACACACUAUAUAUAAAAAAAGUAUUAACACUUCCCUUGCAAUGCUUAACCACAGUACAUAGUUCAAUAUGAAAAAGAAAAACAUAAAGACAUAGUGUGAUAUUGCAAAUACACCAAAGUUAAAAACAGCCGAGAUACAAUUGAACAAUCUUUAUUCCAAUUUAAAAUCAAAGCAGGCACGUCAUGAAAACCUUGAUGCCUCACCAGUCCCUUGGGUAAGGUUGAUAAAGUCCUCAGUUUUACCAGUUGCCAGCACUCCUGGCUUUGCACACUUAUAGAUGGUCAAACGAGUGUCUAUCUGUAUAGUAAUAUUUCCAGAUAGUCUUCUUUAACUAAAAGCAAUGACAAAGGAAACCCAGAAACCGUUUUAAGAUUUUGGUUGGAUAGCCUCCACCUUCUAAAUGUGUGUGCCAGUUAAAAGGGCUUAAACGGAGGGUGGGCAUCAAUCAACAGGGAGAUACAUCAGGGUGGGUGAAACUGGGAAUGUGAGAACAAUACCGCACGGCCUAGCAGUGAGAGCCAAUAUUUGGUGAUACAGCUGUUGUAGCCUGGAAGAUUACCCGCCACUGAUCUGUAGCCUUGUAUUUGGGGCGGCAAAGUGCUACGCUUGCUGGCAUAUUGGCUACUGUUCAUCUAAUUGAAGUGGCAGAGAAGGGGGAGGUGGGACUGGGUAAAAAUGGUCUGGAUAGGAUUAGGUGUGCAUGGCCUUGGUUGGACACCUACGCAAUAGAACACAAUGCACUGCUAAAUGCCACAAUUAAGGCAGUUCUUAUUUACAAUACAUAAAAGGCUUUUACAUUUCCCGCAUUGUCUCCUGCUCUAUAGAAACCUGGAGCUGAUUUCAAUAAUAACUUUCAGCAAGCCAUUGUUACUUUGCUUUCCAACGCUGCUAAGAGCUUUUUCGUAAAUAACAGGAUAUCUCCCAGCAUGCACUGACAUUAAAUGGCUUGUAUUUGGGGGUGGGGGAUCACACCGUGACCCUAGUGACUUCUGUCUUGGCUUGGAACAAAGUAACAAGCUGUGAUCUCACAAACAAUGUGCCGAUUUCCCCCUCGCACAAAGGUAGAAGGAUUGUGGUUUCCGUGGAGGGGAGUGCCGGUAUGGACCAUUAAUAACACUGUGCUUUGUAUACUGUUUGUCUGUGCUGACCCUGCUGCCUCUGUUUACUCAGUCGCUCCUCGCAUUUGCAUGCCGCAUUGGUACUUGCUGCAGAAGAAGUGAUUUGUAUUCUAAUGGCGGCUGUUGUCUUGGUAACUCACAGGAGACCAGGAAACUCGUGCAAAAAAGGAAGUUUUUGUACAGGCAUUAGUUGCUGAUCCUUAAAUUGUAAAGAAAGUCCGGCUAUGUGCUGGUGCGUUUUUACCAUGUCCCCUAAGUAGCCUCAAAUUGGCACCAACUCUAUUUUAUCCCAGCUCUUUCUUUUGUCUGCGAAGCGUUUGUUAAUCCUCGCCAUUCUGCAGGCUUUAUACACCAUUAUAUAUAACCCUUCCGCUACGUGGAGUCCUAUUUCAGGUAAUGGCUUUUUACAUGUGGUUACUGUUCUGCUGCUUUUGUAACGAACAAUCGAUUUCUUGAUUCACCUGUGUGGAUCGAUUAUCCUGCUGCGAGGUUAAGGAAUUUCAGGAUUUUAUUCAAGGAAACCCUGUAGGAUUGGGAAUACAUAUUUCAAACGCUACAGUCCUAGAUAGUUUAGAUGGAGGAUCUGUUUAAAAGUUCAACGUCCUCCUCAUGUUGCGUCAUUCUGGAGUUAUGCCUCCAAGAUGAGGGGAAGUCCAAUGGUCCUUAUAGAGGAGCAUUGGGGGACGUAGGUGCAUUUGCAAUGCCCCUACAAUUCCUCCAUAGAGAAUCAUUGAAUAAAGUAGGAUUCUCCGUUCUCAUAUUCAAAAGGCUUGAAUGUGUGGUUUGUAACUGCGCUUCCAAGCCUUCUGUAUAAUGUAAUAUUGGUUUUUGGGUGGUAGGACUGGGGGGCAAGCCUGCUGGCACUAUAAUUACUUCAAUGUGCCUGCAGUGUUCCUAUAAGGGCUCUAACCUUUGUAGAUAAAUUAAGUUUCCCUUUUCAUACUGAAAUGUUUUUGUUCUUGCCCCAUGUCCCAUUCACGCCAAAUAUUACCAGCCUUCCCGUGUGGCCUUCUUAAAGUGGCUCUGCCUCUCCCUCCCCCAAAAAAUAAAUAAAAAUGAAUUAUUUUGAUAAAGCUAAACUCUUUAUGAAACAUUUACAUUGACUGUGUUGCAAUUUCACUGAAAUUCCAAUGCACCAAAAAUAUAUAAGACAAGGUAGGGACUACUUUGUCUUCUGUACUUUUCCUCCAAAUGACACCACCUGACAAAAGGCAAAGCUACCAGCUACGUCUGUUCUGCCAGCCAUAAGAAAAAAGGCUUUGUCUAUUGAGGGCCUUGUGGGAACCUCCAUAGACAUCAAUGUAUCUUGUGCAUGUGAGAUCGUGGUGGCCACAAGGAACAGCUUCAGGUAAGUAAACCUACUUUCCAGAAAGCCCUGGACACUGCACACCAUCUUUUAAAAAUAUGAGAAUACCCCAGAAGGUGACAGUCUCUUUAAUUUCUAUACCAGGCCCUAUACCAAAGGGAGGUGGUACUUUCUUUGCGUGGAUAUUGAUUGAUUCCUGAUGUUCCAGAUUUUCCAGUCAGUAUAUGAACUAGCUUUGUAGCCAGCGAUCUGCUAGUGAAAGGCACUUAGUGACUAGCAGUCUGUGUACAGCUUUUUCCAUUGAUACACUGCCUGCACACUAAAUCAUGUCAUCUGCUUCAGGGUAAAUUAAUUUGUUAAACAUAAUUUGCUCGAUUAUACAGUAUUAAGGUAAUGGAAAUUGUCAAUGCUAAGCGUCCGUAGAUCUGUGUGAUUUUAUUUAUUUUUAAUGUAUACGUGCAUGACUUGUCAUUGGAGAAACCAAGACACAGUAGUGCUCAGAUUUUGGUCCAUGGAACAUGUUUGUCUUUUAAAAACAAAAAAGUGUUGGUGGAACAAAAAUGUUUCUUAGAUUAACUCAAACCUUCAAAUUAAAUAUAAACCUUUUUUUUUUGGCUAUAUCAUAUAAGCUUUAAAAUCUGCAUCAUGUGUACAGCAUUCUGGGGCAGAUUGCAAACCAUGCUGGGUCAGACAAAACUUCCACAUGCCAACCAGUGUGGCUAAAACCAAUGUGGACACUGAGAUUAAUGCCUACAUAAUAGCUUAUUUUGCUAUUUAGCUUACAUAGUGUAGAGAGGUAACAGUUGGGGUGGGGGAUCAUUAUGAAUAACAAAGUCCUCUUUUAUUAGAUCUUUUUCUUCUUUCCUCAUGAAGUUCGUUUUUGAUGUGACUCUAAUAUUUCUGUUUAACAGUUAAGAAAUCUUGUGCGGAGAAUGAGUUCACCUGUAACAACGGACAUUGUGUCCCGGCGCACUGGAAAUGCGAUGGGGAGGAAGAGUGCAUUGACGGAAGUGACGAGUCCGAAGCUACCUGCAGUGCAGGUAAGUACCCUCCGCUUGGGUUUAACUCUUCUCAUGCCUGGUAGGAGACUGAUGCUUUGGAACACAAAGUAAUUAAAGGCUUAUUGUAACCCUUUCUGAGGUGGUCCACCACCCCUAAGUUCAAACAAAUAAUAACCUCCAUUAAUAAGUUCUCAUUGCAGUUUGAUCCUCCAUAGCUGAUGUUACUCCCCCUCUUCAGCAGCGUAAGGAGGACAGGGGCGGCAUGGCGGUAGGGCAGGUUUCAAUUAUAUCGGUGUCAAUUUUGCACAAAAAUGACAUUAGCCAGCCUAGAACUUUAUCCUGGAAUGGCUAAUGACAUUGUUGGAGUUACACCUCCUGGAACAGAGGUUUUGCUAGGAUGUAUUUAAACUAGGAGGGGGGGAGGGGGAGGGGGGGGCAAAAGGGUGAUAAAACAUCAAUCCAAUUGUCCCCCAAAACAAGGACAGAAGGUGCCUGUAGCAAGUCUGUUUAAAAAAUUAUAAGCUUAGAGUCAUGUGUACAAAUGCUCGCAGUUUAGGGAAAAAGAUCCAUGAACUUGUGGCAAUAAUGGCAACUGAUAGUGUAGAUUUAGUCGCUGUUACUGAGACAUGGUAGAAUGAGAAAAAUGACUGGGACAUAGCAAUACCAGGGUACUCUUUAUAUAGAAAAGAUAGGGAAGGCAAGAAAGGGGGAGGGGUGGCCCUGUAUGUGAAGGAUAGCCUAAAAUCUAGCCUAAUAAGUUAGUGAGGCGAACAUAGAGUCAGUUUGGGUUACGUUAGAAUUUGGUAAUCACACAGUAACUCGUGUAGUUGUGAUUUAUAGGCCCCCAGAACAAAUUGAAGAGUUAGAUAAUCUACUAGUUGAGGAAAUAGCUAAAAUGACAAUGAAGGGGGAAGUUAUCAUCAUGGGUGACUUUAAUCUUCCUGAUGUAAAUUGGAAAAAAAAAUUAGCUACUUGUGCCAGGAGCACACAUAUUCUAAACUCCUUACUGGGAUUUUCUCUAAAACAAGUUGUUGAGAAACCAACUCUUAAAGACGCCAUACUAGAUUUAGUUUUAACAAAUGGAGAUUUGGUAUCAGAUAUUACUGUAGGUGAAAGUUUAGGAUCCAGUGAUCAUCAGUCAGUGUGGUUUAAUAUAAGAACAGUCAAGACUGAGUCACACCACACAAAAACAAAAGUUUUAGACUUUAGAAAAACAGACUUUUUCUAAAAUUAGAAUAUGUGUAAAGGAGUCAUUAUCAGACUGGAGCAAUUUAAAUAGAGUCCAAGAGAAAUGGGAUUAUUUAAAAGCUGCACUAUUGAAGGCAACAGAAAAUUGCAUUAGGCUUGUCAGUAAAAGCAAAAAAUUCAAGAAACCACUGUGGUACUCCGCAGAUGUGGCCAAAAUAGUUAAAAACAAAAAGUUAGCAUUUAGGAAUUAUAAAAAAACCCAGAGUGAGGAAGACAAAAUGAUCUAUAAGAUUAGGCAGAAAGAGGCUGAGCAAGUUUAUAAGAGCUUCCAAAUCACACACAGAAGAGAAAAUAGCACAGUCAGUAAAAAAGGGGGACAAAACAUUUUUUAGAUACAUAAAUGAGAAAAGAAAAGUAAAACAAGGAUUAGUUAGAUUAAAAACAAAAGAAGGAAGGUAUGUAGAAGAGGAUAAAGGUCUAUCUGACUGCCUCAAUGAAUAUUUUUGUUCUGUAUUUACAGAUGAAAAUGAAGGAAAGGGACCUCAGUUGAGAAAAAGGAUAAAUGAGUCAUUUAUUACACGUGAGUUUACAGAGGAAGAGGUUCUAUUUCAACUGUCAAAAGUAAAGACAAAUAAGUCAAUGGGACCUGAUGGAAUACACCCAAAGCUAUUAAAAGAGCUUAGUGGUGUACUAGCAAAACCAUUAACAGAUUUAUUUAACCAAUCAUUGUUAACAGGAGUAGUCCCAGAAGAUUGGAAGUUAGCGAAUGUUGUGCCCAUUUACAAGAAAGGUAAUAUGGAGGAGUCGGGCAACAAUAGCCAGUAAGCCUUACUUCAGUAGUGGGGAAAGUGAUGGAAACCAUGUUAAAGUAUAGGAUUGUUGAACAUCUAAAAACAUAUGGAUUUCAAGAUCAGAGACAAAAACAUGGGUUUACUUCAGGGAGAUCAUGCCAAACCAAUCUUAUUGAUUUUUUUUGAUUGGGUAACUAAAAUUAUAGAUCAGGGUGGUGCAGUAGACAUUGCUUACCUAGAUUUCAGUAAGGCUUUUGACACUGUUGCACAUAGAAGGCUUAUCAAUAAACCGCAAUAUUGUUGAAUGGGUAAGGCAGUGGCUGAGUGACAGGCAACAGAGGGUUGUAGUUAAUGGAAUAUAUUCGAAGCUUGGACUUGUCACCAGUGGGGUACCUCAGGGAUCUGUACUUGGACCCAUUCUCUAUAAUAUUUUUAUUAGUGAUAUUGUAGAAGGUCUUGAUGGUAAGGUAUGUCUUUUUGCUGAUGAUACUAAGAUAUGUAACAGGGUUGAUGUUCCAGGAGGGAUAAGCCAAAUGGCAAAUGAUUUAGGUAAACUAGAAAAAUGGUCAGAAUUGUGGCAACUGACAUUUAAUGUGGAUAAGUGCAAGAUAAUGCAUCUUAGACGUAAAAACCCAAGGCCAGAGUACAGAAUAUUUGAUAGAGUCCUAACCUCAACAUAUGAGGAAAGGGAUUUAGGAGUGAGACAGGGGGGAUAUGAUAGAAACAUUUAAAUAUAUAAAGGGAAUCAACACAGUAAAGGAGACUAUAUUUAAAAGAAGAAAAACUACCACAACAAGAGGACAUAGUCUUAAAUUAGAGGGACAAAGGUUUAAAAAAUAUCAGGAAGUAUUACUUUACUGAGAGGGUAGUGGAUGCAUGGCAUAGCCUUCCAGCUGAAGUGGUAGAGGUUAACACAGUUAAGGAGUUUAAGCAUGCGUGGGAUAGGCAUAAGGCUAUCCUAACUAUAAGAUAAGGCCAGCGACUAAUGAAAGUAUUUAGAAAAUUGGGCAGACUAGAUGGGCCGAAUGGUUCUUAUCUGCCGUCACAUUGUUUCUAUGUUAAAGGGGUUCAUCUCUGUAUGUGCGGCGUUUCAUGCUGCAUGUAAAGUGUUUUGUAGCCAUGACCAUUUUAUGCUAUAUACAGGAAUUUAAUGUCUGAUCGCAUACCCUCUGCAAAUACAGACCGUGAAUUUGUGUCUAAUCACGUACUCCCUGCUAAAUACAGGAAGUGAGUGUGUAUCUGAUCAUGUGCCCUGAAUACAGACCAUGAGUGUGUCUGAUCUCGUAACCUCUGCUUAAAACCCACAGUGAGUGUGUCUGAUCACGCACUCUCUGCUCAAUACGGGCAGUGAGUGAGUGUCUGAUGCGCCGUGUAGAUGAUCUUUUGCCCUCUACUCGACAGUCUGUAACCAUGAUCUAUUGUUUUAUUAAUUAUGGAUUUUGAACAGAGUCAAUGUCUGGGGUUUGUUCUGCUCAGGAUUAUUUAGUAAGCUAAUAUUAGGGCAGUAAAUAAUUAAUGGCACUUGUUUCCACGAGAUGAACUAGUCAGCAGAUCUAAUUGAAUGACGAAUACACAGGACCAGCUUACAUCCUCGCAUGGGAUAUCGUUUUCAUACAUUCCAUGUAAUGUUUUCAUUCCACGCUGCUGUGAAGCCGCAGGUCAGAGUCGGAUGUUGUGAGCGGAUAAUUCUCUCAUCAUUUCACGCAUCAGUCGUCCUUUCAGUUUUCCGUCCAUCAGAUAAUCUGUAGAUUUGGCUCGUCUGAUUUAAAAGAUCUUUUCUUUUGUAAAGCUUUUUAUUUUCUCAAUAGCAAUGGCAGAAUUUUUCAUUAUCCGUUUGAAGAGAGGUUGGGAUGUUACUGAGCCUGUAAUUAAUGUGACAGCUGUCUCAGGGACACAGAUCUGAUCAUGUAUCCGUCUCAACCCUCUCGAGAUGGGGGUAGGGUGACGAUUUUUAUAAAAAUUUUUUUUACAAAGGACAAAAAAGAGAAAACUAAUACAUUUUGCACCUUGAAUAGAGUCCAUGGUUAAUAAAAUGUCAUAACUUAUCAUUUCCAAAAUUAUGCUUUUCUUAGAUCAUCCCUAGAGAUAAAUAAAUAGAUUUAAUCCCUGUCUACAUUGUAAAGCUUACCCAUAUCUAGGCCAAACAUGUUUAAUUCUGUUACUGUAAUAAUCUUUUAUAUCAACAUGUAACCUUAAUAAGUUUUUUUUUUUUUUUUUUUCAUCAAAAAAAAGCCACAUCAUUUUUGAAUUUGAGACAUUUGUAAAAGUGUCUUCAAGGCUUUUGGGGUAAAAUGUAGACUUAAUAAGCACAUCUUACUAAGAAACACUGGCCGAGCUUUCUGGAGUUGUGUGGGCAGGACAAUUUAACUAUUUGAAAAGUUUGCAUAAAUACCUAAAUCAUGGACAGAUACUUCCAUUAAAAAUCUGUAGCAUAAUUUAACGUCAUGGACUGCUGUGCUAUUUAUUGGUAGAGGUUUUCAGAGUAAUAUUAUAUUAUUAAAUUAAACAUCUCUGGGAGGUCACUGUGAGAGCUUCUCUUUAAAUGAACCAUUUCUAUUUUGCCCUCAAUCUGCAGUGAAAAUACCCAGUUAUACCUCUGAAUUGGUCUCCAUGGUCUGCGGAGAUCAGGAAUUGGGCUAUAAUUCCUCAGCCAAUCGUAAUCCUCCAUUUAUUUUGUGUUCGUGGGAGGAAAGGGAAUGCAAUUUCUUAUUAAGCUACCUGUAAUUACUUUCUAACUAGUUUAAUAUUUUCUUUUGUGUGUGAAUGAUUUUAGAAACCAGUGUACUCCUAAUGAAAUGCAAGAUAAUGAAAAUGCAUGAAAACUUUGAUAUCCCUUACUCCAAGUUGGUGUUUAAAGAUGUUAGUGUCCCUUUUCAGAUGAAAAAGAUUUAGAUCUUAUGGGAAGGACAUUUGCGUGUUAUUGGGGCAGCAAGCUACAAGUUAAAGGAACACUAUAGUCACCUAAACAACCUUAGCUUAAUUAAGCAGUUUUAGUGUAUAGAUCAUGCUUCUCAGGAUUUACUGCUCAAUUCUAUUUCCAAACUUGCACCGCAUAUUCAAGGUGUGGUCUUACCAGCUAUUUAUAAAGGGGCAAAAUUAUAUUUUCAUCCCGAGAAUUUAUGCCCCUAUUUAUACAUAAAUACAUACAAACAGGUGGAGUAUCUUGGUUCGUUGAUGCAAAAUAAAAUGUAAUUUAAAUGAGAACCGUAACGACAGAAAGAUAUGACAAAAUCUAGUGUAGUAUUAUAGAGUACAUAAAUAGUUUCAUGUAUAAUAUAUGAUUCGGUACUCACAAAAGGAGAGCCAAAAGAAAAUGGCUCAAUUUAAACGCCUGUGGAAUAAUUAUAAGGGUUCCCACUCCCUCUCUGUGCAGCAGCUGUAUCUGAAUCCCUUUGUGUUAUUCCAUGUAAACCUUCCCACUGCCCAAUAAAUACACAGACACCUAUUUAUACAUGACAAAACUUUACUGGCCUUAGCAACUGCAGAUUGACAUUGCAUAUUGCUGCCUAAUUUGUUGUCUAUAACAAUUCCCAAAUCCUUCUCGUGUGUGGUUAUCCCUAAUUCACUACCAUUUAGGGUGUAAGUUGCUUGUGCAUUCUUAACCCCAAAGUGCAUAACUUUGCAUUUCUCUACGUUAAAUUUAAUCAGCCAUUUUAGUUCCCAGUCCCCCAAUCUAUCCAAAUCCCUCUGAGCAAAGCAAUAUCCUGCUCACAUUUGAUUACUUUACAAAGUUUUGUGUCAUCUGCAAACACCGAAACAUGGCUUUCAAUGCUUAUUUCAAGAUCAUUUAUGUUAAAUAGAAGCGGUCCCAAAACAGAACCCUGAGGGACACCACUUACCACUUUUGUCCAGCCUGAAAAUGUACUAUUAAUGACAACUCGUUGUACUCUGUCCUUCAGCCAAUGUUCUACCGAAGAACAAGAAUAUUAAUUUAGACCGAUUUCUUUUAGUUUGAAGACUAACCUAUUGUCAGGAACCGUAUCAAAUGCCUUGGCAAAAUCCAAAUAGAUCACAUCCACUGCAAUACCCUUAUCUAUACUUCUACUUACUAUGUAAUUUACCUUAAACAAAUGUAUCUUUCUCUGUAAAUAGAACGUUAAUCACAUACAGGAGGCUUUUGCAGGGUCUAGCAAGCUUUUAACGUAGCAGGUGAUAAGAAAAUCUAAAUUAAACAGAACUUGCAAUAAAGGAGGAUAAACUUUAGAUGACUCUUUACAGGAAGUGUUUAGAAAGACUGUGCAAGUCACAUGCAGGGAGGUGUGACUAGAGUUCAUAAACAAAGGGAUUUAACUAUUAAAUGGCAGAGAAUUACGCAGCAAAACUGCAGGCACAUGAUCUAUACAGCAAAAUAGCUUAAUUAAGCUAAAGUUUUUUUUGUGACCGUAGUGUCCAUUUAAAUAUAUUUAUUUUCUGCACUCCCACAUUUCUGUCUAAAUGCCAGCAGUAUGGUGUUGGGAUGUGUAAGGUGUGUGUUUGUGUGUAUAUAAUAUACAUACAAUAUUUGAGGGUUCUAUUUACUAAUGAAUGCAGUGGUAUAAAAAGGCUGUAUUGCAACAUUUGGUAAAAUAUCUUGAAUAAGAAUUUUUCUUCCCAAAUGUAAUAUUUUGACCAAUUUAGGGAACGACAUCUAUUACAGUGACCUUCCAGAGAUUUUUUAUUUUAUAAUCUAAUGUUACUCUAAACAUUUCUACCAAUACCACAACCGUCAACAAUAUGAAGUAUUUGUUAAACAUUUCAGUAUUUAGGCAAACUUUAAAUAGGGCAUCAAGUUUAAAUAAAUUGUCCUGCCCACUCCACAACAGAAAAGCCUGGCCAGUCUUUCAAUCACUGGAGGAAACCGUGUGUGUGUGUGUGUGUGUGUGUGUGUGCGUGCGCGCGCACACUAUUUAUAUUCUAGAACCUCGAAACAAAUGAAAAAGUGUGGGGGGAGAAAAGUAUUGUUAUAUAAGCAAUAUUUAAUAGAAACGCUGAAGUCUAGCACAGUUUAUGAAUUGUAAUAGAUUAUGCGAUGCACAUAGCCUUUGUGGGCUUUCUUUAUAUAAUGUUCUCGUUAUUUUGUAACUCAGAAUGUAUCCUUGAAUCACUCCAAAUAAGAUUGUCAUUGCUUGAUGAGUGCGUAGGUGCUAGAAUUCUUGACGACUAAAGUAAAGUCAGAUUACACAUUUAGCGAUGUAAAGGUGUCCCAUUUUCAUGUGAACUUGUAACAGGAGCAGGAGUUCUUUUGGGCAAAUGUUCACGGAAGACUAGCAAUCUAGGUUUUAUAUUUAGUGAGGUCUACAAAUAGAGAACUAAUUAAAGUCUAAGUCUCGCAGGAGGACAAAGCAGUUUAAUUCAGGGUUGUGAUAGGAGCUGGUGCAAUUAGUGACAUGCAUAUUCAUUAAAAGCCCAGCUGGGCAUCAGCGAAGUGUGCUCAGUCAGUGGAGAGGAGGCAAAUUUGGCAAUGCCCCAAUACCGCGCUCGACCCUUCUUUUCCUGCACUUCUCUUUAUGACCUGGAAUUUAAUAUUUUUUUGGUUUUCAAAUUAUUUAAUAUUUAUGUAUACAUUUUAUAAAUGAUUUUUGAUAUUUGUAUAUUUUUUUUUAUAUAUGUUUUUUUCUCAUGUGUUUUUUAUACACGAUGUAUUUUUCUCUCUAAAUUAUUUUCACAUUUUAUCCAUAAUAUAUGAAGUCAUUUGAAAAGCUUAUUUGAAAAUAUUAAAUUAAAGGCCCAAAUAUUUUGGCAUCAAUCCAAAACACUCCUGCUUAAAGCACACUAAUCCGAAUUGUUACUUAUUCAAAGGCUGUUUGUUUAGCCAGUAAAUCAUUUUAUAGUUUCUCUUCAAAUUUGCUGUUUUGUUCAGUAUCAACUGCAGAUUUUAAACACAUGGGCAUCUACUCAGUCACGUACAGUUUUACAGCUGUGGAUAAAUUAAAGGACCACUAUAGUGCCCGGAAAACAUACUUGUUUUCCUGGCACUAUAGUGCCCUGAGGGUGCCCCCGCCCUUAGGGUCCCCCUCCCGUCAGGCUGGAUGGAGAGGAAGGGGUUAAACUUACCUUUCUCUCCAGCGCCGGGCGGGGGACUCUCCUCCUACUCGGCUGAAUGCGCAUGCGCGGCAAGAGCCGCGCGUGCAUUCAGCCAGUCUCAUAGAAAAGCAUUCAUAAAUCACAAUCACAGUGAGAAGCACGUAAGCAGGCUAUCAAUGAGACAGCCACUAGAGGCUGGAUUAACCCUAUUAUAAACAUAGCAGUUUCUGUGAAACUGCUAUGUUUAUAGAAAAAAGGGUUAAACCUAGCUGGACUUGGCACUCAGACCACUUCAUUAAGCUGAAGUGGUCUGGGUGCCUAUAGUGGUGCUUUAAGUCAAAAAGCAGACAGCCCAUGUUGGCAUGUAGUACAGUUUCUGACAGCAGAUCGAUAACACUAUAAAUAAUAAUAGAAUCACACAGGAUUAUUCUGUAACUGGCACACCUCCGCAAACUAAACGACAAACGAAGAAAAAAUUUUUUUUUUUUUUUCUGCUCCAGUCGUAGCUUGGCAAUUUUUGUCUACAUUUUGCCAUUUCUAUUUAAUUUGUUACAAUUCGAAUUCUACUGGCAAUUGCAUUGAGGCUUAUUUGCUAAAGGUACAUUGUUGCUAGUUUCCACAUACGCCCUGACAUCUAGAACGUACUGUCACCCAUCUUACAGGGCUACUUACUAAAGUGACAAGUCACUUUUAAGGCCAAAAUAGCAAAACUUAAAAUUUAAUUUCACUUUGAAUUCACACUAUAGUGAAUAAGCCUAUUGACUUUACUCAUUUUAGGACCUCAGACAAGAUGAGCUGAACUUGUUGUUCUGAGAUAGUGUUUAUCGACCACAUCAUUUGAGUAUUGCUAUUCUUUGUCUACUGUCCUGCCACCUUAUAUCAUGUGCCCUCUAAUACAUUUGCUGAAAGUGCCUGGGGUAUGCGAUCUGCUGACACACACUGUGUUAAUGGGACACCAUAGGCACUAUAACAAUUCCAUCUCACUGAAUUGGUUAUAGUGCCUGGCGUCCCCGGCACUGUCCCCCUCAUUCGUGCUAAACCAUUUUUGAGCAGUUUAACACUGAAUCCCUUGCUUCCCUUAGUCCCACCCCCACUAGAGGUAUGGCUAAGGCAGAGAUUAUACACUUCUUUUUCGUCAUACAGAUUUAUAUCUGAAGGGGCGCUGUGAUAGGCUGAAUGCAGUCAGCUGAUAAUCUCAGCCAAUCACAGCUGCCCAUUGCUGCUCAGGCUAAUGCUUCCUUAUUUGCCCGAAAAGCACAGAGAGGAUGGACUUCUGGGAAGUCUUGUUUUGCAUUGAAACAUUAAAAACGGUUUAACACUGAAUGGAAGGAUGGCGACAGGGGACUGUAACCACUUCAAUGAGAUGAAGCCGUUACAGCGCCUGCAGGGUCCCUUUAAGGUGAAUGCUAAUACCCUGCUGUCUCUUUACAGUGAAGCCGGUAUGUGCAGCACAGAAAUUUAGCUGCGGAGGAUCAAGCAAUAAGUGCAUUCCGUUGUCAUGGCAAUGUGAUGGAGAGCGAGACUGUGAGAGUGGCAUCGAUGAACGGGGCUGCCCCACAGGUAAGUGUUACCUACCUGGCUGCUGGUCCUAUAUUCCGUAAUGCUAUUAGUAGUAUGCAUUAUGUAAUGCAUACAAAAACUUAGUUUUCAGAUUAUUAUUUUUUAAUAAAAGUUACUAUUCUCAUCAUAGUUAUUGGUUAACCAUAUGACAUUUAUUUUUAAUUGUCGAUGAGUGGCCUGUUAAAGCGGUAUUUUGGUUAUAUAUAUUUUUUUUACAUUUCCUAUCUCACAAAGAAAAAUAGGUACAUAGUAAUCACCGAACAUAUAUGGUACAUGUUUAGAUGAGAGAAUUUUUUGUCACUGAUAAUGUUAACGUGUUUUGCCAUAUGUUCACUAGAAUGUAUAAAAUUGACUAAUUUGUACGUUUGUGCCAUUCGGUAUCCAAUUUAACCCCUUAAGGACCAAACUUCUGGAAUAAAAGGGAAUCAUGACAUGUCAUGUGUCCUUAAUGGGUUAAUGGUAACCACUUUAGCAAAGCCAAAAUGUUACAUUUUUAUUGCAGUUUCCAGAUCUGAUAGAGGUGAAUUUUAUUGGAAAAAUAUUGGAAUCAAGUCUGGUGUAAAUUCUGUGGAAAACAAAUAAUGCAACUGUCAAGUUAAUCCCUCCGACCCCCCCCCCCUGUUUUCUGGAUGUCCUACUGAAAAUCUUGAUUAAAUUGAAUGAAUGUAUAGUUAUACAUAUAGUUGUUAGUUACUGAUAUACGCUGUUGCAGAUCUAGAUUUAAUGGUUUGUCCCGCAAGCAAUGGAAUCUCAACAUUUUCCCAAAGUGUUUUGAGGUUAGACUAAAAUAAUGUUAUUUUGCACCCUAUGUGAUAUGGGGUAUAUUGAAGACUAGUAAAACUAGUGUUAAAGCCCGACACAAAUGGUGCUAAAAGGAACACUAUAAGGUCAGGGACACAAAAAUCACUAUCUACCCCUAUAGUCAUAGUUUUUAUUCAAUACUGUAAAUUACAAAGAAGUGGCAUUAAAUGGGUUAAUUAAUGACGGAAAAACUGUAGGGUUUAUUCAUUAACAUGGGAAGUAUGGACAAAUGCAAACGCAUUGCAAAUUUUAGGACAAAAAACGCAGUUAAAGAGUUUUUUUGUUUUUUUUUUUCUCCCCUCCCAUCCCCUCCCAGCUUAACUGUUUUUGACUAAACUUUGUAUUAGUCCAAUCCCCAAUUAAGUGAAUAAGCCCCAUUAUCUCUGCUCCAGAACCAUGAUUAUGAGAUGGGUUCCGCACUGCAUGUGGCGCAGGGUAGCGUACAUGUGAUCUUGGAGUUGGGGUUAAUAGAAUAGGAUGGAUUAAAUGAAACUUCGAAUAAUGAAUGGCAUUGGGGAGCGGACUGGGUGUUGCUGGCACUGUGCCUCUGUAAGAUCACUGGAAUGCAGCAGGCUGUGUACAAUACAUCACAAGCCCAGCUCAUCUAUGUUUCAUUGAAACCUGGUUGUUAUAGUGUGUGAGCUGAAUGCCGAUUAGUAGAAAGAACCCUAAUAAUGGUGGGUGCCUGUACAUAAUGUAAUGUCACCUCUGUUACUACGUGUUAGACAGACGAUGCAUAACUUAUUCAUUAUCUAUUGAUUUCUCCUGCUAACAGAUUCUAGGGCAGACCUAGACAGUGCAUGGUUUAUACAUGGUGAUAUAGUGAUUAUCAGGACAGGCUCAGACAGCACAUGUUUAUACAUGGUGAUGUAUUGAUGAUGGCUAUCAGGACAGGCACACACAGUGCAUGGUUUAUACAUGGUGAUAUAUUGAUUAUCAGGACAGGCUCAGUCAGUGCAUGGUUUAUACACAGUGAUAUAUUGAUUAUCAGGACAGGCUCAGUCAGUGCAUGGUUUAUACACUGUGUUGUAUUGAUUGAUUAUCAGGACAGGCUCAGUCAGUGCAUGGUUUAUACACCGUGUUGUAUUGAUUGAUUAUCAGGACAGGCUCAGUCAGCGCAUGGUUUAUACAUGGUGAUAUAUUGAUUAUCAGGACAGGCUCAGUCAGUGCAUGGUUUAUACACUGAUGAUAUCAUUGAUUAUCAGGACAGGCUCAGUCAGUGCAUGGUUUAUACACAGUGAUAUAUUGAUUAUCAGGACAGGCUCAGUCAGUGCAUGGUUUAUACACAGUGAUAUAUUGAUUAUCAGGACAGGCUCAGUCAGUGCAUGGUUUAUACACUGUGUUGUAUUGAUCAGGACAGGCUCAGUCAGUACAUGGUUUAUACACGGUGAUAUAUUGAUUAUCAGGACAGGCUCAGUCAGUGCAUGGUUUAUACAUGGUGAUAUAUUGAUUAUCAGGACAGGCUCAGUCAGUGCAUGGUUUAUACACUGUGUUGUAUUGAUUGAUUAUCAGGACAGGCUCAGUCAGUGCAUGGUUUAUACACUGUGUUGUAUUGAUUGAUUAUCAGGACAGGCUCAGACGGUGCAUGGUUUAUACACUAUGUUGUAUUGAUUAUCAGGACAGGCUCAGUCAGGGCUUUGCAUUUGUUAGUAGUUUGAUUUCCUGGCAGAUGAUGAUCUGGGGAGCCUCAGAAUACAGCUCGAAAAAGGCCCCCACUCGGACUGUAACAUCACAGCUUCUUUAUGUCUUACUGAGGGGAAAAAAAUUUAUAAACCGUCUUCAUGCUCAUAUAUGUUUGUGUGUGUGUUUUAUAUACAAUGUAAUUUAUUUGUAUGUGUGAAUUAUUUACUGCAUGCUGUGUAUAACAUGUGUGAUGUGAUCUGACUGCAUUACAUAUAUACAGGCAUUGCGGGAUGUUGUACUCUGUGUACAGAGCUGUGUGUUUCUGCCUCUUUCUAUGUACCUCUGUCUCUUUGCCGAGGCUUUAAAUGGGAUUAGGGAAUUUCUCAUCCAUCUUUCCACAUCCUGGUUUCUAUGGAAACAACCAAUGAUGGGGGCCGGACCCCAUGCACGUGUCUCUUUGUCUUCAGCGAGAUUUACUGAGUGAGUGGACAGGGUUAUGUGAAAUGUCACACGGUGCUAUUGUUUCUGUACUCUGUUUAACCUCCUCUCCCAUACUGGAGCUGAACCUCCUACCUAUAUAUCUGCCAUUGCGUCUCAUGGCUUUUCCCAUGCUUUCUCUAUAAUUCAUGAAAUCUAUCUGGAGCUACAGAAUAACAGACUCCUUUGGGUGUGUAAAUUAACUUCUAUUAACAAUGUGACACAGCGGCAAUUCCUUGGGGUGUGGGGUAACCAUAAAGGUCUCGGUUAAAGCGGUUGGGUUUAAUAUCGGGAGAUAAGUGGCUCUGUAAUGGCCUCACAAUGUGUCAAUGAUUUCCAAGCCGCAUUAUGAAAGAAACGUUUAAUUCCCAAAUUCCUGCUGUCUCCGUGUUCUAACUAAACCGGCUAUUUGUAUAUUUCCCAUAAAACUGAACAUCAUAGCAAAUGCAGCCAUCAACAGCUGGAAGGCCCAAGGUUAGACGUGGAUAACUCUUUGUUGUGUUACAGAGACCUCUAGUGGUAGACUGCAAAUUUGCAUUGUUACUUUGCAAUGUUAAUGUUUCACAUUUAACCAUGGAUUGGGGAACUAUUACUUGUCAGGAUUUUAAAUAUUAUUCGGAUUUUUAUCUCCUAUAGUUAAAAUUUUGUACAUUUCUCUCUCUCCCCCCCCCCAAUGCAAUUUAUGUCCUGCCUGUACUUGGACAGAACUAGGUUCUGAUGCAUACUUUUAGUUUUUUAAAAAAUUUUUAUUAUGAUUAUUAAUAUUAUCUUUGUUAUGCCCUAUUUGGCAUUAUAGAUCGUGCCCACCCCCUUAUUGAAUUACAUAAAUCUUUUAAAUAGAUUUAAAGCUUAUUGUGAAUCCAGCGUUGGGCUUAAAACCAAUCAUCCAUUUUGUACCCUGCAUUUAUUUUCUGUGUUUAACUGCUCCAGAUGCUUAAAUAAUCAUUUAUAUAAAGACUGUUUGAAAAUAUACCUUAUUAUUAACUUGUUUGCACAACUACCCUUGUACCAUAAGAUUCCCAGGAAAUGUUCAGUAAAUAUCUUUGGGAACAAACCUAAACAAAACCGCAUCUUGGCCAAGCUGGCCCUCUUAUUUGAUAACUUGCUUCCUUAUCAAUGCCAAGUUAUAGGUAAUGUCUGCCUGGUGAUAAUGAGUAUUUUUUUUAUAUGGUAAGACGCCUAUAUAAUCUGAUAUGUUUUACUAGUAAACUCAGAAUUUAAUCGCAACUUUACUGUGUGUCUGUUUAUUCUCCGAGAUGUGAUAAUCGGAUUGGAUUACGAAGUACGGACUGCAGCUGUUAAGAUAUCCCGUGGAAGAAAUUGAGCCCUAACAGGCUUCUCGCUUCAUUUCCACGAACACACUCUGUCAUCACACCGCGCUAUCCGAAGUCCUAUAAAAGGCGUGGAGCGCAGGGAGGGGACACUGAAGCUUCUCCCUUGCAGAUCUGCCAACUGCAAGGUAGAUGCUAAUUACAUCUACUGGCUGUGUGCAAUGCAGGCUGAUAACAGGCUUAAUAGUUGCACAGAAUUACUUGAACUGUUUUCCUGGCUACCUAAGUCACAUGUUCCGGGGGUGCAACUAGCAGAAGUGGUCAUGGUGGUUGGAGUAACCCUUUAAUAUUCUGUUAUAUUGUGUACCAUUUUACACUGAUGACCCUUCAGGGACUGGCUAUAUGCCCCAGAGCCAUUACAUUAAGCUGUGGUGGUUCUGGAGGCUAUAGUGUCCCUUUAAAGUGCUACUGUCACUUGCGAGGGCAGUUUUUGUUCCCCUACAGCUAACGGAAAUGGAUAUGGAAACUUUACCUUCUGCCAAAGAUAGGCAGCUAAAAAAUACAAAGUAGUCCUACUCCCUACCUUGUCUCAUGUUUAUUGUUUGAAAUCCAACACAGUCAGGGUGGGGGGAGAUUGUCUGUCUGCUUUUUUUGCACAAGAAAUUCUGCACAUUCCCUCAACUUCUGAAUCUUGAAAGGCAGCUUGCUGGGAGUGGAAGCUCUGAUACAUGGGUUUGGAAUAGUACUGCAAAAAGUCAAGCCAACUCUGUUAUAAGAGACAUUAAGAUAGAACUCCAUAUAAUUCAGAUAUAUUUGAUCAUUUUUGGCCCCUUAGUAAUGGUGUAUUUUUUUCACAUUCCAAAUUCAAAAACGUGCACUUAAAGCAAUAUUACAAGCACAAACUGUAGUGGUAGUGAUGACAGGAGUCACCUAGUACGGCCCAUCAUAAUUUGUAAAAUCAUUUUACAAACUUUGCUCUGUCAGGCGGUCUCUCUGGUCUACUCUGAUAUACUCCCUCAUUAGUAAACCAGCUUUGGACAUUAUUAUUUAGCUGAGAGUGUAAGUUGCUGUCUGACAACCCUCGACCUUCUAGGGCACCAAAGGUUACUGUCACUGGCUUAGAGGAAUUUGGUAAAAUUUUAUAGCAAAAUGAUAUGGAGACGCUUAACACUCCCCAUAGAUAUGCAUCAAAUCAGUGAAUUUGUGUCAUAAGUUUGUUAUAAGUUUUUGGUGUGUUGUAAGUUUGGUAGAGGACCUUUGGCAGUUAAAAAUAUAUUUUCAAUUCAUAGAUUGUCCUUAAAACAAAGUAAUUUAAUUACAUAUUAUAAUAGACAUAUUAUUCUCCCUACAUAGGAUCCGCCAGACAGCUACUAUAGUUAGGCGACCUUUUUUGGUCUGGACGUGUUCGCGCUCUGCGUAAGGACAUCCAGCGUCCGCUAAAACCCCAUUGGUUCAAUGCUUUGCUAUGGGGUUGUCCUAAUGCGCUUGCGGCGCGUGCCAAUUUUCGAUUUAGUUAUUGUUUUUGUUUAUAGAGAACGAACAUAUUCAACAGUGCUGCACAGUUAUACAGAGGAUAUCUAAAAUAACUAAUAUUAACAUACAAAGCAAUGUAGAAACUGUAUGUGAAGACGGACUGGCACCAACGAGCUUGCAGUCUAUAAAGACAAUGUUGCUUCAUCAAUUAUUUAUAUAUUUUACUGAAUGGAUUAAGUGACCUGGGACAUGGUAACUUUUGGGUGUGCUGUUCUCCAUUAAUUAUUGCUGUUGGUUGGUUGUUUGUUUUUUAAAUCUUUGUUUAAAGAUAUUUUUUUUUAGAUUUUUGAUACAAAGGUUGACAGUGAGAAAUCGUAAACAAAGCUUUUCCAAACAUUUGGAGUGAACCGGUGCGAUCAUAGAUUUUCAGUGUUCCCAUGUUGUUCAGAAUCUGAUUAAGAAGCAUUGAAUCAACAAGUAUUGAUCUCCGACCAUCGUUCUUUACAGAAAGUCCAAAUUUGUUGUCUUUGGCUCUAUAACAAUCACUUCCAAUUCUCUGUCCUUCAAAAUAUCCGAAUUUUUUUUCCAAAUGAUCUUCAUUGCAUUCUCCUUUUUGUGUGUUAAGCUUUGCUUUGAUACAUUGGGAGUGAAAACCCCUCCAUGAUUCAAAAACGGCUUCCCCUCACUGUUGAUAAUCGUGGCCAUCCAAUCUUCUUCUUCCAAAUAUAACUUUAUUGUGCAUUUAUCUCCCUCUUCUAAUCUGUUUACUGCCAGCUUGUUCUCAAGGAUUUUAUUGAUUAAUUUUCUUAGUGCAAAUUCCUCUUCUCGCCACCACGCCCACGCAACAUCUUUUUUUAGCAAUCUGGUCAGAGGUUUUUGUAAUUUGCUGUAGCCCAGGGUAUGCGUUGCAGCGCAGUUCAAUAAACCAAGUAUUUUUUUUAAAUCUUCUCUGUUUCUAGGAGAUUUUAUAUUUUUUACUUUCAACAAAUAAUUGUCUGUUAAUUGAAUGCCUUCCUCAGAGAAACUUCUUCCUAAGAAUUCAACUUUGAACUUGCAGAUCUGCUUGGUAUUUUGUCUUAUCUCAAAUCCUGCUUUCUCAAGGUGUUCUAGAACUUCAUUGGUAAAUAUAAAACAUUCUUCUAUUGUAGAUCCGCUUACUAGCACCGAGUCGACAUAAUGUGUCACCCGUGGUCUAAUUCUCUGGUUUAACUGAUCUAGUAUUUGCCCCAGGGUCUGGUGGAGUAUAAUUGUUGUAUUCUUGAAACCGUAGGGCAACCUUGUCCAGAUAUAUUGCUGACCAUAAAAAGUAAAUGCUGUCUUAUAGCUCGUUUCUUCAUCUAGUGGAAUAUGCCAGUGUCCAUAGAAGAGCUGAAAAGAAGAAUAACAUUUCCCCAAAAGUAUUCCAGAAAUGGCUUUCAUUAGGGUCAUUUCUCCUGGUGCUUUCUCUGUUCGUUUAUUUAGAUCAUCAUAGUGGAAAACUAUCUCAACUGUCCCAUUGCGUUGUCUACGCAAUUCAAUGAGAGAGUUGCAACAGCUGUCUACUGCUUGGAUAAUCCCUUGCCUCACCCAUCGGGAAAUUACAUAAUUGGCCUCUCUCAUGAGAUGUUUCUUUAACCAAAAUUGUGUCAUGUAGGGAGGAUCGGUGCCUUUGAUGACCACAGGUGAUACAUUAACAGGGUUUUUUUGCGACCUCGGUCUAUACAUAUUUUCCUUUUAAUGUACAGCUCCGAUUUGAAAUUUUGAAUAUUUUUGGGGGAUUAAGAAAUGACUUUAAUUGGUCUACAAUCCACCUGACACUGUCCUUUACCACUUAUAUCCUGCGAUCGUCUAAAUUCCGACUCGUAUCCUGUUAAUGUCAAAAUAUAUGUACUGUAAGAUGAGAGAUGGAGAUGAGAUUAGUUCGAAAAAUUGGUCAUAUGCUCUCCCUCUUUGUCGUCUUCUCACAAAAGUCCUGAAAAAUAAGUCAUCAUAUUUUUGUAAGUGUGUAACUUCACUAUUGUUCGCUAUAUUAAUUCAUUAUUACAUCAUCUGUAAAAAGCUAGGUCAAUUAUUGGCAGAAUAGGUCUGUAUACCUUAAAUUGGUUAUUAAUUUUCAUACUGGUGAACUUGACAUUAUUUAAGUGAGCACGGUCUAUUCAAGCACAGUUUGCUUAUCCCAUAAUCCAUUAUUUACAGUCAUACAAAGCAGUUACAUGUACAUGCUGGUAAACAAAAAAUGAAAAAACAAAAAAACAUCGCACCAAGCAACUUAUUGUAAAUAAAUUGCUUAAAGGAACGCUGUCAAGUAUGGCAGAGUUGUGCAUUAAAUAUUCUGCAAAUUUUAUUCAUUCAGAUUAUCUACAAUUUUCUGUGAUUAAUUGCGUUGCCAAUAUGGGAAUGCACAUUAGUGUCGGAGGUAUAGUGGAAAAAAAGUGACCUGUGCUUAUAUAUAUCCAUUACGGCAGCCAUCUUUGAGGAGGCAGGUGAAUUAUUCAGGAUAGGCCUUGGUUUAAUAAGCUUUCUAAACAAUGUAAUACUGUUGAAUAAUUUGUUUAUCUAUCUACAGAAUUCACAAUUAAAGUCUAUGGAGAAUUUUUGUAGAUAAAUCAUUUGGGAAUUUUUCUAACUUUAUUGAAUAAUUUGGAAAGCUUAUUAAAUUGAGGCCGUAACUGUACUCGCAUGAUUUUAAAUAUUAAUCGGCUGCUGCAGUCACCUUUAUUAGGUCAACGUUUCAGUUUGACAGGACAAAUGUUCAUCAGGACCCAGUUGAAAGUUUGCCCUGUCAAAAUUAUGAAGUGUAAGAUUUUCUGUGUUUAUUUUAUCUUUCUUUCCCCUCUCACCCCCAAAAAUAGGGCACUCAAGCCAGAUUUAUUUAUUCUUAUUUUUUUAACUCGAAAGUGUAGUUACUGUCUUAUUUACAUAUUAAGCAGAUAAACUCUCUUACACUGAAGUUUCAGUCCACACAGGGACUUUCCUGAUGAGAUAAAAAAAGUAUUCGAAGAUGCUAAUUCUGUGGGUGUGUGUAUAUAUAAUCAAUGGAACCUUGAGAUCUAUGUAAGUAUCCCUAACAUGGUUUAUAUUGUUUGCCCGAUGGAUGUAGGGGGGUGGGGGUGAAAUAUAAUUCCCAUGAUUUUCUUUUUACCCCGUGGUUUUUUCUUGGAGAAAUCCCAUAUGGUAGCUGGCUUUUUCUAGCCUAACAGCGUACAUGAAAGAAGGUUGACUGCUUGGGUUUAUCCCUUAGACUGGUCAUGUGAGGCACCGAUUGUGCAACCUGCAAUAAUUCCCUCUGAUAGAUAAUUUAUCAUGGUGUUUACUAAUUUCCAAGGAUGAAUGGCGGGCCAGCAAAUACCCAGCCUGUCCAAGCAAUGUUACUCAAAGUUCGGUAUUCCUGUGCAUUGAAUAGAAUCACAAUCUCCUUCAAUUAUCACAGGAAUUUAACCUGCUGCUUUAAACUCUUAAACCUCACAUACAAAGACCUCUGCUGCUCUUACGUCCCUGAGCUUAGCGCUAAAUACUCCUCUGUAUGGCCGCGCCAUUCUCUCCCAUCGAUCGUCCCAUGUUUGUUGGCAUGCAUUCAAGACAUUUCUCCAGCUGAUAUGUCCGUCUGUAUUUUAAUCCCAACUGCAUCCCCCUCCUUCCCCAUAUCCGAAGUCAUUCCCUUGUAGUGGGCACAGUUCUUCAAACAUUGCAAUUAUUUAUAUGGCACCAAAAUAUACUGCAGCACUGUACAAUAGGUAAACAAGACAAACCAUUCUAACAGAGCAUGUUUGACAUACUGAAAUUAAAUAGUAGGCAAGGUGGGUCCUCACAGCUCUGUGGAAUAUAAGUAAUUACCUGAGUGAUUACUGCUGCGUACCCCCUGACUUUACUUUGUUAUACCACAACGUCGCCAACCCUUGAAGCGGGUUGCCAGUGGGUGAGGUAAAAGGACGGCCAGUGACACAAAUUGCAUCACUGGUGCUGCUCAAACUGGGUGGAACUGCAUGGAAAGGGGGCAACCCAAAGAACUGGCCGGUCUGCUUGGAAUAAAAGCACCAGGCUGCCUGCCAAUUAAACCGGCCGUCCAACCAGUGGCAGACCAUGCACAGUGCUGUAACAGCUCUCUCUGCAGGGUCCUAGUGCCUUGAGUGUAGCGCAAACAUGUCUAAUGAUGGUUCCCUGGUGCCCCCUCAGAACAAAGGCAGCAGGAAAGAACACUAAAAUUAUGACUGUCCCUCCAAAAUUGUUAUUGUGGCGAGGGCUGCUUUGUGUUCUUUGGGCUCUCUUUGCGUUGUAAAGUAUGGGCAUAUUUUUAUUUCCAAUGACUGAGCAUAGUGGCAAACACUUUUUAACUAAAAUGUGAUCUAUGGGAAAUUCAAAAGAGAAUUGCAAUUUUUAGACCAAAGUAGUAAAACGUUUUCAGUUCUAAAAUUGAAAUUCACUGCUGAAUUUGUUCGGUUGUAUGAAUGGUAAGAUACAAUAUAAAACAUAAUUAAAAGGACUAUAGGAAAAUUAAAUUGAAAAUAAAAUUCCUCUGCGCUCAAGGUUUAGUGAUUUAAAAUUAUUAUUUAAAAAAAUAAAAUAAAUUUAAACCAAGCCCCAUUGACGGGCCUGACAACAUUUUGGUAGUGUAGUAUCUUUGUCAAGCCCCAGGCUUCCCCAGGUUUUCAAACAUAAUCAGAUAAGAGGCCUUACUUGAUAUAUUCACAAGUCCUUUGAAAUAAUGUGUGAUUUGUGCCUUCUAAGGCUGACUAGAUAAGUGGUAACAAUGUAGCUUACAAAUGCUUGAGGGUUGAGAUUUAAAAAAAAGGAGAGAAAUAAAUCAAGGCUAUUCAGUUUGGUUAUAGUCACUUAGACCUUGAAAAUACUUAAAUAUGCGGCGGGAAAAAAAUAAACAAGCUACAGUGUGAACUGCUGAAAUAAAAAUGAUGAUAAAGUUGUAUUUAUUUGCCUCUUGGAACAAAGAUACCCGUUAUGAGUGUGAUGUUAUGUACUGAAUAUUUUUGGUUUAUGUAUACUGUUGUGCAGUGCUGCUGGAUAUAUUAGCGCUAUAAAAGCACAAUAUGAAUAUCAAUAAUUUAUUAUGAUGGGUUCCAAUAAAAGAAUUACAUUUCUUUGUUUAGACAGCGCUGCCCUCCUGAUGAUGCAUUAUUGCAGGACUGUAGGACCGUAAUAGGAAACUCCUCUAUUGGCUGUCUGAGUUACAGAGCCUAGAACAGUGCUAUGGAAUUUGCUGGUGCUAUAUAAUAAUAAUAAUUAAUAAUAAUAAUUAAUUAUAAUAGAAGUGUCAUUAGGGACAGUCUCAUUGCACCAAAACCAUUACAUGAAGUUGUAGUGCCGAUGAGUUUCCCUUUAAGGUUAUAGCUCUCUACUAAGAGUCAUUUCACUUACGGAUUAAGUAAGAUAUAACCCACCAUUACAAUAUUUUGUUGUGCGCGGCUCACUUUAUUUGUUUGCUGUGUCUUUUAUUGGUUUUUUUUAUCGUGAUUGUUUCCACAGUGAUAACUAGCUGCACUUUAGUAUUUAUUGCACUUUGUGAAAGCGCUUUGUCUGUCUUACUAAGGUGUACCCACCUUAACAAGAUUAAAAUAGUGACCCCAGACCGAGCGUGUAGCGUGGCCGGCGGCAUCAUUUGGUGACAGGCACCACUCCUACAACGGCUGCCUGUCACCUCUACUCCAUGGCUGGCUCCCCCAUGUGAUGCAAUGACACACCUCUCCACUAGAGGUGUCUGCUUCAUUCACUCCUCAGCUCAUUGCAUAUCUUAACAUGAUUUUUUUUAAUUGAUUCCUUAUAUUAGUACAUUUCUCUCAUACAUCCUACUCAGCUGCAAAAUAGACAUGAUGAUGUGUGCUGAGCAGAUAACUCCCCAUUUCCUCUUUUCGAAUCCAGUCCAAAGUCCCCAACCCACAUGGUGCAACUAAAUGUAAAAGUCAUGUAAUAAUCCGGUAUUGUGCUGCAAAUAAUGUAGAAAAUAUGUAUUUUUGUUGUGGGGUGGGUUCUGUUUUCAACCAACGUUUAAGACUAAAUCCGUAAUAAUAAUUACAUCACUUAAUUAUUUGGCAUUUGUGGCACUCACAGAAAUUUUUUACCGUAAUCACGCAGGAACGAAUUGCUGUGAUUGUGGUACAUUUGUUAUUGAAACACUUUUAUACUCCCCCAAUUUUCCUUGUGUAAUGGCGAACGUUAUCUAAGACGGGACUUUAAUAUUGCACACCUGCCCUUGCCCUGUUGCUGACGGGAGUUGCAGUCUCAAGUGCAUUUUAAACACUGAUUAAUGAUCUAGAACCGAAAGCUAUGAUUUGUUAUGAAGAAAAAAACCUCUUUAUGUAAUUUUCAGGAUAUUCCAGAUUGGAUUUUGAUGUUUUACCCCAUAAAUAUUGACAAAUACGAUCAUUGCAUUCAUGGCAUUUAAUUAACCCUUGAAACCCUGCUGUAUGGAUUUUUCAUGCAUGGCAUUCUUUAUCUCACCCACAUCUAUCAAACGGAACGUUUCACACCCAUAUUCAUUACCUUUGAAAAUAUCUGUUGUGUUUCUGCUUUUUCCGCUUGAAGAAAUGUUCAUGAAGCUCAAAUAAACUCUGCGAAUGAGUCUGAAUGUGUUGUUUCUACCACACGGAAGCACAAAACCACAGUUUGGAGAGAAGUUCUUGUUUGAGCAAAAAGGCGGUAACAUCUGGAUAUUUAUUUUCAACUGUUAAACUUUCCAAAAAGACACUCCCAAUCAGAUUCUCUACAUAGUGCAUGUUAUAAAAGCGUAAUCGUAUCACUCUGUGCAUAUUAACACACCACGGUGGGAGGACAUGGCCGUGGGAGGUUAUUGCGUGUGUGGGGGGGGGGUUUUGUUUUGUUUUUUUGUAACUUUGGGCUCUUAUUAAAAAUUCUAGAGUAUUAAGAGGUUACUAUUGCUCUGUAUUAUAAUUUAAACUGGAAUCAUGAGCUUAAAGGGACACUAUAGCCACCCAGACCACUUCAGCUAAUUGAAGUGGUCUGGGUGCAGUGUCCCUGUCAGUUUAACCCAGCAAUGGUAAUUAUUGCAGUCAUUGAGAAACUGCAAUAAUUACCUUACAAAGCUAACUCCACCAUUUAGUGGCUGUCUACCAGACAGCCACUAUAGGGGCUUCCGUGUUGCUUUUUUACUUUUGGUCGCCAAACUGACGCUGGGCACCCUCAUGCAUGGGGGGACCCAGCUUCACCCAAUGCCCCAUAGGAAAGCAUUACACAAUGUGAUAUAUAUAUAUUUUUAUUUUUUAUUUUAUUUUUUUUUAUUAUACAGAAUUGGUCUGGCUAAACACAUCUGGCUAUAGUAAAAUAGUCUGGAAAUUGUCAGUGUGGUGGGAAGUCAGUUGUUUUCAUUGGAUUUUGUCCCAGUGUAAUAACCCUGUUAGAGUCUAAUUACUAUUUUAACGUAUAAAAAUAGGUUUAAAAUGCUUUACAAUCUCCAUAUCUACAAAAACGCAAUAAAAUAAAAUUUUUACCAAAAAUAAAAAGCUUUACAAUGAACUGAAUGUAUUCCUGCCUGGAGUUUGCCUUUAAGCAAACUGAUUAAACUAUAGUUUGUUUUUUUCCUUCUGCCUUUAAAAAUACAUGUGGAAGUUUGUACACUGAAGAACAUAAAGAAAUUAACAGCACAUAUUGUUGAAUUGAAACCCAAAUUUGCAGCAAAUUUAAUGCUGAAAUGUCUGAAAUGGAGACAGAACUAACGUAGUGAAUUUGUCCAGGUGCGUUUUCCUGGAGACUUCCUGACCGUUCCAAGUUUAGUGAAUAAUCCAGAUUGUAUUAAACUGACUAUAAUUCACUUGUAGUAAAUAAAUAACCUCCCUUGGGACUGCUACUGCAAAGUAAAUCGUUUGUGACUAGCUUUAUGAUUAUUUGCAAUUUUUUCCAAUGGUGGAUCAAUUACCCAGUGUUCCCUGGUGCAAGACAUUAUUUUGGCGAUGCCAAAGGUAAAUCUGAUUUAUGGUUGUUAGGGCAAUCAUGUCCUUCUCAAUGUGUGCUUAUAUAGUGUGAAUGCAUGGUUUGUAUUUGUGUGUGUGCGUGUGUGUGUGUGUAGAAUUGGUGAAAAUGCGUGUGUACAUUUGUGUUUUACUCGUAUAAAGACUGUGAAUGUGUUUGUGUAGUGUCUGUCAUUCCUCUUCACUGUCCGACCCUGCUGCGCUACUCUCUUAUAGCACCCUCUUCUCUGUGGUCACCGUGGCAGUCUUCCCUUGUCCCGCUGUAUGCUUCAUACAGCUCACACUUUGGUCUUUGACCAGCAUAGAUGGGCCGUGGUGUUAAUGUCCCUUUGGUGGUUUCAUCACAGGACAUUUUAACUGUCUGACCGAUUGAUAUGUUUUAGCCAUUUAACUUUGAGCUUAAUUUCAACUAUUUAUAUUUUGCUGUUGUUAUAAGUGUUGGGAAAUACUGCCAACAUAAAACGAAUAGCAUAAUUCAUUAAUAUAUUUGGAAGUUGUUGUCAAAAGACAGACUUGCCACUAAUCUGUAUGGAGAUGAUCAAAUCUGUUCAGGACUGGUGUUCCAUAUUAUGGUAUUUGUUUCCUUUUUCAGGUUGUUCCCGUGACGAAUUCCAGUGUGACAACAAGUCCUGCAUUGAUUCCAUCUUUGUCUGUGAUGGCACCAAUAAUUGCGGAGAUGCCAGUGAUGAGAAGAACUGCUCGCCGCUAACUUGCAAACCGGGAGAAUUCCGCUGUGGGAAGGGUGGCUGUAUCUCCGAGAAGUGGGUUUGUGAUGGGCAGUCGGACUGCGCCGAUGAUUCAGAUGAGUCUGGGGCUCACUGUGGCCUGAAGAGCCAGCCGCAGCCAGUUAUGCAAUGUAAGGAGAAUGAGUUCCGCUGCAACAAUGGCAAAUGCAUUCACCUUUACUGGAGGUGCGAUGGUGAUGAGGACUGUAAAGACAAAUCUGAUGAGCUGGACUGCCGUAAGUGAAAUUGGAAAUUAGCUCUUGUUCGUUUUAAAGGACAUUUCAUUAUGAUUUAGCCCUCUCUGUAUGUAACAUUUAUAGUGAUUCCUAGCAAUGUCCAACGAAAUCCAGGAAUUGGCUGAAAUUUGCAUCUUGUUCAUAGACUGUGAUUGAUAAUGCAACGAAUAGGACUCAGCACUGGUAUUGAGCCGUCUUGGGCAACUCCAUUUCAUGAUAAAAAAUAUUGUGCAGGUGUUUACGGGAAACGUACGGCUGACUUCCUCCUGCUUAGGGUUUAAAUACUUCCUCUUAAAAGUGAGCGGGCAAGGCUUGGAUUUAGAUAGCAAUUCAGAUGAUGUUUGGAUACUGUGUCCGUUUCACUAUUGUUGCUCUGGAAUCCUUUCAAAAGUCACAUCAAAGCCAAUAGGAAUUAUGUGCGCUGACAGGCCAAUGAUUUGCGACCAUUGACGUAUAAACUGUACAAAUAACUUUAACUCUGAUAAUGUAGUUAUUAGCUAUGUGCUGUUUUCUGAUAGUUUAUAUAUUAUUGUCUUGUGGACAUUUUUGAUAAUUUUUUUACGGUGCGGGGUGGAAUAGUACAUGGUACCCAGGCUAAUUAAAAUAGCAUGGGUAUUCCUUUGGUAAUAUUGGGACCUUCUCUCCCCAGCUGUGGUUACCUGUCGACCUGAUGAAUUCCAGUGCGGUGAUGGAUCCUGCAUACACGGCAUGAAGCAAUGUAACGGACUCCGAGACUGUCUCGACAGCAGCGAUGAGGCAGGAUGUCUGAGCGGUGAGACAUGUUAUCAAAUCACAAAGAGGGUUUCACAUUCAGGGAUUUGCACUAAGCCCCGAAUUUUAGUGAAUUUUAGUUUUAAAGUCAUUUUGGAGUUCAGGUUUUUUUUAACUGAAAUUUUUGCCAUUUGGACUUCUCUUCUCUUCAGUAUUUAGUGAAUAAGCUCGAUUAAGUAAAUAUCAUUUCCAUUUUGAAUAGGAUACUGCUUUGGGUAACCAACACCCCAGUUUGGUAAAUCCCUAAAUAGCCUGAUGUUUAUUGAUGGUGACAUUAGUAACACAAUACAAACAUGUUUAAAUUCCUUGCAGCGGCUGAAUCUCCCUGUGACACAGAAGAACGGUUUCGAUGUAAGAGUGGGGAGUGUAUCGACAGCAGUAAAGUGUGCGACGCUCACAAGGAUUGCCGAGACUGGUCUGAUGAGCCAUUGGACGAAUGUGGUGAGAUUGCCUUUUCCCCCUUUUGUCUCUUUUGUUUUUUAAAUAACAUGGCAUGGAGCUCAAAAUAUUAUUAAAUCCCAAAUAAUAUUUUUCUUGCAUUUUUAUUUAAAACCAUUGUUAAAUACAGGCAAUAAAUUAAUAGUAAAUAACUUCAUGUUUACACUGAAAGAUAGCUGUCGGCACAGUGUAAAGUGUCAAAUCUAAUUAUUUCAGAUUCACAAUAUCAUAGCUCAGAUUCCGAUGCAUCAUUCAGAAAUGGGUGGCUGUGAACAAGCUGUGUGUGAUUCCACGGUGGUCACGCACAAGCAGUGUGUAGGAUGUCCGUGUGGCCAAAGUAAAGGCUUGUAGAAUCUUUAGGAUCACAACAUGGCCACGGAGGAGCUGGGUGUAGGAUAUGAGUGUGGUCAUGGAAGAUUUGUGUGUAGGCCUGAAGGGUCGCACAAACUAGCCAAAAUUGCAAAAAGAAAUCUCAAUCUUUAAUGUCUAAUAACUUAUUUUGUAAUGCUGUAUAACGCUGUGUCUCUAUAGAUGGUCUUCAUAGCAUUUGGCAAGCUCUGAAUAAUAGAUAUAUUAAUCCGUGUGCCUUUUACCAUUUCUAAAAUAUAUUAAGCCUUUGUUAUGCUUAUGAGAUGCAAUCUUUUAUUCUUUAAUAAAAACAACAGUAUAGCCUAAUAUGCACAGAACUGGUAUUUUUAUUUCUUAAGCAUUUAGCUUAAUGUUACAAAAGAAGAUAAUUAAAGUCUCGCUUUAAAGGGACAUUAUAAAACACAUUAUAAAACACACCACCUCUGAAACUGGGUUAAAGUGGUUAAAGGGUUACAAUAGGCAUCCAAACAACUUUAGCUUAAAGGGACACUCCACUGGCCAAAUGGACAAAAAAUAUUAAAAGGGAGGCUUGGCACCCUGUGACUUUGACUCCGUAACCACUACAUCAAGAAGUAGCAGUUAUGGUGCUUGAAAUGUCAUUCCACAAAGAAAACCUAAAGAAGAAGAACAUAUCAAUAAUUAUUUUAUUCUGCCAGGAUAAUAUGAUACUUAAUUUCUACACUUGACGUUUUACUUUACUCACCAUUUAACAAUGCCCCUCUGUGCGCCUUGCCUUCAUGGAAGUUUAUUUAUUAAUUUGGAAAUUGUGACAAGUUAGAAAUGGCGGCACAUGGGGGGGGGGUGGGGGGGGAGGGAGGGCGAAGAGGGUUCCAAUACUGUUAGGAAUACAAAGAUGUAUUCCUAACACUAUAAUGUUCCUUUAUUUUCUUAAUGUUCUACUCUCAACAGUCUAGUGAAUAAACACACACAGCGUGGAAGUUGUGACAGCUUUAUGUAUAGCCAUUAUAGUUGUGCUUAGUUAUUACACAAUCUGUUGUGUUGUAAUAAAUCUACCAUAUUUCUUUUUCAAGUUGUGGUUUUAGUAUGGUAUUUGUCUAAUGUAGUCAGUGCUGCGGAAGGUGUUUGUGUUGUAUCAGUGAAUAUAAUCUUUUUUUGCAGGUUUAAAUGAGUGUCUGAUUAACAACGGAGGGUGUUCACACAUUUGCAGAGACCUAAAAGUGGGGCAUGAGUGCGAUUGCCCCUUUGGCUACAAACUGAUGGACAAGAAAACCUGUGGAGGUAACCUCUCUUUUCCAAAAUCCCCUUUUCUAUCAAACCGUUAUUUUUCAUAACUAUCUCAAGUUGCCUUUAAUCUCGGCACUGCUGCGACCAAUAAGUUUAAAAAAAUCAAAUAUCUUAUACAGACUGGGAUACUUUCCAAGUUGCUUCUAUUAAUGGUUGCCACCAUUAACCUAUUUCUAGAUGAAUCCAUGCUGUGCUUUUACAGUUUGCUUGCAUUCAACCAUUAGACAUGCCCACUCAACUUCCACUUGUAGCUGUAAACGUGCUCUCAUCACUGUGCCUACUGUACUCAGUGUCCAUUAGCAAAUUCCGUUCAUGAGGACCGUACCAUUAACAAUCAAUCUUUCGUUUCAGACAUUGACGAGUGUGAGAACCCCGAUACCUGCAGCCAAAUCUGUGUUAACUACAAGGGUUCCUAUAAGUGUGAAUGUUACGAGGGAUACGUGAUGGACAGUGUCUCCAAAACGUGCAAGGUGGAGGGUGAGUUGGGAUAACAGUGAAACAGAGUGAAGUCAUGCAUAGAUGGGAGUGGAAGUGUCAGAGAAUGAUGAGAAGGGAGGAAUAUCCGGAAAAACAUCUAGGGAGUGAGAACAAAAAUAGUGUGAAAAGGAGAGUAGGAAAUAUAGUUAAUAGAGAAUAGAAGAAGCAAAAUGCGUUGGUAUGAGAAAAAAAAAAUCAAAGAACACAAGAGGAAGAUAUUAUUUUGAAGACGUGAUUUGGUGAGGAAGAAGUGAAAAAGGUUGCCCAUGGUAAAAGCAUGGACAAAAAGAGAGAAAACAAGUAUCUUGGGGAAAAACAGAAACAUGCAUAAAAACAGACACAGAUAAAUAAAGUUGAGAAUCGACGUAAUGGCAAGUUCAGCUAUAUGCUUGUAUCAAUUCUGAAUAGUAGCUUAGUAGAUUCCGUUUAAUAACCGAUAUCUGAAUGUUCUAUACGUAUUCCCUGUUUAAUCUUCCAGGUCAUAGUCCGUAUCUAAUCUUCACCAACCGCCAUGAACUGCGUCAGAUUGAUUUGGUGCACAGAGAUUACGCUCGUCUGGCUUCACAGCUCAAAAAUGUUGUGUCUCUAGACGUAGAGGUGACAAACAAAAGGAUUUACUGGUGUGACCUCUUCUACCGAGGAAUAUAUAGGUAACGAGUACUGUGUUGGCAGCAGGUUCACAUAAAAUCUGAAAUGAUCCAUGUGAUUAAAUAAAUAUAGAUACCUGGGGGUCUGUCAGGUUAUUGCCUGUCCUACUUGGUUUCAGGCUACUGUUACAAGUCAGUUAAGAUGGCUAGUUAUUAAAUGGAUCCUGUCAAUCAAAAAUAGUAACCCCAAAUGGAAUGACUUAAAGGACCACUCUAGGCACCCAGACCACUUCAGCUUAAUGAAGUGGUCUGGGUGCCUGGUCCAGCUAGGAUUAACCCAUUCUUUUAUAAACAUAGCAGUUUCAGAGAAACUGCUAUGUUUAUGAAUGGGUUAAGCCUUCCCCCAUUCCCUCUAGCGGCUGUCGCAUUGACCAUUGACCGCCCAGCGCUGGAAAAAGGUACGUUUUAACCCCUUUCCCCCUUCCAGAGCCGGGCGGGAGGGGGUCCCUGAGGGUGGGGGCACCCUCAGGGCACUAUAGUGCCAGGAAAACGAGUACGUUUUCCUGGCACUAUAGUGGUCCUUUAACACACUUUUAUUGUAUUUCCUCUUUCUUUUUAUUUUCCUUUCCCUUCCCCUCUUGUCAGUGUUGGUGUUUGCUGGCAGUCAGUCUGGGGAUUUAUUAUUGCACCAUUUUAACAGAAAUAGCCAAUAUGUGUCUAUAGCAAAGUUGGAACAUUUUUCCAAAUGUACUAUUUCUGCCUAAAUUUGCAGAUAUGGCUUUCAGUUAGCUGCAAUUCACUGUUUAGUAAAUAAAUCUCUCUGUAUUACACCAGUCACCCUUCUCAGCAGGCACUGUGCAAGGAUUUAGUAUACAUUCCUGAUUGGCCAAGGCUGUUCAGACUCCGUUCUAAUUUUUUUUUUUUUAACGGAUUUGAAAAGCAGCAAUAUUUAAUCUAGAGCAGGGGUGCCCAAAAGGUAGAUCCUGAGAUGUUUUAAAACGACAGUUUUCAUGAUGCUUUGUCAUUCUAAAAGCAAUUUAUUUUCAAAAGGUAUGCAAAGCAUCAUGGAAGUUGUAGUUCUACAACAUCUGGGUAUCUACCUUUUGGGGACCCCUGAUCUAGAGCAUCUCUAGGCCUGAUAUGGAAUUGACUGAUUAACCCUAGGAGAACCGUUGCAGUGUUAUUUCGAUGGAAUGGUAUUUGCAAGUUUGGCAUUUAUUUGACUCUUUAGUGCUCCACCCACACAAUAUUCUGAUAUGUUUAUUAGAUAUAUAUUUUCUACUAUAUCAUAUAAAACUGACUGAAAUAUUGUCUCUUUCUGCAUCCUGUAUAAUUUGCCUACUUGUUGAUUUUGUUGUUGUUUUUAUUAUUUCUUUAUAUUUGGGGAUGGUGAAAGGGAAUCGUAUCUUUCUGCUCUCCCAUCACAAUUUUCUUCCCUUCAGUGCUCCCAUAGACCGAGCUGGGGACCCUGCAGCGCACACAGUGCUGAUCAAUACUCAGUUACACACCCCUGAGGGUCUGGCUGUGGACUGGGUCCAUAAGAACAUUUACUGGACUGACUCUGGGAACAAGACCAUAUCCGUGGCAACCACAGAUGGCUGCAAACGCAAAACACUCUUUAGUAAAGGCAUGAGUGAACCGAGGUCUAUCACUGUGGAUCCCACCGAAGGGUGAGUGUCUCCUCUCUUGUUUUAGUACCAUUGGGACUUUUUCAAACCUCUCGAUAAACACAACUGAUCUAUGUUGGUUGACCUGAUCUAUGUUGGUUGAAUAUUUUUCACUGAGAACUUUAAGUGUAGAGUCUAUUUCACUUUUCAAUUAAUUCUUCUACACUUCAAUACUGUAGUCAUUCGUGAUAUCACGUAAAACCCACAUUGUUCCUAGAAUCUGUUUUAAGAAGCAAUGCAAUAAUUAUUUGUCUUUCCAUUCUUAGGUUCAUGUUCUGGUCAGACUGGGGGGAUCCUGCCAAAAUUGAAAAAGCCGGCUUGAAUGGAGGGGACAGACAGAUCCUGGUUUCUGAUAGUAUUGAGUGGCCGAACGGAAUCGCUUUAGGUGAGGAAUCUGAACAGGAAAUCCGGGGAAUGAUUCCAGAAACUAACAAUCUUUCAAAGGCAAAGCUACAGAACUGGAACUAAUCAUGGUCCUGUGUGUCAGUCUCAUGCGUGUUUCUAUCAUAUUUUGAUUAGAAUUAAUUAUGUGAAACAUAGAAUGUGACAGCAGAUAAGAACCAUUCGGCCCAUCUAGUCUGCCCAAUUUUCUAAAUACUUUCAUUGGUCCCUGGCCUUAUCUUAUAGUUAGGAUAGCUUUAUGCCUAUCUCACGCAUGCUUAAACUCCUGCACUGUGUUAACCUCUACCACUUCAGCUGGAAGGCUAUUCCAUACAUCCACUACCCUCUCAGUAAAGUAAUACUUCCUGAUAUUAUUUUUAAACCUUUGCCCCUCUAAUUUAAGACUGUCCUCUUGUUGUGGUUGUGGCAGAACCAGCCUCGCCACUGGGCAUUGGAGAAGACUGAUUGCCAGUCUCCUGCCCUGUGACUAUGGCCCAAUGUUGAAAUGCUUGAUUUUCCCCUGCAAAGACCCGAAAGCCGGGUCAUUCGGUACUUUCACUAUGUGAGCAGUGUUACCCCAGAUAGCUAUGCCAUGGAGCCCAUUCGUAUAACGAAAGACUAUGUGAAAGACUUUGGCUCCAUGGCAAUUGAACUGUAUGUAUGUGAUCUGAGCGCCAUUCAGUAAUAAUGUGCGCUCAGAUCUAAGCUAUCUGAGGAUAUGUUGAAUGGACCUGUUUUAUGCAAUAACUGCACAGUUAUAUAUUUUUAUGUAUUUUAUUGUAUUUUGCAACCAUGUGGCUAAUGGAGUUUUGCCUCUGUCCUUGGAGAUAAUUGGAUUACUUCCCAAUUAUCUCCAGGAUAGAAGACUCUGUGGAACUGGUUUUGGGCAGAAAAGCCAUGCUUCAUUUGGUCACAAAGGACGUUGAUCUAACUUUUGACCCACUGGACGUAUGUUAGUAUUUGGAGUACGCUGAUUCUGAAAAUAUAAGUAUAUUUGAAUGUGAUGCAUACUUUUAAAGUUCUGAAUAUUGUGUAAAACUGUGUAUUUUCCUGCCUGUGAUAGUUAUAUUAACCUAUUGUGUAAGGUAAUUGUAUCACAGGCAGAGGGGAGGAUUUUGUGUGGGAGUGUCUGACUAUACUGUACACUGUGUUUAUUGGUUGUUCUUCAAAACCCUGUGGGCAGUACUAUGUUUGUAGAAUGUGAAUAAAAGAGGCUGUAUGGGCCAGUACAGUCAGUUCUACUUCACCCUCAAUUUGGAGUGCCGUCUCUUAUUGGGGGAAUCUGCUACAAGGGAUUGCUAUGCUUGUCAUACUCCCUUGCUAAAUCACUACUAAGCUCUUGUAAGAGCUUGUUCCUGCCUUGCUCUCUGGAGGAGUCUAUGGUGGUUAUGGUGUCUGCUGGAGUGCUUGGAGCCCUCAGAAAGUGCUAGGAGCAUCCUUCAACGGAGGUACCCAGUCGGGGUGCCAGGUGAUCCGUUACAGUGGUAGUUUUUCUUCUUUUAAAUAUAGUCUGCUCCUUUACUGUGUUGAUUCCCUUUAUGUAUUUAAAUGUUACUAUCAUAUCCCCCCUGUCUCUUCUUUCCUCCAAGCCAUACAUGUUAAGAUCCCUUAACCUUUCCUUGUAAGUUUUAUCCUGCAAUCCAUGAACCAGUUUAGUAGCCCUUCUCUGAACUCUCUCUAAAGUAUCAAUAUCCUUCUGGAGAUAUGGUCUCCAGUAACAUUGUACAUUGUGGGGAUGAAGGCACAUUCUGAAUUGUUUAUAAAACUGUAUAUGCCAACCUAUAUUAUUAUUAUUACUGGCAUUUAUAAAGCGCCAACAAAAUCCACCGCGCUGUAAAAUUGGGAAAAAGACAAACGCAAUAAGAACAGACCGAUACAACAGAUAGAGGGCCCUGCCCGUGAGCUUACAAUCUAAAGGUUGAAAUGGGGAGAUGAGACAAGAGGUAGCAGAGGAAUUUGUAUGUGAUGGCAGAGAGAGUUAAUGGUAUAACUACAGCAGCUGAUAACAUGUGAAGGUAAUAGGGAGGUGAUUGACUGUGGUUCCAUAGAGCUGGAGGUGCAUGCAAUAUAGUUAGAAAGAACCAGGGUGGGCGGGUAGAGCCUAGUAAAAUUAAAUGGCCUUCAUGUUGCAGGAAUGGAUGGUUUGGGUCUAAGGAAGAGAGGUAAGGCAGUUGCUUUACUUUAAAGGAAUUUACAACUCGGGAGUGGCAAGCAGGGGGAGGAGGAAUGGAGAACGUCAGCCAUUUGUUAUAAACAAAUAUUUGCUAACCAAAAUUCUAUCGGCCAGAUUAUUAAUAACUACAAGUAACAGCAAGUACAAAAAAUUACAGUAGUUAACCAUAUGUAAAAUAAUACCAACUAAAAUGGAGUAUGAGGUAUAUUGGGUAACCCCUUACUCAUACAAAUACUGUCCUGUAGCUAUAGGUUUAUUUGUAUUAUUUGCCUUCGAAAUAAGACCGAAAUUACAGGCUGGUGACCUUGCAUUGUUUGACGAACUGUCAUUUUCUGCUACAUUCAAUGUAGAUUAGUCUAUAUUCCAGUCCUGCAUUCCGUACAUAACUGCUGGAUGCUUUUGGUUGAGCAAUAAAACGUUUAGUCCAAAUUAGCUGAAUUGGAAAAUAAUCCUUGCAAUUGUGUAGAAAUGUCGCACUUAGUGAUUUUCCAGCUGGUGUAAAAGAAAUGUUGCUGUAAAUACUCUGUAUCUCAACUUAACGAUAAACGUUAUUAAUCUUGCUUUAAAGUGCCCUUAACAUCUGUAACAUCACCUGUUUCUUGUCCUGCAUUGAGCAAAAAGUCCCAUUCCCCCCAUCCUUUCACAGUCUCCUGGAUGUUAAGCAGCUCUGCUCACUAUCUCCCCCUAUUGGUUUCCUUAAGAUCUGCUCACCCGGCGGUUAUAUUGGUUGGAUGCUAAGCUGCACACGAUUUCUAGUGUCGACUUCAAUGGCGCCAAUAGAAAACUUCUCAUUUUCUCAGAAAAUGAACUAAGUCACCCCUAUGGGCUCGCUGUUUUUGAGGUGAGUGAGGAGGGUUAAAAUUUACUUUUUUUUUUUUUUUUUUUAAUUGCUGGAUGGCUUUUGUAUGUUCUAAUAUUGCAAUAACACACACAUACAGCACCCUUCACACAUUCAGCACCUCACACACACAGCACCCUUCACACAUUCAGCACUUCACACACACAGCACCCUUCACACAUUCAGCACCUCACACACACAGCACCCUUCACACAUUCAGCACACAUGCAGCACCCUUCACAUAUUCAGCACACAUACAGCACCCUUCACACAUUCAGCACACAUACAGCACCCUUCACAUAUUCAGUACACAUACAGCACCCUUCACACAUUCAGCACACAUACAGCACCCUUCACACGUUCAGCACCUCACACACAGCACCCUUCACACAUUCAGCACCUCACACACACAGCACCCUUCACACAUUCAGCACACAUGCAGCACCCUUCACACAUUCAGCACACAUACAGCACCCUUCACACAUUCAGCACACAUGCAGCACCCUUCACACAUUCAGCACACAUGCAGCACCCUUCACAUAUUCAGUACAUAUACAGCACCCUUCACACGUUCAGCACCUCACACACAGCACCCUUCACACGUUCAGCACCUCACACACAGCACCCUUCACACGUUCAGCACCUCACACACAGCACCCUUCACACGUUCAGCACACACACAGCACCCUUCACACAUUCAGCACACAUUCAGCACCCUUCACACAUUCAGCACACAUUCAGCACCUCACAGACAGACAUAAAAAAGAAAAAGUAUAAUAGAAAAUAGAAAAAAAGGGAAGAAAAUAGAUUAAUUUUAGUGCAAAUUAAAACAAAAACCCCAAACCUCCUUUAAAAAAAAACAAAAAAAAAAAAACUGGUGGGCAGUGGGGAAAUUUUACCAUCAACAAAGAUACAAAAGUGGGCGAUGGGUUUUAAAAGGUUGACUAACCCUGCUCUAGUGCAUCUUUGUAGAGCUGAUUAUAGAGCGAGAGGUGGAGAUGGGGCUGUCUAAGAAUUCUGUGCCUGAAUCUGGCUGUCUUCUUAUGGACUUAGAGAAACCAUGAACUAAAAUAUAAACCAUUAAUUUAACGCUUUAAGUGCUAACAAGUUAAAGUUGUGGCUCACCAGCUCAGCUUUCAGAUGUGGGGAAGCUGAAUAAUUCUAUAUAAAAAUAGAUUGACACAUUGCCUCGUGUUUACAGAGGUGGAAUGGAAUGCAGAAGUUCACAUUUCCUUCUGCUGUGCAAACUGCGUAUUGGUCAGCCACGAUGAGGAAACAAUGUGUGUCACCAGGUUAUUUAACAUAUAGAAACCCCCACCGGCUGUGUUCCCACCCGUUCCUAUUAAUGCCCCCUACCCACUGACCGUGGGUGGUGGAAAGUGACCUGUCAUCCCCCCUGCUAUUUAAUAUAUAGAACUUCCACCCAAUGCCCACAGAACCCUCCUCUAUGUUAGCAGCAAUUCUUGUCCAGUAGGUAGUGUUUUAUAACUGCGAGCAGUCACUGGACAUGUGCCCACUUGCAGCAUGGUGAACAGGGGCACAAGGGAGGUAAUAAACCUCAUAUAUACUAAUGUGGAUGUAAUAUUGUACCCCCAUUUGGUUUGUUUUUUUACGGUUUUCCCUGUGGCUGCUAAUCCUACAUCUUUUUGUAGUCAAACUUUUCAAUACCAUUAAUUGAGGUUAGGUCCUUGAUCAAUAGCAUUGAAUCACUAAAUCAGAAGUUUCCUAUGGUUUAAAAGAGACCAAUAGUUUCCCUAAUUAAAUUGAGGCAUUAAUUUGGUACAAAUAAACAUGUUAAUAUUUUUAUGAUUGUUAUGACUUUUAUUCAUCCUGUUAACAUAUUUGCAUAUUGGUUCAUGUUAAUUCACUCUUCAAGCCUAGCUAUAUAUGUUUUUAUUUUUUUUUUAUUUUUUUCUCUGAUACAUUUUUAUUCUUCCAGGAUAAAGUGUUUUGGACGGAUCUGGAGAAUGAAGCCAUCUUCAGUGCAAAUAGGCUGACCGGACAGGAAAUCUCCAUCCUUACCGAUAAUUUAAACAACCCCCAUGAUAUUGUUGUUUUUCAUCAGCAAAAACAGCCGAGAGGUUUGUAGCCCCUCUAACCCUCUAUGCUCAAUGGUUGUUCUCUUGCUGGAUCUGCUACAGAAAUUAGUGAAGAGGUCUCACCUCAUGGGGUCCUCGUACAAUGCCAAAACCAAAUUGUAGUGAACUGUAAACUGAAAUUGGCUUAAAUAGCCAAACUGUGUUUCAAUUAACUAUUGAUAUUUGGUGUUUAGCUUAAAAAAAAUCCCCAAUCUGUUUAGUUCUAAAUGUAGAUAUUAGAAGUCCAAUUGGUUUUGUCUUGUUUUCUCAGGUUGCAGUAAUCCUGUUGUCUUUGUACAUCCAAUGGCGAUAGAAUGACUCUGUGCUAAUUAGUGUUAUUUUUACCAAUCAGCCAUUGAUGCGUGUAACGAUGGGCUUGUUCCAAAUGGCGGCUGUGAAUACCUGUGUCUGCCUGCCCCUCACAUCUCUGCUCAUUCACCGAAAUAUACAUGUGCCUGUCCAGAUGGUGUGGAAUUGGGACCCGACAUGAGGAGCUGCGGUAAAGGUAAGAACUUUGGGAUUGUGAGGUGGAGAGUAGCGGGGUAUGGAAAAGUGGCCUAUGGACAGUAACCAAAUCCCCACAUUAUUUUACAGGAGGUGUGUUUAUGUAACAUUCCAAAAAAGUUUAAAACCUGUAUGUUUUUUUUUUUGGGUGGGGUAGGGCAGGGGAAUUUUUUUUUGUAAUUGUUUUUUUGUAUUCUGUAGUUCAACUAAAUUCAUUACAUGGAGUAAAGAACCACUAUUUGUGUGUAGUUAUCAGAAACUCACAUUGCACGUCUGACUUUUUUCUUUGUCAUUAAUAAACUGUUUUAUUUCAGUCAUUACAGAAGUUACCACUUCUUUGGCUACUGUACCUCCACUUUUGACUACCAGCAAGCCCCCUGCCACAAAUUCCACACCAAUGACUCAAAAUAGCCCUGCUGUUCCCCCAUCUCCAAGUAUGGUAACCUCUAUCACAGACACUACCGAGAUGGCAAGCAAUCAGUCUGUUCUGACAAGCAGCCACCAAACUACCUCUUCACCCAGCCUUGUGGACAUUAACAUCAAAACUACAAGGAGCAGCAACGUAUCCCAACACUGUAAGGAUAACUAAUACUGAAUAAUCAGGGAUCCAGAUCCCUACAGGGAAAUAGUCCUCUGAUUCAGCAGAUAUAUCUAAAAUUAAAAAUCCCAUGCAUCUGACCUCAUAGGAGAUGACACAGAAUUGUUGCAUGAAGUAACAUCACAUACAGUCUCGCACUUUAAUUGUUGUGUUACUUUAAAGAAAAUGAACCUAAUUUAAAUACCCAUGCAACGUACGAUAUGAAACUCGGAUCAUAUAAAGUUUCAUACUAUAUAUAGUAUCAAACGUUGCUAAUCUGUACAGCUGUUAAAAAUCGUCUUUGACAAAACUCCAGCCAAGGACAGGAACUCGUAGUCUGCUUCAGUUUAAUAAAGACUGUUAAAAUGUUACAUUUUAGUCUGAUUCAAAAUCUAAAUUCUUUGUAACAACAUUUUGCUAUAAGAAUUAAGGUGACAUUCCAUAACCACUAUCUUUAGUGGCUGUCUUUCAAAAAUCCAACUUACCGUCCUGUCACCCAGUGAUGAUUUGACUUGGCUUGACUAAGGUUGUUAUUCACCAAACACCAGAUUUUGUUUAAAUGGCCAAAAUCUGGUGAUAAUGACCAAGUUCCAUAUUGACAAUUCUCAUAUUUACUAAAGUCAAAUCUGUUUGGAAUUCAGUUGGCCCGAGUGAAUCUGCAGCAAUGCCCCAGAUGAAAUUGGCAGGCAGUUAAAAAAAAAAAAAAAAAAGAAACCCUUGGUGAUGGAAGAGUUAAUUAUAUGGUGUCUGGCAGGCACUUAAAGUUUAAGGUUGGGGGGGGGAGGAACUGCUUAAAAGAAUGUUAAAAAUUAAUAAAAAGCCUAUGAGGGUCAGUAAGAUCCUCAAAUUACUGUAAGUGGGUUAAUCUAAGCUUAAUGUACCCCGUGUCUCCUAUAUGACCCUUUUCAAAUGUAUUUGUUCCUACAGAUGAAAAUGCUAGCUCUGAUCUCAGGUCUACACUCACUGCGGCAGUGAUUGGCGUAGCUGUGCCUGUCGGUGAGUUCUUAUUCCUGUAUUAUCUGUCUAGUGUCUCAGUAACGGUUAAUUGUAAUAUACAGAACAUCUAAAAUAUAGAAUAUAUAUAUUUCUGCCUACAUUCCCUGCUUCACUAAUAUCACCUCUUGGGUGUCUCAUGUUUGUUUGUUUGUUUGUUUUUUGAAGGUCUGUUUUUAUUAGGAAUGCCAGGCAUCAUUACUGAGAUACUUUUGAGAUUAAAUAAACUUGGAAAAAUCUGCAGAAUAUUUUUUUUUUCUUUUUUUCUUAAUAAUUUCCUCAACCCCAGCCAUCUCCUCAUUAACCCAUAGAUGGCGCAAUACCUAUUUAGGUAUCCUCUUUGAUUCGACCCUGUUCUUUCACACACAUCCUUCAUUGACACCACCUGGUACUCGCAGCUCUUUAAUUUCUGAAAAAUCUAUCUUCUCAUCAACUUCUAACGAUCUUGAUUGAUUACUUUAAUUCUUUCAUCAUUGACACUAGUCAACACAUCCGUUUCCCACCAUUCAUAGUGCUGCUGCCUGUAUCUUCCUUCACAUUUGCUGGUCUGAUUUUCAAAUCUAUAAAUACACUGUCUUUUAUUAAAGCCCUCUUCAAUCUCACACCUCUGUCUCCUUAUUCAGGAGAUCACCGUGUAAGCACUCUGAACUGUGUGGUUGCUGCAUAAGAGGGAGAUCUCCCUCUCUCUCUGCCGAUUCUGAUACUCUACCUGGGCAGUAUGUGCAGUCCAGUAGGUCAGGGAGGGGGCAUGCAGGAAGAUGCUUUUAGUGUGUGGUACAUAAAAGAGCUGUGCGCAAUUCGCAAACUAAUUGGAAAGCGUAGAAUCUCUAAAUCUGGUCCCACCAGAGAGGUAUUGAUAACUGGUUCUCCCAGGUACUAGCAGAGACCUAGCCUUGCUGGCAUGUAAAAGGCAUGAUGUUCCAUGUCCAGUCUUAAACUGCAGGAUGGCAUAUAGUUCCACUGCAUCUUUUGUAGAAUGACCAUGGCAUUACUGGGAAUUAUAGGAGGGAAGUGGUUGGAUACCACUCUCUGGUAAUGUUUUUUCAUUGUUCAGGAUGCACACCACUAAAUUCCAGUUUAUGUGGAUGUUUUGUCUUGUUCUAAAGAAACCAGGAGAGAGAUUUAUAAAAGGAUAAGUGAAUGGGUUUGAUUAGCUGUCCGUGACCUGACCAUUGGUUAUAAAUAAAUCUGGCCACCUUUUCUCAGCUUCUCUAACAGUUAAUUCUAGCUAUGGCUGCCUUACUCAACAUCUGCAUCUUAACUAAGUGACCCUUGUCUUUCCACAGCUGUUCUUGCUCUCCUGUGUCUCUCUGGAUACCUGAUAUGGAGGAAUUGGAAAAGAAAGAACACGAAGAGUAUGAAUUUUGAUAAUCCUGUAUACCGGAAGACUACAGAGGAGGAGGAGGAAGAGGAAGAAGAAAUCCACAUUGGUCGAUCUUCACAGAUUGGACAUGUCUAUCCAGCUGUGAGUAAGGACAUAUCCAGAUACUAAUAGCUGUAAUUUCUUCUGGACUUUAGUUCAAGGGAUAACGUGGGCUGGAUUCCAAUUAUUUUUAAUGUGAUUAGCUAUACAGGGCUGUAGAACAUGCCCCUGCUGUAUUUAAAUUCCCAUACUUAAUGUAACAUCUUUAUCUGUAUUCUUGCAGCGAGUGGCAUUGAGCGUGGAAGACGAUGGCCUGCCGUGAGAAUCGAAGAGAACUGUUACACAUGAAAUGUCUCAAAUCACUGAUUCUAUGUUUUGCAAGGAAUUAACAAUCCCAUCAAGGAUGAUGUGUGACUUGUCACAGGUCCUGUUCAUCUUGUAUUUACGUUAGAUAUACCACACAUGCUGCUCUAAAUGUAGACGUAUGUAAUAUGUUGCAAAUCAUAUUCUACUUGCAGUGCUGUGUGACAGUGUCACAGGGCCUGUGAUGUACGCAGUGCUAUGAGAUAAUGUCACAGGGCCUGUGAUGUACGCAGUGCUGUGAGAUGAUGUCACAGGGCCUGUGAUGUAUGCAGUGCUGUGUGACGAUGUCACAGGGUCUGUGAUGUAAGCAGUGCUGUGUGACGAUGUCACAGGGCCUGUGAUAUACACCGUUUUACAUUAUCUCUAGUAAACAGAGGGCUAUGCAACAUUCACUGAACCUUCUCUACAAACUGUGCUGCGAGACAUUAUGCAGGUCUUUUGCUACAUGCUUUGCUGGUAGAUGUGUUACAUGCAAUGUAGGAAAAACACAGAUUACACUCUGCACCUGUACAACAAACUGAACAUUUUCUUAUUUAUUUUACUGAUGGAAAACCACAAAGAUUUAAUGUUUCAAACAUCCAAAGGAUGUGAGAAGUUCUAUGUAUAAUCUUUUAUACAGAUUUUUACUUGGUCCUCGGCCGAGGCUCCCCACUGCUGUCUUUGUAUAUAACAGCCUCCCAGGACAAUCUACCAUUUUAAGAUAUUCUAUUUAUAGACGUUUUUGUACAUACCUUAACAAACUUUGUGGUUCUCCAUCAACCCAUACAUUAAAUGAAUAAUAAAACGUAGGAUUUUUGUAGCGUAUUUAUUAACUUUAGAGGACUGCAGGGAGGGUGACUUUCUGUAAAUAGAUGGAAGGUGAGAGUAUUUAUUUUUUGUAUGUUCCAGGUUUAUACGUUUGCAUUAGAACCUGGUGUAAAAAUAUGGUUUGUGAUUUCAUAACCAGCUGCCUCUCAUUCAUGAACAUCCCCCAACAUACCCGAAAAGCAACUUAUUGAGAUGUGCUGCAUCUAAUACAUUUUUAUGUAAUAAUUUCAGAAAACUCUGAACUGCACCUACAUUCAGAAUCAGUAAAUAUUUAUUAAGCCAUGGCUUUAUGGACCAUUUAAUAAGACUCACAAAGAGAGUGCAUUUGACAAUUUAUGGAUCAUUUACAAUAUGGGGGAAAAUCCAAAGUACAAAAUUAUUUCAGUUGUUGCAAAUUACAUACAGCUAAGAAUUAGGAAUAUAGCUAUUAUCAUUAUCUAUAAACCAGCAUUAUAUUCCGCAGCCCCCUUUAACACAGGAUUCCGAGUGGGAAAGGCUAAUCACGAUUUAUUUAAAGUUGAAAUUAACGUUUAAUUUGCUAUACAAGAUGAAAUUAAUGACUAUAAUGAAACUAAUGGUUCAUUCUAUAAAAUGAAUCCUGUAACAUGUAUUACAGCCUUACACCACUAUUGUAACUAAAGUCUUUACGAGAAACUUUGGAUCAAGGGCCCUAUCCACUAUGAAGAACAGUAGGGGUAUGCAAUCUUGAAAGAACUGUCACUACCAUUUACAUUGAAAUUACUGUAAUUAAAGCAUUUUAAUCUUCAAUCCUAGUGAUUGCUAGAUCAGAGACAUUUGUUUUUGUUUGUUUAAAGAGAUGGAAGGUAUAUACAUGCCAUAAGGUAUAGUUGGCCCCCAAAUCCUCAGUUGUUUUGGAACUGCAGUUUAAAUUAUUUAUAUAGCGCCAACAUACUCCGCAGCACUAUUCAAUAUGUAAUUCCUGUAUAUCAACUCUACACAGGGAUUUUACUGUUGGUUAUCCCCAGCCUAAGGAUUAAAGAGGUACGUGGCUUUCAAUUCAGUGCAAGAAAUGUACCCAGUCCCUUUUGUUUUGUACAUAUCUUAUGUAUUAACCACUUAAGGACGGAGGCAUUUGUCCAAUUUCUGAACCAAAACAACCUAGAAUUUGAGCUAUAUGACUGUUUGACCACAAUUGACCUCUUUCAUUUUAAGUGUACCCACACUUGUAUAUCAUUUUGUUCAGGAGAAAUAGGGCUUUCAUUUUACAUCAGAUAAUUAUAUAUGAAACAUAAUUUACUAUGAAUACAAUCUACAAAAGUGAGAAAUUAAGCAAUUUUCUUAUUCUCUGUGCAUGGCAUUUUAACUGUUAGUCAUAAUGCUGUUAGCUGUUAAGGCAAUAAAAGACACAUAUUUGUAAGCUGUGAUGUCCCACGAGUAAAACAGUACCCCCCAUGUACAGAUUUAUGUAGUUUUGGAAAGUUACAAUGUCAAAUACUGGGCAUGCAAGUGAAAUAAUCUGUCAUUUCUGCUGGGCUGUUAUUAUAUUAAUAACAGUUAUUAAUAAUUAUUAUUAAUUAAAUAUAAUAAAACCCAGAUAGUCUCUCUGCAGCCAAUCCAAGACAUAAUGGCUGCUUUGGAAUGCCUAGGUUGUCCGACAUGUCCCCCAAUUGCAAUCGUCCACUAUGGUAUGUAUUCGAGCCAGAGGGAAGACCAAAUGUGUUUCAGGUUAACACAUGGAAAAUCUUACAUUAAAUAUUGUUUAGUGAAACUUUCCCUUUUGAACUUUUAUUAAAUACUGUGUAAUGUUUCACUCUGUAUAGACUCCCACGUGGCCCUAGGGUGUGGGGUCAUGGGUCCCCAUCCAGACCUAAAUCGUCCAUCCCCAUGAUAAAUACCUCUAACAUCAAGGUCAAUUUAUACGAGGUUAAAGGAACACUACAUCAUAUGAGCAUUUCAUAGCUUUUGUGAAUCAGACCUGUCCACUUUUGAUGAUGUAAAAAUUAACUAAAUUAGAAGUUCCCCCUGAUAUUGUAGAUUUAUUAUAUUGGACAUUUGAAAAUAUAUUUCAACAGUCACAUGGAAUCUCAUCCUGCUGCCUUCAACUACAUUACAUUAUGUUAUUAUGGAGAAUACAUUUUAGAUAUACACAAAUUGAAAAUAACUUGUAAUUCAGUGAAUAUUCCUGUACAAGGCGAUGACACUUAUAAUACUACACGCUUUCAACAAAUAUGCAAUAAGCAUCAAUCGAAAAAUGGUAAUAUUGUGUCAAGGUAACCCUGUAAUGCAGGGGUGCCCAGAGGCAGAUACUCCUCUGUUUUAAACUACAAUUCCCUUGAUGCAUUAUAGGAGUUUUAGAAAGGAUCUGCUUUUGGUCAGCUCUGAUAAAAUAUAUAGAAUAUAAGUGCAUGCACUUUUCAUAUUUGUUUCUUAUCACUCAUCUUUCGCCUUGCACCAUUGUCAGUCAUUACAUAGUCUUCCAGUACCCAUUAGGAUUCAUUUCAAGAUAUUAACACACCUACAUAUACACAAAUCUCUUAAUAAUGCUACCCCAAAUACUUUUUCAGUGAUUCAUAGGUUACAUCUCUUCUCGGUCACUCCACUGUACUCCAUUCCUGUAAAACAGGCUCUCCCAUUAGAAACUACCCUGGUUUUCAAUCUUAAAGAAACACUAUAGGGUUGGGAACACAAACAUAUAUUUCUGACCCUAUAGUGGUAAAACCACCAUCUAGCCCUCCUGACCCUCUCUUGCCUCCCUAAAUAUAGUAUAAUCUUACUUGUAUUUCAAGCCUGAAGCUGUUGGCUCUGCCCCUGUCUGCCUCAGACCUGCAAGCUGUCUGCUGACAUCAUCAGAAGUGUUGUUCUGAGCCAAUCACAAUGCUUCCUCAUAGGAUUGACUGAGACUGUCAACGACGCAGAUCAGGGGCAGAGCCAACACAAGUCACACACAGCCCUGGCCAAUCAGCAGCUCCUCAUAGAGAUGAAUUGAAUCAAUGAAUCUCUAUGAGGAACGUUCAGUGUCUCCAUGCAGAGGGUGGAGGCACUGAAUGUUGUGAUGCACACUAGACAAGACUGAGAUAUGAAGCAGCUCUAGCAGCCAUUAUACCAGUUCAGGCAUUUUGAACUUAAAUUGUAAAUUCUCUUUGAAUUCUCACUUUCGUGAAUAACUUCGUAAAAUUGUAAAGUGCUGCAGAACACGACGAUGCUAUUUAAAUGACAAUAAUAAUAAUGAAUGCCUUAUUAGAUCACUGAUCAAACUUGACUAUUUCCAAAUAACCAUUCUGACUGUAUCUGUUUGUAGAGUUCAUCUGUAAAUAAGAAUAUAAAACAUAAUAAAUACCAUUGAUAAUACUAAUAUUAAUAAGUAAUGGAAAAUCUGAUAGUAAUAUAUACAUUAUGAAACUAGUCUCUUAAAGCAACUGUUGGCAUUAGAAAUAAAUACCGGUGAACGUCUAUUCACUAAACUGUAAGUUGUUGGAAAUUGCAAAAUAAUAGGAGUUCCUGUUUUUGGGAAUACCGGCAAUCCUGUUAUCCAACCUCUCGACAAAUACAGCUUAAUGUUACCGCAACUGUCUGGCAGUUGCUCUUAACCAUGUUUGAUGAGAUUAGAUAUUGUUUAACUGUGUAUUAUACAAACACAUUUACCAAACUUAACACUGAGAUAGUGCUCAUUUAGAAAUAAGCCCAACCAGUGCUUAAUGCUUGUACAGAAACGAGGACAGAGACAAUGCUAGGGUUCUUACAGAAUGUAUAUAAAUAUCGGUACUUGGUAACUAUACUUCCGUCAGCAAACACAAGGAUUACGUUCAGUUGCAAGCUAAAACUAGAUGGGAUCUGAGCUGCAACAAUCAUGUUACUGGAUGAAUGGAAGCCUGGAAAUGUUUGGUGGAAGUAUAGUUUACAAGUGCCAAACUAUCUAUUCCUCUCUUUUGAAGUAAUAAUUGAUAUACUGAUUAUAUACGAAUAGUUUGAGAUUUAUAAAAAUGGACGAAUCAGCAGGAACAUUCUUUAGUUCCACUGGUGAUUGCUCCAGUUAUAGCACUUCUCUGUCAGUGGAACUUUUCAUACAUCUCUGGAAUUAUAAAUAUGUUUAGAGGCUAAAAACAGUCUUAUAUCUACUGCAGGCAUUUCACCUUAUUGAGGUGAAUACGAGCCUUAUAUCUUUUGCUCCCCGAGGAAAAAAAAUAAUAAUUAUUAUUAUGAACAAUUUAACUCCAAAAAAAUCUAAUAGAUAAAUCCGUCAAACAGGCGCUUAGAGCUUAUAUAUUGGUGUGAUGAUCCCCAAUGUAUGAUUAACAGCUAUAAUACUCAUGUGGGUUUAACUUACUUGCAAAAUGGAUUUAAGGGGACCGAUUAAAAUAUUUUAACAUGUAAAGUGAAUUGACAUUUUUAAUAUUGACUGUAUCUUUAAAGAAAGGCAUUAGGUAAAGUACAAGCUUUGACAAUGUUUUGAGUUCCAUUGCUGUUUUUUUGCUGAGGAAUCCUACUUUGGUUAGGCCUCAAGUAGACCACAGGUGAGGAGACAUUUGGAGUUGUCCAUCCAUCUCUGGUCAUAGUGACUAAAUCUGCUAAUCUUUGUAUGUGACUGGAUACACUGUAUAAAUAUUAACACUUUUAAAGCCAUAGAAUCUCAGAAUUAAGGAUGUGAGUACUUUAAAUUUGCCUUCGUGAAACACUUGACAGACUUUCAGUGCAGACUCUGAUACUUAGACUGUUGGGCAAAUUAAGGCUUUUUCUUGAAUCGCAAGUGAACACAUUUGAGAUUUUCCUCUGUUAAAUGCAUAUGUCAUAUUACAACCGCUCAUUUCCUAGAAAUCGCUGUAGUUUUAUAUAGUUAAUGGGUUUUCCUCCCACUUUUCAUUAAUGAUUGAGAUGUUUAUAAAAGAAUAUGUCUGUUGCAUAGCCAGUCUAUUGUGGGCUUCCAACACAGCCAGCCUGCAAUAAACCGGUCCAUAUCAUACUCUGAAUCUAAAAAUGACUCCAGCAGAGCACAGAAUUUAUCAGAACUGCUGAAAUGGGUGUGUGUAUAUUUAUGUUUGUGAGUGUGACUGUACAUUGCUGUGUGUGUGUGUGUACACUGAAAUAUCCACACACAGAAAUACUAUACAAAACAGUGUGUGAAUGCAUUGCAGGCUGGCCUGGAAUCGUAUGCGAGGGGCAAGUUACGCUGUCCUAAUCAACAGUGGUAAAACUCAACCAAAGCUGUUCAUAUUUUUUAAAUAAAGGUUGAAUUUCUGGUGUAUGUUUUUAUAACAAGUCCCGACCUGUGCCCUCAGGCUCACAGACUCUUAAUCCCCCUUUAUCCUUCGUAUAAAGACGUUGGAAAAUAAUUUAACCCCUCCACCCACUACCACCAAUUUCCCUUGGUCACAGUCAGGCAUGUUUGCAAGCAGUCUGCUGACUGGUUUUAAAGUUUCCUGUGUGCUAAGGUUUAUUAUGAUGGUGGGGUUAGCAAACUACAUCUGUACAUAUAUUCCAUGUCUUAACCCUUAUUUUUAACUUGUUGUACAAUGACCUGUUUCUACAUAGAUAAAAAAAGAAAUAAACUUUUU